AUAUCAUUUUUAAUACCUGGAAUAGAAACUUCCUGUUUUUACAAUUUCAACAUGAAAUUUUCACAAUUUCUAACAGAGACGACCGUCAGCAGGAAGAGGAGGAGAUUUGAGGGAGGAAAAAAAAGGGUGAAAUAUGCAGAUGAAGAGAAAAGCAGUGACUGUUUUGUCCACAGGGGGCGCCAAAGUUUAAAAAAACAGAAAAGUUCCUCACAUGAGCUUUAAUAUUAUUGCAGAAUAUUAUAAAAAUUAAACAUAAAUGCAAAAGAAUAAAAAAAAUCAAACUUGCAAAAGAAUAAAUAACUUAAUUAAUUAAUCAAUAAUCGUCAGUGUUCAGAUAUAAACUCAUCAAAGAGACUUUAUUUAUUUUUUCACUCAAAAAUCAAAAUCAGAAUAGUGUCAUAAAUCUGGAGCAACUGGGAUUAAAAACAAACAUUCAAAUCUUUAUAAAUGAGACACUUUGUCUAGUGUGACUCUCUGGGCUUCCGUAGUUAAAAAGGUAAAUUCCUCACAGAUGAAAACUGGAGUUUUCAGAGUGACGGGCGUCUAACAUGACUCUGAAAACCGUUUCUGACCCUCCAGACUCGCCUCUCUUUCUGUGUGUUCCCUGCAGAGUUUACGUUUGUCAUGCUGGACAUAAUUCAGUUUGCGUUUUUCCUCCUCCAGCCUGUAAGAAAAAGACGGAGCGGUGGAGGAAAAGCUGAAUCAUUGUUGUGCUUGGAAAAGACUCGGAUUUGUUUGUGCCAACAAUUAAAGUAUUAACUGUUGGCACAACAUUUCAGCUCCUGCAGCUCCGAGCCAAAGACAUCAGUGAGAGUGUCUUUAAACUUGUAGACACAUCAGCCUGUACGCGAGUGUGUGUGUGUGUGAGAGUGUGUGUGUGAGCUCUGACCUUUGACCUCCUCAGAAAACUCCACAUUCAGAUGAAUCUGGAGAUCUAAACUGAAUAAACUCACCCGUGAUUCAGAAACUUCAUCGAUAAGAGGAUCGAGUCGAUAAGAAAUCGUGUUUCAGUGUCUGAUAUUUUUCCUUAACUGUAAUUUUUUACUUAAUCAUUCAUCCUGAAUCGGAGUCCAAGGCCUUGAAAGUCAUUGAAAAAUCUUGAUUUCCAUGCUUUGAUCAUCCUGGAGAUGAUUGGUCAGAUUGCAGCAGGUUUUUUUGGAGCUGCCGCCUGUUUUUAUUUUUUUUGGGAGCAGGACUGGGCAGAGAUUCAUCAGUGGAUGCUCGUCGUCGUCGUCGUGGUCAUGUGACUCCUUCAGAUCUAAAUUAGGCCAAUAAUCAGGGACGCCUGGCGGCUGAGCUGCUCAAUGCUGCACAAACGUAUACAUGCGAGUGUGUUUCAGACUCUCAGUCUGCUGUGAGGAACACGGUGAAGAACUCUGAUCGAUCGGCGGUGAUGCUGGGACGACUCUGAGGUGAUCUGAUGAGGAUGUUUUUAUUCCAAACAUCUGAAAUGAUUUUAAAGGAUUUUUGAUUCAGUGGAGAGUCGAACCUGCAGCUUUUCAUGCUGAUCGGAGGUCUGAUUUUCUCAACAUCACACUGCAGCGUUAGAUAAAAAAAAUGAGAAGCAGCCGAGAAUCACAGCUUUUAAAAAUCAUCGUCUCUGACCUCCUAAUUUCAGAUCUCAAACAUGGAUCAUCUUCAUCAUCAUCAUCAUCAUCAUCAUCAUCCUUGUGUCUUCUCAGUGAAAUAAAUCAAAAGAUAUGAAACAUAAAUUAAAGAUUUAAUCAUUUAGGCUCAAAUUUGACACGAUCAUCCGAAGAAUUGAACCGAAUUGUGCAAAAAUAUGAAAAUUUUAGGGACUAUAUUCACGCUGCGGUGACCUCUGACCUCCUCACUCGUCUUUAAAUCUUCUCUCGUUUGUUCGAUAAAGCAGAAGAUGCUCUUUGAAAAUAAUCAGGAAAAAUGAGUGAAAUCCUUCAGAUGUGAAAACAGGAAAAAUGAGCCGAAGAGCUUCAACAAAACCAGAAUAUUUUGACUCUCCUUUGACCUCUGAGCUCCUAAAUUUGACCUCUAGUGAGUCACAUCCUCAAUCCUGACGUCUUUAUUUCCUCUGAAGCUGCAGACUCUCUCUCCAUGUGACAAAUUCAGACGUCAAAAUCAUGACCCCCGACCUCUCUGCUCCUCUAUAAUCAGCUGAUAGUUGUGUGUUUGUAAUCUGCAGAGCUCUGUAAGCAGUGAAACUGUGAAUCGGGCGACAGCAGAGCUCGGUAACUUGACCGCUCCAAACCUACGGCGAACAGAAGUCGUAAUUAGCCUGACAGAUCCUCUCAAACAUUCCUACAACCCGGCUGCACCGCUGUGUUUGUGUUUAUGCUGUCAGAAGCUAAGAAGAGGGCCUCUCUUCUCCCUCACACACACACACACACACACACACUCUGAGGCGGCAGAGAGGGAGAGAAAAUUAGGAUUAUAAUCUUGGUAAUCAGCAGUCAUGCCCGAGGCGGACAGCUGCAGAACUGCACAGCUCCAAUUUAGGUGUUGGACAUUAAAAAGCAUUAAACCCAAGUGAGUUUCCACUUAUUGAUUUUUCUGGGGCAACAUUUCAACAGUAGGAAAAUAAAGGCGGGUGGAUGAUGAGCAGCAGAGAGAUGUCAUUUUUAUUUUGGAGAGAGAGGGAAGAACACAAAAGCAGAGGAGCGAUGGAGUUAAAAAUAAUCCCUUUAUUAGAAAAUCUGUGAGAGAAAAUAAAAAAAUGUCAGCUCAUAAAAACACAUCCUCCCAAAAACACAAAUCCAUGUUUAUUCAAAUUCAUUCAAUCACUUCAAAUCAGGAGAAUUCAGCGAAUAUUCUCGAAUCUGUGCGUCAAGAUUUCAUCCGGAAUCAUCCGAAUCUGUGAAUCUCCUCAUUUGAAUCAAUCUAUUCAUUAAACACAAGGUCCCCCUGUAGGUCACACACCGACUGUAAUCCGUUUUCACGGGGAGUAUCGCGGCCCCACGGAGGAGUGUGUGUGUGUGCGUGCGUGUGUGUGUAUGUGUGUGUGUGCGUAAAGACAGAGGCGCGAGGUGCCACUCCAGGCGCGCACGGAUGAAUGGGACUCCGAGCUGGAGCUAUACGGUUCAAGUGUGUGUGAGAGAGUGUGGGAGAGUGUGUGUGUGUGUGUGUGUGUGUGUGUGUGUUUGAGUGAGAGACAGGGAGGGAGAGAGAGAGAGAGAGAGAGCUUCGUUUACAUGCAAGCACCGUGGCACUAAAUUACGCAUGACAAUAAUUCACCCAGGACUGGAUCCACUUUCGACCCGGGGAAAAACAGGAGGUGAAGCAGCUUCAGCUUCAGCUUCUCUCCGCCUUCCUGCUCGUUUUGUUGCUCAAUAAGAAGAAAAUGACAUCAUUUAAAAACCGAGAGAGAGAGAGAGAGAGAGAGAGAGAGAGAGAGAGAGAUUCAAAACAAGAGAGAGGAAGAAGAGACAAACUUACCAAAACAAAACACUCCGUCUGUGGGUCCGUGGGUGAAUCUUCCAGUCCGUGGGAGAAAAAAACAGAAGAAGAAAAGUUUUAGAUUUUUUAUAAAGUUGAUCAACAUUUAAAGUUUUCAUUAAUAUUUAAAAACAGACAAUUCGAACAGGAUUAAUCUGAUUAUUAGAAAAUAAGAGAAAAACAAGAUUAAAUUCACACAAGAGAAUCCAAGACUCCAUAUCCGAGCAGGAUUUCUUUAUGCUGCAUCUGAUUGCGUUUUUUUUAGGAUGGGGGGAGUAUUGGGGGGUGGGGGGUGUAUGGAGGGGUAGCAUAAACCAGUUCAGCCCCUUGAUUGAUGAUUUAAUUAGCCAUACAGUGGCGAACUGCAGGAGGACAGGACACCAAAUAAUACUUUAUUUACAUAACCAAUCAGGGCGCUGCAAAGGUGGAGCUUCCUCUCUCUCUCUCUCUCCCUCUCUCUCUCUCUCUCCCUCUCUCUCUCUCUCUCGCUCUCUCAGACAUGGCUGAGAUAGUUGACUUCUCUAAUAAACGCGACAUUCAUCCUGUUGAGUCGUGUCAAAAUCACUAAAAUGACCCUGAACACCUCCUCUCUCUCAGUCCUGCACUUUAAAUCUAAACUCCUUUUAUUUGACUCUAUUUUUAUUAUUAUUAUGAUUCUAAAUAUUAAUGUCUUUAUGCUCCAAACACUCUGUGUCCUCAGAAUAUAUCUGCAGAUAUUUGGAGGGUUUUUUUAUUUUGAUGUUUUUCUCGUGGAAAAUAAAAAUACACAGAAGCUUAAAAAUGCAGUUUUGUUUCUGUUAGAGGAGCCGGAAGCAUUUCCGUGAUGCAAACACAGGUGAGGAUGUACCUGCAGCAGACGGUGAUGCUCCUGUAGGUGCAUCCUCACCUGUCUCUGUAAUAAAACUACAAUUACGCACAGUUAGGAUGCAGAAAACCGCGUUUUCAGUGCGUCUUUACGCAUUUUUUAAAUGGCUGAAAUGUCUUUUUUAUCCUAAAACAUAAAAAAAAAUAAUUUCCUAAAUCAUCUCACUGAACUCCUUUAAUUUAAAUUAAAUUACAAUAAAGAAAUGAUCAAUCUUUACAUGGAGGAAAUGGAUCUGAGCGCGUGAAAGCUCCUUAUUUACAGAAACAGGAAGAAUCGAGCAGGUUUGAGCGUCAAAAAAAACGCCGUUUGACUCCAUGAAAAGACAUUUUUUGCAGCGUAGAUAAAAGCCCAGCAUCCCCAAACCUUUUGCAGUCGCAGCCAAUUACAAUAAUGAAGAAUAUGUGGAAUUGCCUCCCCACCCCAACUCCUGCAUCCUGCCGUAUCAAGCCUGCCAUUUCUGCAAAUUAAACGGAGUGGAAAUAGAAAUAAAGAAAAAAAUCCUUACAUGAUUGCGGCUGGUGUGGACGCGCUCCAAGUUUCUCCCCCCUUUUCUCUACUCUCUCUCUCACACACACACUCACACUCACGCACACACACACACACACACACAUGCUCGCACACAUUCACACGGAGGAAAAAAAAGCCACACUGUCGCCUGUUCUUUGCUCCGCGUCGAAGCCCGACAUAGUUGGUUUCACUCAAAAAGAGAAGAGAUGGAGAAAGAGAGAGGAGAGUGAGGGAAAGAAAAGAGGAGGAAGAGGAGGAGGAGGAGGGAGAGAGAGAGCGAGAGAGAGAGCGAGAGAGAGGAGAAAAAAAACUUCACGUUCAACCCAGAAGAUGCUCACGUUUGGCUCUCCUCAAUUAUCCCCUCCCGUGAAGAUAGGUGGCGUGCGUUUCAGGGGGCUUCUCCUCCUCUGUGUUACACGGCAAAGAAAAGGAGGUGGAAAGAAAAAAAAUGUCAUUAGAAGAGGCGUAACACGUCAGUCCCUACCCAGGUUUGUUUCCUGGAGUGGGUGUAAGACAUCAGUUGUAAACCUGCCCUAGCAGGAAUAGCGGUCCCUCCCUCCUCCCAACUAUUUCCAAGGCUUUUAUUUCUAAGGCUUUAUUAUCACCGGUGGGGAACAGGAUCCGCUCACCGACGCGCUCCGGUACCAUCCUUUCCUCGCGACUCCUCUCCACGAGAGCCCUCUUUAAGACUCUGAUCAGGUAUGUCUCUCCUCACUUUUCCUAUUUCGAGAUUUUUUUAUUCCGGGAAAAUCUGGGAUCUUAAACUUCCACGCGCUCGCCUCAGAGUUGGAGCUCAACUUCUCCUUACCUGCACAGGUGGAAAUAGGUGCGUUUGUUUUUGUUUUUUUUUUUCCUUUUUUUUUUCUCUCCUGCUCCGCGGCGCUGAGGCGCGCUGCAGGAUCCUGACAGCCGGGGAAAGUGCGCUUUUCACGGGGCGUUUGGCGCUGAACACCACCGCUGUCCUUUGGAGGAGAAAAGACGACAUCCAUCCCGAUUUUCUCUCUUUCGCUUCUUUUAUUCUCGGCUCUGUUUGUGUGUGUGUCUCCUGUCAGAGCCCGCUGCUCCUUCUAACGGGCUUUUUCUGCGCUGAUAAAUUAACAGGCGAUUUCAAUCUUAUCGCUUUUGUUUCUGCGCAAUUUGUGCCCUAAAGAUUUUCCCUUCUUUUCCGGAGCCAUUUGGCACAUUUGAACAAUUAUUCCCCAUCUGUUAUUUAUUAAGUGUUGACAGCAGGCUUUGGGUUUAGUUUAUUAAAGCUCCAAGUGUAAUUUUCUCCGUGUUUAUUGGAGUUGUAUGACUUUUAAUCAGACCACACAGAGAGGCUGAGUCCUGGCUCAGUCCUGGCUCUGCCUCGCUCUCCCUCUCGCCGUCUUUAAGGUGAAAACUCCGGAUUUGAGCUUUUCAAUUUGACAGAAAUUUGAUUUAUUAAGCUGUUUCAGCUUCUGUGCCAAAUCCGGACUAAAAGCGCAGAACAUGAACACACUGUGCCAGUUUGUAAGUCACAGAUUAAUUUCUCUUAAUCAUGAGGAAAAAUACAAACCGGAUUGGGAAAGUUUUGUGAGUGAAAAACAGUCUCCUGAUUGUUUUCUCUGGGAUCCCGAUCAGCGAAAUGAAAAGUGCUUUUCCUAAUAAGAGAAAUGAGAAUUCCCCUCUUUUCUUUCUCUCUUUCUUUCUUUCUCUCCUCCUCGUGCUGCUCUGCUCUUAAUGCCACAAAGCUGAGAGCCGAUCAGCUGCAGAUCCAAAUGAGAUGGACGCGGAUCCCCUCUCCGCUCUUUCUCUUUUUCACAAUCUCUCCCUCCAUCCAACUUGCAGUUUCUUGUCGCGCGUCCGGCGCAAGUGGAUCUCCUCGCUAAUACCCACAUUGUCUGUCCUCUGUCUGUGUGUGUGUGUCUGUGUGUGUGCGUGUGUUUCCCGUCAGAUAUCAGGCUGAAAUCAAGGAAUCGAGUCCAUGCGAGCUGCCAUCUGAUCCCACACACACUUAUCAAUGAAGCAAGAGAUCAUGGCGGAUGGCCCGAGGUGUAAGAGGCGAAAACAAGCCAACCCGAGACGGAAAAACGGUAAGAAAUCAACCUGCUGCUCGAUGAGGGGGGUAUCUGUGGAUGGAAGCCGGCUUUGGAGGCUCUCUGUGCGGGUCGGGGGUGUGUGAGGGUCCGCGGCUGGUGCGCUUUCCUGCCUUUACGCAGAGACAGAGGGACCGUGUUCCCCGGCUGGGAAACUGUGCGUAAGUGCGUGAGUGAAAUCUGAGCAAUCAGUCAAAAAUAGCGGGUGAAAAUGUGCGUGUCUGAGAGGGUUUGAUCGUGGGAAUAAUGCCGAGGAGAAGUUGGAAACUUGUGGAUGUAAAAGUUGCAGCGUAGCGGAGCCGGCUCGGGACAGACCCCGCCAUGGGGGGACUGUGUGACGGUCACUCCGAGCGUCAGAGCAGGCUGGCUGCUGCUCCGUGUGUGGAAAGUCCACUCUGGUUGUUUGAGGAGAAACCGUUUUCCCUGCCUGUACUGAUGCUUCGGUCGUGAUUCGGGCCUUUCAGCCUCAGAUUUCGGAGUCUUUUCGCUCCACAAUAAAAGCUGUAGUUUGUGAGCCUGUCUGUAAGUUUAGGAGAGUGGAAGGACCGUUUCUAAAAAGAUGACAUGUCGGAUAAAUGCUGCACAUUAAUUGGGUGUGUUGGGGGAGCGCUGGAGGUGCAGAUUUGUUGCUUUUCUUCCUCCAUUUGACUGCACACUUUCCCACAAGAGGCAAAUCUGCUCUGACAUUUCCUGGCCCCGUUAUUCCUGAUUAUUCCAUAUAGGCUCAAACACACACUCUAUGUGUGUGUGUGUGUGUGUGUGUGUGUGAAAUAUAGAGAUGAGGCUUUUAUUUGCUCUGCUCCACAACAGUUUUUAAAUCUCUGCCCCCACAGGUUAUUUAUCUAGAUCAGAUUUCAUUUAUUGAUCGCACACAAUCGAUAGCAGACAAGCAUUUUGUUCCACAUUAAACAGCAGCAGCAGCAGCAGCAGCAGAGCCAUGCUGGAGAUUUCUGCUCUGUGUUUGUUAAUUUAUAUAUUUAUUUAUUAAUGUACAUGAGCAGGAUUCAGAGGAAAAGCAGACACACACAUUUGGAGAUCUGACAGCCUGUUUAGCUGUGGCCACCUGUUUUGCAAAAGGGGGGGGAGUGUUAGAGGGAGAGAAGCAGUCCAAAUGCAGCGUUUGAUAAAAUAAUAUUAGCAAAGCAAAUAUAAUUUUCACACCCUUAAACCUGAGGAGACACGGCGAGCUUUGGCACGCUGGGAAAAAGAAUAUUUUUAUCCCUCCUGGUGCAGGAGAGUGUGCAUUAAAAAAUAGAUUUAAAUUCUCCAUGUAAGCUCGCCUUUAUUUUUCUUCUUCUUCUUCUUCUUCUUCUCUGUCUGAUGAUCCCCCUCCUCUCCUUCCUCCCCCUCCUCACCCUCUAUCCUCCCCCCUGGGAAUGCAGAGGCUUAUUGAGGCUUGGCCACUCUCCUCUCCUCUCCCUGUCUCUCUCCGCCUGUCUCUCUCCGUCCCUCUUCCUGCCUGGCUCUGAUGGCAGGGCAGGGCGAAGCGGCCGAGGGACACACUCUCAAUCCUCGGGCGAGAGAAAUGCACCAAAAAAUGCACCGUGCACACACACACACACACACACACACAGACGCAGACGGAGGGGAUUUAGCUAAAUAUUUUUGCCGAUUGAGAGCGGAUGCACUCUGAGUUCAUUUUUCUGAGAGGUUCGACGAGCAGAGAUGAAUUUUAAAUUUGUGAUUUUACUCUCAGAGUUUUUCAGACUCAUUUCCAUCCUGAUGAAAAUUCUCUCGCCUCCUAAAUUAGUGAAAAAUUUUCUAAAAUGUAGUUUCUGAUUUUUUUUAAUUCGUCCUCUCAGAUGUAAAAUUAUCUGGAUUAUUUUUGUCCAAAUAAAGGAGGGGGGGUGUGUGUGUGUGUGUAUAUGUGUGUAUAUGUGUGUGUAUAUAUGUGUGUGUGUGAGGGGGGGGGGGGUGUAUGGCAGCAUUCUUGCCAAUUAGUAUUAAUGAGGCAUUUGCUCACUAAGUUGUCUACCCAAUGACAUUCUCAUCCAGAUGACUGUUGGCCUUCAGGGCUGGAGGUGCUACAGUAGCUUUACUCACUCACUGGCCGGCCUGUCAUGUGGUAUUUAACCACAGUUAUGACUUAUAUCCCCCUCCUCAUCCUCAUCCUCCUCUUCAUCCUCAUCCUCGCCGCGCCGCUGUCGCUGCAAGUGUCCGUUUCCCUCCCUCCCAGCUGACACGCGAUAUUUAAAAAAGCGACUGAAAAAGCGUGAGAAUAUUUUCUCGACGAAAAACCUCUCCUGGUGUGAAACUUGAUCCCGGCAGCGUGAAGCGUUUGAGAGUUUGGCCUCGCCAGGUGUUGCUUGUCACAUCCAGCUGUGCGGCGCUCACACACCUGUCCAGAUCUCCCUCAAAAACACGCCUGCUGCUGCUGCUGCUGCUGCUGCUGUUGUCUUAGUGAAGCAUUGUCUCUCUUUGGUUGGAGAUUGUCUGUGUUCAGGGGUAGAAAAGGAGCACGCUCAGAUUACGCUGCUGUUUUAUUUUCCUGAUUGAUCCAGUUUGAUGACAUUUGCACGUCAGGAAACGCUGGAUUACAUAAUCUGCAGCCGCAGAAGGAGAGGAUGAGGCCGGCCUCCUCCUCUGCCUCUCUCUGCCUCUCUCUCUCUGCGUCUCUGUGUCUGCUAGAGUUUGAUAUAAUAGUCUGAAUGUGCUUAUUAUCACAGAUUUAAGGUGCAGGAGGAAUAGGGGCAAAGCUGUGUGUGUGUGUGUGUGUGUGUGUGUGUGUGUGUGUGUGUGUGUGUGUGUGUGUGUGUGUGUGUGUGUGUGUGUGUGUGAGAGAGAGAGAGAAAGGAGGAGGAGGGGGAGUUAGCCUUGCUUUCAGGCGCAGACAAUGCCACAUUUCUGCCAGUCUAAACAAUUUGUCCAUCUCUAUUCUUCCUCUAAAGUUGCAGGAGAGAAUAAGAAGGGAGGGGGGGGACAAGGUGCUGCCUUUCUUCUUCUCUUUCACCCCCUCUUCUUCCUCCUCCUCCUCCUCCUCCUCUGUUUUUCUCCCACAAUCUCUAGGUAGGGGUGGCCUUUUUUUUUUCUUUUUUUUUUUUUUGCAAUAGCACCCACUAAAAAAAAAAGGGGGGAGUAAGAGGAGGAGGAGGAGGAGGAGGGCAGGUUUCGCAGGGCUCUUGCGGACAAUUGAUUGUCAGCGGUAAUGUGUUUCAUUUACAUGUUUAUACCGUCAAUAGUGGCGGGGGGUUGUCCAGUUUAGCGUGCCAUUCACUCGCUGCCAUUCCCAGACACCUCGCUCUGCUGAGGGCUUUUAUUUUGUAGGAAUGAGCAGGAUAUGGAGGAUUAUUUAGUUUAAAGAAAAUGAAGAAUCAGAGUGUGAGAUUCACACACACACACACACUCUCUCUCUUCAUGUUAAACAGCUCGACGCCGGGCUAAUCAGGAGCCAUAUUUGUCCUGUCACAACUACACAUUGCACUUUGGCGUGCUGCGUGAGGCCUUAUUAUUCUCCGGUAGCCUUUUUUGCAUCCGUUUUUUUCCUCCCUCGGCUGCAGAGCUAAAUAUAUCCAUCUGCUCAAAGUGUGUGAGUCAAGUGUGUGUACAGCACAGCGCGUAAAAAUGAAUGGACUUCCCCUGACGAGAUGGCGGUGAUUCGGUGUUUAGGAGCAGAAGGAUGUGUGUCACAGCAGCCACAGUUUUUCACCACUUUAUUUUAUUUCACGUGUGUGUGUGUGUGUGUGUGUGUGUGUGUGUGAGUGUGUGUGUGUGUGUGUGUGUGUGUCAGUGUGUUUCUCCGAGCUGAUAUGUUAAACGACAAAUCCUCUAAUAUGAGCUUCCACCAGGAAUUAAAUCAGGAAUGUAGCUCAGCAACAGCCGCUCACAAACAUGCAGCUUUUUCUCCCCUCCUCUCUCUCUCUCUCUCUCUCUCUCUCUCUCUCUCUCUCUCUCUUUGCCGCUUUGAUAAGGCAGAUAAAAGCAAAUAGCAUGGCUUGUGGCUGCGCGCACACACACACACACACACACUUAAAAAACAAAAAGAGAGAAAAAAAAAAAACACUAAUGAUCAUUUCGACUCGGUCCUGGACACUGGGCUGAAAAGUUUCCCCCCUAAAAAAAUCAGAAAUAAUUUGACAGAUUUUUAUUUUUUUAUUCUCCUCCUCCUCUCCUCCUCUCCUCUCCUUCUCCUCCGUCGACCGCCCUGCUUGUGUGAAGAUAUUUUUUGCGCCUGGCGGCCAGAGAACACACACUCGCAGAGGCACCGCGAGCCCGGACCCCCUGACACCGCGGGUCUUUGGAAUGCCUUAGGUACGAUUUCACUUUCGCUCACAUCAAUGCUGACCUGAAUGCCUUUCAUAUCUGAUCCGCCGUGUCUCUCCUGGUAAACAUCCCCCCGGGGGGAGAACAAAGAAAAGGAGCUCCUCUUCUUCUUCUUCUCCUUCUCCCUCUUAAUCACAAUUCAGCCCCCUUUCGCCCGCCAGCAGCAGCAGGGCUACACAUUUGCAUUCAGCAUCAGAAAAAAGGGCCUGAGAUGAAAAGGGGGGCGAGAGAGGAGAGGAGAGGAGAGGAGAAAAAAAAAGGAGAGCAAGAGAAGAAGAAGAAGGAGAGGAGGAAAGGAGAAAACAGGGAGAGAAAGAGAGAGAGAGAGAGGAGGGGUGGGUGGAGAGAAAUAACUAGGGUGUUUGUGGUUGUUUGUUGGUCGUCCCCUGGUUACAAGCCUUUUAUAGCCUCCACUACUCGAGCAGGGACCCCCCCUCCCUGACAGACAGAUAGUGUUACGAGAUGGCAUGCCCACACUAUUCGUGGCGAGUCACACUUAAAGGAAGAGAAGAAGAAGAAGAAGAGAAAAAUCCUCCAGUGGAGGAGAUAAGAGUCGGAGCAGGUGUCUGCUCCUCCUCGGCCUUUUUUUCUCUCCGCUCCUUCAGACGGCGAAAACUCCAUCAGUCAGCCGACGCUUGUCGUGAUUUUAACCGAGAAUAGAGUCCACCUGUGUUAGCGUUCAUAUUUUCUUUAUAGUGAGGUUCAUUUAAAUUCUUCAUGUCUGUAUUAUCUGAACAACCUGAGCUGUAAGGAAGGCUGCACGACCCGAAUCUUCUUCGGUUUAAAUGUGGAAAAAACAGGAAAAUCUUCUCUGUGUUUUUGUCCAAUUUUACAAAAUAAACCAGAAAAGAAUUCAUCCUAAAACAGCCGUAAAAUCAGCAGAAAGAAAAAACGUAUUUCUGACAUUUCUGAUGAUGAUUCUGAGAUCGUUUUUCUGUGCAGAGAGCAGAAUCAGUUCAUCUGCAUAGAAACACUUUCUGCUCAUGCUAACCUCAUUUUUUAAACACAUAUUUAAAAUAUUUCAUAUCCUUAAAGUUUCUUCUUUAACGGUUUAGUAUUUUAUUUUAAAGAUCAUUUAGAAAAAGGAUGAUGGGAACGAUGAUUUCCCGCCGCCCGACCACAGCCGCCCCCUGCUGCCCGCGCCUUUCCUCCAUGUUUGUUUUUAUCGAACAAACAUAAUCUCAUGACGUCAUGAAAAAUCUGCAUCACGGUGGUUUUUAAAGUCUGAGGUUGUAUGAAGAUUAAAUCUCUGUUUGAUAGUUUUCAGUUUAAAUUGAUUCAAACGAGUCGAUGAAAAAGAGAAAAAAAAUCUGCUGAAAAAUGACGUAAUGCUCCUUUAAUUUAAACACAAACCGCUCUUUAUCUGUUGCUUUACCGAAAUGAUUAGCAGGAUAUCUUUAUCACCUGAUUCCCAUGCUGGAUGUAUGCAAAUCUGAGGCAAAGAUGGGGGCAUGAAAGGGAGGAAAAGGGGGAGGGUGGGGGUACACGGCUCUUUAAAUGGCAUCAUGUGAUAUGGAUUCCACUUUCUCUCUCUCCCUCUUUCUUUCUUUCUUUCUUUCUUUCGUCCCCUUCUCUUUCAGAACUUUUUUUUCUUUUUUGGUUAAGAAGAAGGAUUAUCGGUACACCUUCCCCCCUCCCUCCCUUUUCUCCUCCCCCCUCCCUGGCCAAGCUGCGCAGGAUUUAGGCAGAUUUACUUCAGCAAACACCUUUGGACACUGGGGGGGAAAGUAGGAGUCUGUUUGCAAAAGGGGUCUUUUGUUCCGAGAGGUUCUGGAUAAAGCCUUACCAGGCAGCCGUGAUAUUAACCCGUGCUUUGGAGAAGAAGAAGGGAUCUCUUUUUUUUUUUUUAGGGUGGGGGGGGGGUUAACUCUUUGUAGGAGGACCCUCUGCUCCCUCUGCAUCCCCCGCCUCCCCCCUUUAAAAAAAAUCCAAACUGCCUUUCUGGAGCUCGGUGUUGAGUUUUGUUGUGAUUUUUGUGGUUUUGGAAAAGCUGCAGAAGUUACAGUGUAUUUUGGUGGAUGCACGCUCACACACACACACACACACAUAAACACACUAACACACACACACUCACGCACAUGCAUAGAGUAACUGCCAAGAACGAUGAAAGCGAGAGCGGUGGCUGGGCUCCGCUGCCUGACUAACACCGAGGCAUGAAUCAGCCAAUAGCGAGCCAACUCUGCGCCCUGUGACUUCCCUUUAUGUUUUAAACGACAAUAAUGAUGUAUCGCACAAAACAAUGCGGCGACACGGGCAGCGACGUGGCAUUCCCCGCAUGCUUUUGGCCUGAAUCAGCCGCGCUCCGAGUAAAAAUGGAGGCCGUUUUCUGGAGAGGCAGAUUUGAGAGCGCGGCAGCUGAACUGUUGCUGAACUUGUGCUUCGGCCCCAGAAGGCACCGCUGCAGAAAAAUCCGGUUUUCUCGCCGUUUGAUACCGGAGCGGUGGGUCAAAUUAGGCGAGUUCUGCCGGGCCGUGACAGAGGAGUGAGUUUUCAUUUGUUCAGAGUGACGCAGGGGUUGUCAGGAGUCCAGGUUUGUGCAGAGAUGAGGAGUGAUGGAGCAAAGGUGACAGACUUAAAGGUGUUUCAGUGGCGGUGGCGUUCUGCCUGUCAAACCCUGACCCACCUCCUCUCUCUCUCUCUCUCUCUCCCUCUCCUCCUCUCUCUCUCUCAGGAUUUGACAGGUCGUAUCACCCCCCCCUUCACUGUUAUGCACGCCUGUUCUGCGACACGCUAGUCUAAGUAAAGUUGCUCUGCAGUCAGAUGUCUUUUCCCUGCUUCCCUGACUUUAUUUCAUGCCUUCUUGCUUGUUUUCUCCUUUUUUUUUUCCUCUCUCACUCAUCCCCUGUUUUUCUUCUUCCUUGUGAUUUUGACAAAAAAGCAAACACCCAAAUUGAAAACUUCACUGGUCCGGCAAAUAAUUGCAUGCAUUUGCUGUUUUUCAUUUACGUGUGUACACUCUUUACCCUAAGCCGGCAUGUUUUAUGCAUUGCGUAGGACGGGGAGACGCAUUCUGAAAUAUCAUGCCUCAUUUGAGUCUUUCUCAAGUGAAAAUGCAAAGUCUUUAUUUGGCCCAUCCGUUCCGUCUCGUCCUGCUGUUUGCACUUAUUCAGUUGUUGCGCCUGCGUCUCGCCGUGUGAUUUUUCGACAUUUUCCACGCGUCGACUUUCUCUCCCAUUUGCGAGGGAGUCUGGGCGCGACAGACGACAGGUUGUCGAGCAGGUGUAAACUAACUAUUCGGAUUUCAUAAUCGGAUGGCAGGGGGGCGAGAAAGGAGUUUGAAAACACCUUUUUUUUCUCCCAACAAUGGUAUAUGUCGGGAGUCUGUUCUUCCAAAUGAGAAGUGAUCCAAGAAUAACUUCCAGGUUUAGAGUUUUUGGAAGAGUAGCCUCGUCAUUUUCCGCUUUUUUUGGAAGAUUUGAUGUAAUUUUUCUGUGUGUUUGAGUGUCUCAGUGUCACGUGAGCUCAGAUCUGCACUUAGAGAGUUAGUUUUAUGGAGAAACAAAGAAGGAGACCAAACACACAUCACAGCUUCUUCAAGUGUGUGUGUGUGUGACUUUUCUCUCCCGUCACCCGUAAAAGCGGCGCUCAGCUCUGUGAUGUUCCUGCAGAAAAAAGCAAUCACCUCCAUCGCCCAUUAAAAUGAUUUUUCUGCCUGUUUUUUCUGCAGCAGCUGCUUCAGAGACGACACCUUUGUGCAAACAAGUGUUGAAAGCAGCCUCCAGUUUUCUCCCCGCUCUGAUGUCGGCACCGCUGAUCUGCAAGCGCCGCUCGCUGCCACAUGUGCACACACACACAUUUAAAGGAAGCGCACGCAUGCGCACGUGAACGCGCGCAGACGCACACUCUUUGAUGUGUGUUUGAUUGUCGGGUGGAAGAGCUCUUCUGGCAAGGUCACGGCCGCGUGGAACAAUCAAUAACAGAUCAGCAGAUUAAGGCGCGGUGACAUCUGGAAAUCUGGGCCGGUUUUUAAAGAGGACUCCACACGCCGGCUCUUACCUUUCAUUCAGGAUAAUAGAACAUGCUUUUUGAUCAGGACUCGCUUUCGGACUCUUCUUCAUUAUUCACAAGGUGUCCCGCUUCCUCACCACCUAAGUGCGCCCCUCUCGUUACCUCCUUUUCUUCUCCGUCUUUUUUUCAUUUAACGAGGACUUGUCUGCUUCCGUUUGAGCUCCGGUUUCCUCCUCUCCUGGAAGUAAAUUCAGAUGUGUUAUCUCGCUUUAAUUGCAGCCGAUUGCCGAGCGAGAUUAGGACAAAAUUAGGUCAUUUUGCGGUUGCACAAAUUCCACUCACUUCCACGCUUUCAUCUUCGCCGUUGAUCAAGCACCUUCUUAAGCGGAGGUUGCAGCGGAAAAGAGGAAAUGGUCAGAAAUUGCUCGGGCUUCGUUGUUAUUCAAACAUACAUUUAACCUUUGGCAAGAGUGAGUCAAGGAGAGGAGAAACACGGAGCGAGGAGGGAGGGGAGGGAGGGGGCGCCGCCGCCGUUUAAAUGUCAUCUGUGCUGCUGCAGUCAGUGGACAUGUGUAGCCGAGUCGUCCCCGUUCAGAACCCAGAGAGGUGGAUUCACGUGUUAAUGAGUUGUGACGGGAGAGGGAGCCCCCGCUCCUGAACGCCUCGUGUCCCGCCGCUGUCAAACGCGGAUGUCAAACAAACACCUCCUCAGGUAGCGGGGGGAUAAUCACACCGACAGGCCUGUCCUCAGCCUUUCUGACGUGCAGGACAAACAUGAUCUGAGGCUGCAGAUAGAGAGAGAGGAGAGGAGAGGAGAGGAGAGGAGAGGAGGUCUGCGGGGUUUCAGGGACCGAGUUUUGGGCAAGGUGGAGGAUCUGGAGGUCAGAGACUCCGGGAAAGUUCAGAAACAUCAACAUUUUUACAUCCUCGUCUUCACAGUGACCUCAGAUAAAAAGUCAAGCAGACGGAGACGUGAUGAUUUCUGCAUCUUUGAUAACCUGCAUGUUGAAAAGGAGGAGAGAGAAACCUGGUUCUGUUUUUAUCAAAGGUUCAUGUUUUCUUGAUUUGCAUUAUUUCUCGUUCGGCUCCUUCAGACUCAAACAAACUACAAAUGCUUUCACAUGCAGACUUUAGGUUCACAUCAAAGAGGCCUGAAGGUUUUGGGUCUUUGUAGUUGUGGUCAUAAUUUUGGUCUGGGUGACAAAGUAAGUCUCCAGGAUCUGGUUUUGGGUUUUGAAACACUCUCUUUCAGGGAACAGAUACCGUGUGAUUAUUAUCAUUAUGCCCUUAUUUGAAGUCACGAUGAAGUGAUAAAUCUGCGGUCUGUCCCUGUGGUUGUGGCUGCAGUUUCGCUCUCGACGCCUGAGCGCUCUGGCCUGAAGCGGGCUGAUGUGAGUUUUGGCUGAGUUUUGGUCACAGAUCCUGUUAAAGCCCGGCUGCUGAGGGCUGAACGGGUAUUUCCUGACCCAGAAACCUGAUGGGGGACGGCAGAGAUUGGGUCACAGAUGGAGGCCGGGUGCUUGAUUGGGCCCUGUGACUCAGCCCGGCCUCUGGAGGAUGUUGUGAGUUUGAGCUGAAGGAGAAAGUUCGUACACUGAGACUUGGUUCGGUUCUGCCUGCUCCAAAACUUGGUCCUGGAGUCCCCCACCUCCAUCUCUCCCUCCUCCAUCCAGUCAGUCAGUCAUCUAAGCAGUCAGCCCGCUCUAAUUACUUCUCCCCCACCCAGGGGAAGCUACUUCCUUAUCGCUCGGCCGUCUUGCUCCGGCAUUCCUGAGAUAAAUUCCCCUCCACUUUGUUAUUCUUACUACUUAGGGGUAUUGGAAUUAGCAUGUCCAUCAAAGCAGACCUUGUACUCUUGUGCUUCUUUUCCCACCCCCCCUCCUCCCUUAUGACCUUAUCAGUGGUCAUACAUUACAGGCGGGCAUGGGGGACGUGCCCACGGGCAGCAGAGGUGAGUAACGGACAAAAGGUAUGGCGCCCGGUGUGUCUGAGGGAUGAUGAAGCGAUGCUAAUGUGCAGCCCGUGGCGUUUUACCGCGGUCUGGCCUUUUUGGAAGCGCAGGUACUUCAGGGCGGCGUGGAAAAGGAUUCGUCAGGUAGCGCGUGUAAAGAAGCGGCGACCUUUGAGGCUCUUCAUACCUGCUCAAACCGCCACGGAGUCAAUAAUCAGAGCUCAUUCAGACCCGUUUUUGAUCAGAACCGAGCCCCCUCACUUCCUUCCUUCCUUCCUUCCGCUCCUCGCCGUAUGUUUCCCAACAUGGUUUUAUACCUCAACAAGCAAAGCAGACGCCGCCUUCUAAACUGGCAAUCACAGUAUCCCUAAUGUUAUUACUUUUCAUAAUUAGUUACAGCAACACUCAUUCCACGACUGGCGGAAAGGAGUAUUCCUUAGUAAUUAAGGUAAUGAAAUAUUCAUUUAUGCUACCUUUUCAGCAGUCGCACAAAUGAGCCAGCCGUGCUUAAUGUCCGCCCUGCCUCUGAUUUUAUUAUGAUGGCAGACUGGCACAUCUGCAAUUAGCGCCUGCGUUGACAGUUAGCGUUUUUUGCGCGGGGCGGUAAGCAGAGGGAGGUGAGGUGAAGCGGCGGAGGGGAGGGGGGCGCCCUGCUGUGACUACACCCCCCUCUGAACCCCACCUUCCUCUCCUCUUUUUUGUGCUACCUUUAUCCCCUCCUCCCCCCGCCGUCUCCUCCCCGACGGAGAGGUUACCUUUUCCCAACGGUGCAAAAUCGACUUGACAUAACUGUUCAUCAGUUUCAGCCCCCCCGCCCGCCUCUCCCUGCGACUCCCCCCCUCCUCACCCCGAGGUAGUUUGCAUCAAAUCAGGCCCAGUCAAGCUUCAAGUGGAAAUUGGCAGGCCAGAACCUGACAGAGGAGAGAGAGGGAGAGAGAGGGAGGGAGGGAGGGAGAAGUGAAGCAGGAGAGUCUGAGGGAUGGGAAACUGAACUACAUCCAAGAUGGUGGCCGUGGGGUCAAGCUCUGGGGUCAAGUCCCAAAUCAGAUCAUGAUGCAGGUAAACCUGAUUUACCGCUCGCUGUCGUUUUUGGAUUCCUCGUCCGUGUUUUCGAGUUUCCAAAAAUUCAUACAGUUUAUUUAAAAUAACCGUCAUCAUCUUCACAUUUAGGCUGAGCAGAUAUCCGUGAUUCACCUCGGAGAAGGUGUGAAUAAAAUCCACGCAGCAUUAGAGAGAGAGAGAGGGCACGCCGGAGCGCCACUUUUCCUCUCAACUGAAAUAACUUUUCAAGACUGGAGGUGAAGAAAGAUGCUAUUUCUGCAGCGACUGAACGUGUUAGAGAUGUACAGAGUGAUCGUCAACGCGGGGACGAGGCGCCGCAGGAAUAAGACACGCUCUAACAACCAUCCAUGAACUCCACGUGGAUGUAGAUCUGAUUCUGUUGGUCCUGGAGUAUCGGUCCAGGAGACUUUUUUGUAGAUCUAGUCAUGAUCCAUCAGAAUACCGAAUUUCAUCCUUCUAGGUUGAAAUUUUGAAGAAUUAUAGGGGGCGCCACUGAGCCGUCAAGCACUGAGAAACUAAACCUGUUUUAAACAUCCUCUUCCUUCACGAGGCUUGUCGCUACCCGAUCCGUCCUGGAAACCCGGAUCAGGUAGUGUACCAUGUGUACCACUUUUGAUGACUCAAGUAUCUCAAACGCCUCAUUAACCUACUUCCUGUUUGAUGCUAGUGCGCGGUACGACUUGUCUAAAUAAGGUUAAUUCAUGAAAGAUGAUUGAAAUAAUAAAAUUACUUGAACUUAUUUGGACAAAAAGCACAACAACAGUACCAAGAACAGCUUUAGUAAGACUGUAAACAAGCCUGUAUUAUGAGGCUAAGCGCUAAUGCUAACGCUAAUGCUAAUGCUAGCUAGCUAGCUAAACAUUCCAGCGUGCGAAUAAUUUGUCAUUUUUAAUUUGACGUUUUUGGAUCGGUAAUGAGAGGGUUCGGUGCUGGACCUGCGAGGACGUGUUUAUGUGCCAUCGAUUUGAAAAUGGCUGACACUCGCAAAGAGUCACACAUGUUCGCCAGGCGACAGCACAUCUGCACACACACACACAGACACACAACGUCACCCACAAACACACUCCAGAUCUGCAUAUUUGGCCACACAUGCACACAUUAUACACACAUUGGCACACUCUUAGGCCUAUAUAUAUCACACACACACUCACGCACACUUCACACACGCUCACACGCAUGCUAAUUGGCGUGCAGACAGGUCACAGCAGACGCAGAUGUGCCGUUUUCUUCUUCUUCUUCUUCUUCUGUUUCUUUCUCGCUGCUGAAGCUCGCCGCGGCCUCGGAGGGGAACAGAGAGGGACUUUGUGAUGAAACUUUUAGUGAAUCUCGCUGCUCCAGUUCUGUCGCCGCCACGUCACGGAGCUCAGAAACGCUGCGUCCUCCCCCCUCCUCACCCACACCUGCUCCCCCCACAGCUGUUAUAUAUUCUUAUUAAAGCCGAGUUGGAGAGGUGCAGAUGAUCGUGUUUUUGAUCACUUUCUCCCUUUACUUUCUCCUCUUCUCCACCUCCUUCUGUCUUCAUCUUCCCCUCACUCAUAUUUCUCUCCCCCUACCUCCCUCCCUCCCCCGUUUGCAUGUGCUCUGACGGGGCUGAUGGCCGUUUCGACAGGGGCAGCAUUGAGGUAAAACGGUGUGACGGCAGAGUUUUGUUAAGCCGAGAACAAAGGCUCAGAGAUGCCGGGCCGAGGCCAUUGUCCCGCCGCCCGUAUUGGCCUUGCCACAGUUUUGCAGGAUUUAAUGCUCUGUUUACCUCCAGCCAAUCGCGGCUAAUAUUCAAAGAGGAGCUUCUUCCUUUUUAGACGCACCUCAGGAUGAUUUCAGAUAGACCCGUAAAAACCGGAUUCAGAGAGAGCUGCAGAAAAAAACGAGUUUGUAACUCGGUAUCUUUGGAUUAAACGUCAGAGGAGAAACCUUCAUCUGCUUUAGAAAGACUCUCCACCCUCUCCUGUAAAGAUGACCACACCGGUUUCAGACCUCCACCCCCCCACAGAAAGUGUCUGUCACUGUGACUGGGAGAGAGAUAUGAGGCAAGUGUGUGUCUGUGUGUGUGAGAGUGUGUGUCUGGUCCGUUGGAGUUCCCCUGCAUGGUCUUUGGGCAAACUGAAAGCAGCGCUCAGUGGGAUUAGGGAAUGAGUGUUGCUGGGGGUUGGCUGUGGGUGGAGGACACAGAGCACAGGAGGAUUCUGGGAGUUUUUUUCUGCCCUGUGGCUGCAGGGAUCUCCAUAGGUUUUCUAUAGGAGCGGUCCGGUCCAAGUAAAACCUGUGAAAGGGUGCAAACACAAGUCCUACAUCCAGGAACGCACGACAACAAACGGUGUGUUUUCAUUUUUACUGCGACUGUCACUCUGACACCGACAUAAAAGCAAACUUUCGGAGAACAAGGGGCAAUAAACGCGGCGGAAAGCGCCGUCAUCGAACCCAAUGAUAAUUUCACGAGGGCAUAAAGAUUAUGAGUCCAUUCCAGUAGCACCCAUCUGUGCUUUCAUUCGCCGCUAUAUACGCGGCGUGUAGUUAAAGAGGAGGCUGAGGAAGGAGAGGGGUGACUUUCAUUUGGUGAAAUAGUUUGUUAAGGUCAGGAAGACGAGGGUGUAAUCCUCCUCCUCUUCGGCGUGAUGGACAGGCGAGGAGGCCGUCUGCGGUUUGAUUUUUGGGGGGAGAAGAAAACAAAUGAGACACCUCCUCACAAAUCCUCCUGGAGCUGCUCCGGCGAUUAACGGGUUAACCAAAUGAAACAAUUUGUCAACACACAAACUCGCUCUUUCCAAACCUCUUUCUGCAGAAGCGUUUUUUUUUUUUUUUUUUUUUUUGCAAAACAAUUACAAAAUUACAGUAGAUAAAAACUGAACGGCGCCAGUAUUUAUGCAAUCAACAUAACGAAGAAACAAAACAAUUUAAUGUGGAAAAAUCAUCAUUCAUCUGCAUUAUAAUUGCUUCUCUUUCACAUCUACGGGGAUGGUUAAUUAAAAUUGUGAUUAAAUGCGCCUGCACUGCCUAAGAUGUCUUCCCCCUAAACAGGUGCUACAGAAUUUAAAAGUAAAGAGAAAAAGCUAAUUAGCAUUGGAAAUUGAGAAAUUGCCUGCAAGAAUCAGUGUUAAUUUCACUCACUGAUGAGGUAAUUUAUAAAGGGGGAGCGCCGCCGCCGCCGAGGAGGAGGAGGAGAGUCUGUGCAACACCAGAGAUUGCUGCAACACCGACUCCUCCACCACCCCCCACCUCCUCCUCCUCCUCAUCAUCCCAGCUUUCCCAGUGUGCAGGUGAAGCUGUUUGGAAAACAUUGAAGCUGUUUGGUAUUCUGUCUUCGUUAGAGUUCAUCUGUGCCCCCCCGCAACAGCCGGAGUAAACACCAAAGACUAAAUAAUGAUAUGUUAGGGCACACACACACACACACACACACACACACACACACACACACACACACACACAGAUGAAACGAGGGAUGGGGAAACGCACGUGAGUCAUUAGGAAGUCGAGGUUUAUCCAGGUGUGAAAACACAGAGUUCACUCUUCUUCUCCAAAAGCUCAGAUCCGAGUUUUAAACUUUUCACUUCGACUUAGGAAAAACACGACAUCAAGACGGGGAUGGCGUGGUUUUUUCCUACUCAGCUCCGAUCAGAGGAGUUUGGACGCCGUCCUCUGCCCCGCUCAGAGUUUCCAGAAACAUCUCAGAUACUGCUGAUCUCCGGCGCUCGUGUACUCCACCUCCCCUCCGCCCCCCUCGUAAUUACCUGUCAUUGUCCAUCAUUAUAGUUGGCCUUGGAGAAAUGUCAGGCCUGGAACGAGCCGGAGCCAAACUGUUCCAUCAUGUUCAGAACUUGGCCACCGCCGCCGCGUCGCAACCCUCUCUCUGAAUUCCCCCAAAGUCCGAUCGAUCUCAGCGAGUCUGUUUAUCUGCGGUCUGGGAAAGAUGGCGGCGGAGUGGAGGUUAGUUUGGGAUUCCAGCUCAGAGGGGUGCCCUCCCUUCAUGGGUGGGUUUCCAAACUUUUCUGCAUUUAAAGAGUUUUUUCAGUUUGCACGUUUAAACCUUCUUAGUUUGACUUUUGAAGGAUAAACGAACAGAGAGAGAAGACUCCAGGUCAGGUUUCUAACAGACGCUCAUGUGUUUGUGAUCGUUUCAAAUAAAAACCUCAAAAUUAAGAAUUCCUCGCUCCUCCGUAAAUAUGAAAAUGCAGAUUUUAAUCUGCGGCAACAACUUAAAAACGUAAAAAAGUAAUAAGUUACUGUCCUGUCCACUCAAACUGGAGCCAAUAAAAGGUCACUUAACUAACCAACAGACCUCUACAGGGAUCGACAUGGACUUUUUUAUAAGUUUAAAAAGUAAGGAGCACACAAAAGGGCUUUAGGGGCAGAAUGAAAAUUGAUCGAAUAAUGUUUGUCUUAUUGAUUGACUUAAAUACAAUUAUUUGAAAUCAAUUUUAGAUCGAUUGAUCACAUGACAUUGAAGCUAUUGUAGGAAAUGUUCAAAAUUUCCCUCUAAAUUUAACACAAAAAUAUUAAGAGGACAAAUUAGGGAAAUAAAGAGGUGUGUCUCAUUGUCCGAUCUUAGUACUAUUAUUUGAAAUCAAUUUUAAGUCUUUUGGUCACAUGACAGUGAAACUAUUGAAGGAAAACAGCCUUUUCUGAGAACAUCAACCAGUAAUUUAUUGAGGGUCCCUUAUUCAACACCGACGUUGACAUCCUCGCUAAUACCGAUAUAUCCUCAGUGAACGUCCAUCAAAUUUUCAAAUUAAAACUAACUUCACCGUGAUUUUCUUUACGCGCUCAUGUGUCUCUAAAUACAUUUUACAAUUCGCACACAUUUAUUUUUAGUCGAGUUAAACGGUCCCACCAUCGAGCCCCGCUCUAUCCAAACCCCAGUUGGGUUCCCCGUCUUCUUGGCUGUGUGUCUGAAGUCCCCAAACUCCGUCAUGUCCCUCUGCUCUGGUCUGUAAAAACUCGAACAGACGUGACACCAGCAGCUGAAGUUCUCAGAGAAAUUGGCGUUGGACAGGUGGGAGAGCGGGUUGAGCUAGCAGGCCGUAGGUCAUUAGGCUUCCACGGCGGUGGAGCUGAAGCAUCACGCCGGCGUCCACGAGGUGAAGAAAAAAAAAAAAGGAAAAGCCAAUUUGCUGAGACAUACUCUGUCGACCUUUCAUCAUAACUGGAGCUUUUUUCUUUUAGAUUAAGUCCAGUGAGCAGAACUCAGCCGCCUGUCAGACCCUUAAGCCCCACACCCCACACCCUCCACCCCUUCACUUUUUAACAAUCGUCUCUCUCACUCAGCCUCAAAGCUCCCCCAACUUUCUCCGGCUGCUAUGUGACAAAUCAUGUACUUUACACCCCGCCCGUCUGCGCCCCCCCACCGCCGCUCCUGACAUCCAAGCUGCUCUGUUGCGAGGCCGCAUUCCUCCCGGUCCUCUCAUCACAAAACCUGAAGGUGUUUGAGGGAUUUCACACCCAGUCCAGAACGUUCCCCGUGAUCCACUGUAGCAUCUCUAAGGUUGGAGAAGACCUGCAGAUCUGUGCUCCACUUUAUUAUGAAGCAGAAGUUGCACCAAACUCUCAGAUUGUAGAUUUCGGAUCUGUCAUCUGAGCGUCUCUGAAAAAGGUUUUUAGAGCAGCUGCUGCAGAUUCAAGAAGAACACGGAGGAACCGGUCCAAACUCUCUCAACCUCAGCCCCGCUCCUCCAUGAUUAUUUUAUUUCAGGAUUUCUCCCCCUCUCCUCCUCCUCCUCCCCCUCUUCUUCUUCUUCUCUUUUUUCCUACUCCGAGUCACUCCGCUGAACAGGUCAGGCAGUAAGUGACAAGGUAUUUCGUCGUUUUGUGAACCUUUGCCAGACUGAUUGUUCGGUGCAAGUGUAGUGUAACUGAGCCGCUUGUAGCUCGCCGGAGUGUGGAAAAUAAGAUCGAGGACUGAUUUUUUUUCCCUCCCUCCCUCCCUCUCUCUCCCUCCCUCUCUCUCUCUCUCUGUCUCUCACUUGCUUUUACAACAAUGUGAGAUAGUAAAAUAGAUAUCCAGUGGCCGGGCGAGAGCUCCCGUGCGCCGGCGUUGCUGUCGCUCUUCAUACAUAUCCGUUCCACCUGACAGCCCGCUGCAUCGCUCCAACAUUUACACUCGCACCAGUUUGACCCGUGACCACUUGUGCGCUAUUACCGCCGCUCUCGCUCCUCUGUUUGCACCCAGGUUAUGAGCGUGAGCCGUCCGCGUACCGCCAGCGCCGCUCAGAAGCUCUUUAAGUUGUCGACGCAUUUCUGCCCCAGUGAAAGUACGACCAAGUCUAGUCCUGUUUCUGGUUAGAAGUGGAGUGGUGACGGUCGGUUUACGGGCUGGAAUAAUAAAUCAUGAGUGUUUGCACCAGAGCUGACUCACAGUGAAAGGCAAAAUAAAGAAAGAGAGAAAGAAAGAAAGAAAGAGGGAAAGAAAGAGGGAGUAUUUUCAUUUUUCAGUUUCAGCUCAGUAAGAGAACAAAAAGAGUCAUUUCUUCAGAGUUUCAGGACUUCUUUAAGGAGUAAAUAUGUUUUUUUUUCCAGUUUUACUUUAUUAAAACUCCUUAAACAAAAACUCAAAACACACUAAAGUUGAAUCGAAAUGAUAAAAAGUGAUUGAUCCACUUCUUUAAGACGAUUUCCUUCAGUCUUCUCAUGUCCCCUUUUUUCUGUUUUCCCGCUGUAAACCAGAGUUUGUUCUCAUGACUAGAAAAGUGCGAGUUUUUGCUCACAGAUUCAUUCAGAUAUUUACUCCAAAAGUUUCUGUGAUUCUUAGAAGAAAAGCUGAUUUUUCUGCAGGAUUGACUCUGUCGUACGCUGGUUUAUAUUCUGCGUCAGGUGAGAGUUGGACGUGGACCGUCUUCUCAGGUUCAUGCAGCAGAGUAAACCACCUUGUUCUGGUGUGAUGGAUGGUUUCUCUCCCGCUGUGCUUCUUGUGUUUUCUAACAGCGUUGUGAUGUGAUGUUUGUGUGGAUGUCGUGCUGUCGGAGGAGUGGCACUUUAUCGGGUAAAAAAAAAGGGUUUCCACGACUUCAAAAACAAGACAGAGAGAAAGAAAGAAAGAGAGGAAAGACCUCCCUGAAACCCUGAGGGAGAGAGAGUCGUACGACGACACCAGGGGGGAGAAAACAAUCGCUAAUAUUAGGAGGAGAGGAGAGGAUGGGGGAGGAGGGGGAGGAAGACUCACUCACACACACACAAACAAAAGAAAAAAAAAACCUCGAGUUUGUUUAUGUGCACAUAAUGCGAGUGUGUGCGCCCGGUGAAGCGCCGCAAAUGGGAGAAGUAUGCGUGGGUUUCUCAGGUAACAGGAUUACGUGGGCACAUAAUUGAUCCAUUUGGGGGAAAAAUGACAGGGCUCUAAAGAGGCCCCGGCUUUGGAAAUGGAGUUUAUGAAACAGGCAUUCGUAAAUUCAAAGGAAUCAAUAUGUCAAUUUUAUUACAUCUCCGGGCCAGAUGGGCUUUAAAGGCACAGCAUCAUCCCUUUCUCCUCUCACCCUCGCUCGCUCUCUCGCUCUCUCACCCUCACUCACUCUCUCUCUCUCGCUCUCUGCUCUGUCGUCUGCUGCUCAGGGUCUCUCCAUCAACCUCUCUGAUUUCCACCAUCCUUCUUCUUCUUAUUUAAAGGAUGUUUUUAUCUCUGGUUGACUUCACGUAUGUGCAGCUUUAUUUUCUGUGUUGUUGUAUUUUUAAUUAAAACUCAGUUAUUUUACUUUAUGAGUUUUCCUGCAACAAAAUUUGAGAUUUUCUAAAUAUUUCAGGACUUUUAGCAGGAGGCUGAUUCAGGUUACAUCUCCAGUUUCAAAUAUUGAAAAUAAAUCUAUAAAUCUCUCUGCAAAUAUUCAGAUUCAGAUCUGAGAUUAAACGCCCCCUUGCUCACCCCUCCUGAAGCUCUCAAACACACGUAUAUGAGAAGUUUGUCCGCUCUGUGCUGCCGUAGAAACAUGGCUGUGAAGAUGGCGGCCUCUGUGAAGGAGGACUCGCUCCUUUGUCGAUAUAACAGACUCAGUUUCUGUGUUUUCAGGUGAUUUAAACAUAAUUUACUUUAUUCUGUUUCUACUUAAAGUUUAAAUAAAUUCUACAGACUGAACCUUUAACUCCAGUUUAGUGGGUUUUAUCUCCUUUUUUCUGUCAUAUUGAGCUGAAACAGAAGAAAACAUCUCAUGUUUGAUGUCCUCAGAUGAGUUUUUAUAUCCUUGUUGAACUAAAGAGAUAAACAAGUUUAGUGUUUUGAUUUUAUUUUAACCCCAAACUUUCUGUUCCUUUUAUUUCAGCGACUAAAACUUCAAUCUGAGACUUUAGUGGUUAAAAUCUUACAGCAAAUGAAAGUCUAAACUACACCAGUGUUAAGAUUAAAUAAAAUAAUCCACAUUUUAAAGUAUUUCCUCAAAUAUAAACUCUGAUCUUUUUAGUUUUUUGUGUUUUGACGUGUUUACAGAUAAUAUCUGACCAUCAUGUCAGGAAACUUCCUCUCUGGGUUUCAGUUCGUCCGUUCUUCUCUCUGUUUGUCUUUAAUUUUCAUGCCACUGUCUCGUCUUAUCUCUCCGUCUCUUCCUCUCUAAUUCCUCGUCUGUCCUCCUCUCCUCUCUCUCUCUCUCUCUCUCUCUCUCUGUUUGUGAGGCAAAGGUCCUCAGUGGCCAUUUUGUCGGGGACAUUUUGCAUCCAUACAUGAGCACAGUUAUGUCUCUGUUUGUGUGCAGAGGAGGAAGAAGAAGCUGCGUGUGUGUGCAUGUGUGUGUGUGUAUGUGUGUGUGUGUGUGUGGGGCCUCAGCGGUAUCAAAUAUCCCCGUCCAAGCAAAUGCAUCAGCUGAAAUAUGUUUGUCAAUGCAGCUGUUGACUCAACACUAUUAUUCUUUAGAAGAAGCCGGCGAGCACAAUAAACGCUUUCGGAUCUCGGCCAAUCGUCUCCAAAAGAGAGAAAGAGGGAGAGAGAGGGAGAGAGAGAGAGAGUGUGGGUGGGUGGGGGGCAGAUUAAGCACUCUGCAUUUCCCUUCGCUAAAAUAUUCACAUUUCAUUUUAAUACAACGGCAUCCCAGGCAAGAUUUAAUUACCAUCCAGCACUAUAAUGCAAAUGAAUAAUGCAGCAAAGACUGAUGCAAACGGAUAGAAAUCAUAUAAGACUCAGUCAGUGUGAGGUACCUACCUACGAAUGAACGAACCAACAUACAGUCAGAGAGAGAGAGAGAGAGAGAGGGGGGAAAGGUUAAAACAUCCACCCUGAGAUGCUCCCUCUUCUUCCUCUUCCUCUUCCUCUUCCUCUUCUUCCUGAAAAAGAGGAAGAGGAGCAGCAGCGGUACAAUUACCCGGCCCAUGCAGCGUCCCCGGCGUUUGCCAGGAUUUUCCGUCUCCCAUUCCAGUAGUUCAUUUUUGGAGUAAGUAAAUAAUAAGAAGUUGGUGAUGCUUGCAUUUUUAAUUCCACCCCCUCCCCUCGCCGCACUUUUCUCCCCUUGUUCAGUUCACUGACUGACAUCUGCUAUCAAUGCUAAGCAGGUGUUCCCGUGCAAACAGACGUGCCCCUGUUUGUGUUUCGCCGUCCCCGCCACCGUGCACCCAAAUGAGCAACGUGAUUAAGAAUCCUGUAAAUUUUUGAAAGGAAACGGAUGGCUGCCCGGCUAGAACGUAAUUACACCGCCGCCGACAUCCUCCUGCAGCAGCAGCAGCAGCAGCAGCAGCAGCAGCAGCCAGAGCCAAAGCAACAGCAGAGAAUUAAUAAUAUAUAAUGGCAUCUUUCCUUGUAAUUCAUAAAUGAAAUAAAAUGAAGGAGGAGUAACCGCUGAUAAGUUUUUUUCUCUUUCUUUCUCUCUCUCUCUCUCGGGGGGAGCGGGGGCAAUUUUCAGAAAUUGAGUCGAGACGAUCAUCUUCCACGAUGCGUUAACUCGACUCAGUGUGUGUGUGUGUGUGUGUGUGUGUGUGUGUGUGUGUGAGGAAGAGCCAUUUCUCAGGCUUUUCCUUUGACUUUCUUCUGCUUCUCUUUAGCUCAUUUAUUUACUAAAUGAGGCCUCGGCGUUCCUCCGUUCGCUCCCUCGCUCUUCCUCCACUCUCUGUUUUUGUCAUUAUCCGCUUUCACUUCUGCUCUACGAUCACACGAGACGCCGCAAUGGACAAUUAGCUACGACACCUCAAGUGGCGGCUGACUUGGACUUCAGUGGAAGUUCAAAGUCUGUCGGCACAUUAAGUUUUUACCUCGAAUGAUGUUUUGGGACGUGAACCUGGAGGAGAAAAGGUGCACGACGAUCCAAAAACACCAUCAGACGUGAGAGUCUGUGCAGUGAGAUCUCAAAUGAGGCUGAAAUGUGCCAAAGAGGAGUACAAGGAGGAGGAGGAGGAGGAGGGGAGCAGACGGAAACCUCUGGGGAGGUGUAGGGAGGAAGGUAGCGUGACACACAGGCCAACUAAAACGGCGUGAUGAAGAGCGGUUCUGACAGAAGCUGUCCCCCCUCCCCUCCUCUCAAAGAACGAUGAUUAUUUCUCUGUUCCAUCCGUCCAAAGAUAACAAUCAGAGCAGCUGCCAGGUACAACAGCCUCCACCUUUACACGGCCUCAAACAUGAUGGAAACCUGCUGUUGGCGCUGAGGGACGUUGUUCGACACGUUCUGGGACGAUGGCUGCCACGCUCCGCCUCCGUUCGGGGGCUUUGUGGAGUUAGAGAGCCUUGUAAUGCACUUUUCACCUAAUUUAUAUCCAUUUUCUCGGCGCAGGCACCUUGGCUACCGUUCCCUCCCGCGGCAGCUAUUGAUAGCGGCUGACAGACGCUGUUUGGACAGUGAAAGGUGCGCCUCCCCGUAAACGCCGGCUUGCAGAAGGGGGAGGCGACGCUCCUCUCCUGUCCCCUCUAAUCAGAGCCAGAGAUGGUCACAUCCUCCCUUUCGGAUACGCGAUAAUUACCCUUCUCUGUGAACGCCGGGGCUUCACUCCGAGCAAGGAGGGACAGACCCUGACAAUUAUAUUAGGGAUGUGUGUGUUUGUUUCUCCCUGUAAAUCCCCGCACGCCGCCUUGUAGCCAUCUUUCCCCUCGCCACAGCUGAAAGAGUUAGUCCGCAGCUCAUGAUAUGAAAUAAUAAGGUGUAGUUGUGUGUGCGGCUCCCGACUGUAGCGGGACAAACAUUGUUUUUGUCUGUUUGCGAUCUCUAUAAAGGGCUGCUGUGGCAGAGAUCAGUGGGUUUGCUGUGUGUGUUGCUCUGUGGGAAGAACAAGGCUCUGACACAGCCGGGGUGAGAGGGUUCGGCCCGAUUUGGGAGAGCAAUGCUAAAGAUGUGAACAUUUCUACAUAAAUUUACGGCAGAAAGUGACGAUAUCUGACCUUUAAACGCCGCUUAUCCAGACGCAGUAAAGCCAGAGUCUGCUGUGAGGAGCUUUGUGUGAACGGUGACCCAAGCACAGACGCAGAGUCAGUUUUUCAGUUUCACCGAAUCAUAAGUGAUCAUCACGCUCUGACCGAGUCUGUCGUAAUCUGCUUUCUCUUUAAAUAUAGCAGCAGCAGCAGAGAGUGUGGCACAAUGCAAUCGGACCCAAAAUAGACCAACAUAAGAGAGUAUGGUACAUUACAACACCGCCUCAUGUUACAUAACCGCGGGCUGGAUCUGCGAAAUAGAGCGGUGCUGCAACGCAAAAGAGAUCAGAGUGCAUUAAAGGAUGAGAUCAUGACGGAGCAGGAUGGAGUCUCAGCCUACAGAUCCAAGACCAGCGAAUGGAGGUGUCAGCUGAUCGGGCUUGCAGGAAGACAAGGCCGUGACCACCUGCGUGUAACUUUGGGGAGUUGAGAAUCGAUUGCAAUAAAAUACGUCUUUUUGCAUGAUGGCGAAACACAUUAGAAUCAGAAAUUUAGCAGCUUUAUGUAGCUUAGCAUGAACUAAAAUACCUUAAAACAGCUCCAACAUAGCCCAGUAUAAAGUGCAUAUAUUAGAGGAUGGUUGCAUAGUGGUUUGUCACAGUUGUGCCAAGUGGAGCUGAGUGCAGGUGUACGCACAGAAGCAGCCCAGUUAUGAAGCUUUCUUAAUCCAGCAUUGUAGUGGGAGUAUACUAGUUUAUUAUGCAUGAAUGGUAAGACUUGUAAUGUUAAAACAAGCUGGCUCUAUUGAUGAAGAGGAGCUGAGAGUGACCUUUCAGGAGGUCUGGCACUGACCCUGGACGCCGAGUCUCCAGCUCGCAGCCUGAAAGAGUUAAUGUGUAACAGUGGACGGGUGAUUGUGGCGAACAUGUGUGACAGCAGUGUGAGGAGGAGAACAGGGCCGCUUCUCUCUCUCUCUCUCUGUGCUGAGCUGAUACAGAUGCACACAGAGUUCUGUUGUAACCUUUAGAAAGCCGCUAUAAUAGUACUGACAGUGUGUGUGUGUGUGUGUGUGUGUGUGUGUGUGUGUGUGUGUGUGUGUGUGUGUGUGUGUGUGUGUGUGUGUGUGUGUGUGUGUGUGCAGCACAGAGAGAGAGAGACACAGAAAAACUCUGUCUCUGCUAUCUCCUUCUGUGGUCGUCAGCCCGUGUGUGUGUGUGUGUGUGUGUGUGUGUGUGUGUGUGUGUGUGUGUGUGGACGAUGUUUUCCUCCUCCAGCUGCUGGGAGAUGAUUCGGGUCACCGCGGGCUGCCUGGGCGGAGGGGGGGGCCAACUGACGAAUCAAGGGGGCAAUUGUGUCUGGUGCCAGUCAGUCGUAAUUAAGAGCAGGAUCAGGGGGUGGACGCACACCGAAGCAUGCACAGGGAUAGACCUCAGGACAUAAAACCACGCGCACGUAGACAUAUACAGGGACGCUCACACACAUACUUAAUCCAGGCUUCUAUACAGAGCAGCUCACCUGAAAAUAAUCGCUCCGAGGGGCAGCAGGGGAUGCAAAUGAGGCCGGAGGUUAGCGUGGGAAAAGUGGAGCAGCGUAGCCUGGGACUAGGUGAUCCUCCGGGCAGGGGGCCGGCCUCAGGAGGGGCCUUUGUUUCCAGCCUCCGUUUAAAAAUGCCCACCACAACCUCCUCCUCCUCCUCCUCUUCGUCCUCCUCCUUCUUCUCUUCCUCAUCCCCCCACCGCCGCUCCUCUAUCACCUCCCAGCCCGGGCCAAGCAGAUAGAGAAAAGCAGUGAUAUAUGGUUUGUUUAACAAAGGGAGAGGUGUGUGAGGGGGGAGUGUGUGUGUGUGUGUGAGUGUGUGUGUGUGGGGGUCGGACUCAACAUUCAUUCAGGUUAGUUUCAUGUGAAGUGACAGGUUUGUUUUAUCAGUCAGAGGUGGAAUUAUGGAGACAGAUACUCCCAGUUUGACUCUCAGACUAGAUUCUGCAGAGAUGAAGCAUCUAGAUUCAGAAAGACGUUUAUUUCCUGCUCUGUGAGCCUAAAAAGAAGCUGAAUAUGACCUCUGGACUGGAGGGUUGGCUUGUUCAGGACUCAACGCUCCAAAGUUGUUCAUGAGAAGUCUGCAGCAGAAUCACAAGGGUGUGCAGAGUUUCAGGUUUGGGUUCAUAAACGGGGAUGAGUGUGAGUUCAGUUCAGGUGUUUCUCGGUCAAAAACGCUCCUCCGUCAGCUGUGAGGAUUGUGAGGAGCUGUUUGUCUGAAGUCGUGUCGUAAAGUCAUCAAACUCUUCAAUCAUUAACUCUUUUCUUCUCUUCUCUCUCUUUCCGGUGCUGAUCCUCCUCCUCUUCGCUCCUCCUCUUCGCUCCUCCUCACUCCAAAGCAGGUAAGCUCUUGUUCUUGUCUUUUGUUUUCGUGCUUCAUUGUGUCAACAGCACCUGUAAAACCUCCUCACACACACCCAUCAUCAUGCAAACACACCGUUUCACACACACACACAUUCGAACCUGCACCCGGAUGAAUUCCUGAGCUGUAGCGAGGAGGGAAAUAUUGCUUUGUGAACAACACUUGUUCAUAAAUAUUCAAAGACUUGCAGCUGUAAAACGUGUGUACGAGGAGGAAAAAACCUCCAAACAAGAUGCUUGGCGGUGGCGUAAAUGGAAGAGCGCGGUUGCAACCUGUUUGCCGCAGUGGCUGCUGCUCAGAGCGGCCUCCAGACGCCCGGCCGCUGUAAUACCUCUCUCUCUUAAUUAUUAUUUAUUGGCACUACCUCUGGCUCCCUGCGCCUCUCCUCUCGCCUCCUCUGUCCCCUUUAUCGCCUUUCUAAAUAAUUUCUACAAAUGAGGAGGUUUUCUCCGCUGCACGCAUGUACGCGGCGCUCAGCUUUCACUCAUCAAAGUUUAAUCGAAGCCCACGUUUUAGUUUUUUCGAAUAAAGCACACUUAAAAAAUUUAGAUGCAAAUUAUUUUGCAUUAUUCAUGCAUUCUCCCAGUCCUUGUAGAUUUAAACAUUUCCGAGGCCACCUUGAUUCGAGUAAUUACCUAUGCCUCGGCAGGCUCCGUCAUGAAUAAGGUAUUUCCUACAAGCAGAGUAUGUGCCUGAUGAGCUUUUAAAGUGGCUCUACACCCAACUUGUGUAUUGCUUCUCCUGCAUGAGUGACUAGAACAUGCAUCGCAAUCGCUCUCAGGUGGGGCGGGCGGGCAGGGAGAGGUGGGGGCGGGGCUGGCGGGGCAGCCGAGAGUGACAGCACUCUCACUUUCAUGCACCGGGGGCCUUCAAGUCUCUAUCUGUCGUCUCCUUUGUCUCCUCCGUCCCCUCCCUCCUUCCCUCCCUCCCUCUGCUGCUCCUCGUGUCACUGCCCUCAUGGUCUCUGCUUCACGCUUUGCAAAAUAUCUCCAUCUCUGCCAGACGUUUAUUUCUCCGAAUCGGCCUCAGUUUGAGAGAGACGGAUGUGCUGUAGAGAGAAAACAGAAACAGAGGAAUAGAUGGACUCACGGGUGAAACAGGUGGAUUUAUUUCUGUCAUGUAACCCGAAAUAAUCUGAGUGAAAUAAACUCGGUCUGAGACGUCGGUGUAAAAAGAUAAAGCUUCAGUUUCUCUCUUUGCCCUUUCCUCCCUCCUCACCCCCUCCUCACCCGCCUCCCUCCCUCUCCCUCUUUGUAUCUUUAUCCAUUUCAGUCUGAAGGAUCCCAAAGUGUCUCAGAUCUGAGCAGCCUAAUACCCACCUUUAAGCCGCGCGGCUUUGAAAUCUCUUUUCGACAUAACAAGGGGAACUUAGCUUUUCCUCCACUUUACCUGAGUGCCGCUGAAGAUCCUCCCAAAUCACACCUGGCUUUGUUGGGCAAACACUCGCCCUCCUCCUCCUCCUCCUCCUCCUCCUUUCCUCCUCCUCCUCACUAACACCUUGUAAGCACUUCUUGAUGUCUGAGGAGUUUCAUUUCAAAAUUAAAUCGCUUUUAUUGCAAAUUGCUGCGCGAAAGUCGAUGUUAUCUGCAAUCUGGAGCCAUUUACAUGAGACAUAAUGUCAUUCUACAGUUUUUUCUCUCCUUCCCGUCAGGUGAUAAUUACCUCCUGAAAUUUAUUCAUAGUGUUUUUGGAGUGAGUCACCUUGACAAAAAGCAGUUUUUAACCGCCUCUCAAUAGGAGGCUUUUACAUCAAGUGCAUGUUGUUCCACCUUUAACUUUGCGGCUGCUUGAAAUCUGCCCUCACCUUCACUGAAGACACAGAACUAUUGACUCAGACGACACAUCAUCAUCAUCAUCAUCAAACCCUCCAGACUCUCCUGUAAUCUCACCUACAUUUACUUUAAAGACAGAUUAACAUGUUAAACGGCAGACGGAGGAAACCUGCGUGUUGUUUCUUAUUCUGCAGAAGAGGGAACAAAGCGAGGUUAGAUGGAGAAGAAAUAAAGCAGCUGCGGCCGACAAGCAGGGGGAGGAAAAACAAAGUAGUUGACUCGGCGACUCCAUCAUCUUUACUACCCAGCAGAAGAAUUAAUAUUUAAACAUUCUAAUAAUGUAGCUCGCCUUGCAUGCACUUUUAAGCAAAGCAACAAUAUUUUUCACCUGGGGUAACACAAUGAUUUUUCUUCCCCGCUGUGCACAAUUUCCCUUUCUGAUGAUCUCCUCCAAGCCUCGCACCCCCCGCCUCCCCCGAACCCCCGUUUUGUGAUUUUCACCCCACUAAAGAAAAAAAGAAAAAAGGAGAAAAAUAUUCAUGGAGAUAAAUAUUGAAAUGAAUUUUUCCCUGUAUAUGAGCAGAGACGGUCGAGGUUGUGGCUCGAGGAAUGCACAAUGCGCUCCCCGGAGAAGCGAGCAGUGAUUCAUAAAAUCGAACCUGUUUGAAGGAGGAGAAAAUACAGCGGCAUAAUGGAGGACAAACUUCGGCUUUUUCCAACGGUUUCUUCAUUUUUCACACCUGCUGUUGACUUCAGCCUUUAAUACCAGGAGGCCGGACGCUUUGGGCCGUAAAUGUUGAUUUUGAUGCUUUUAAAAGAGGAAGUUCAGCAGAAUUCGUAGAUUCAGAUAUCGAAGAUUAUCAGUCAGAAUCGACACGUACGCUGAUGACGCCGUCGUAGCUGCAUCAACCUCAGUCUGCACAAAAACAAGAGUUAAAGCUCCGAUAUUGAAAUUAGCAAACAGAGAAAAUCAGAUUUGAAUAAAAAACGGAUUCUUCCUGCAGCUGCUUCAGGAGGUGAAAGUCUAUCCGAUAUUUUAGACUCUAUAAAUUCAAUAAGACGUCAGCGUCGGCCUCGUAUAUCAGCUCUAGUGCCACAUCAAACAAAAAGGGGUCAGAGUAAGGUCGAGGGGUGAAAGGUCAGGAUUUGGAGAAGCCAUUAAAAGCGACACCAGCAGAGACAAACAUUUACUUUUUUAGCGGCUGUAAUUUUCCGUCCAUCAGGUCUGAACAUAAUGAGAUUUUUUCUGUUUCAUAUCUUUGAGUCUCAGAAAUCUCAGGAAGGAGAAAGUCGUGCAGAGACUCACUGAUCAUUAUGAUGUAACAGCAAAGCCUUUUCUCAGCGUCUCUCCAGCACACAAAUUACCUCUCUGCAGCAGCGGCGGCGGCGGCGUGUUUAACAUCAGCCGCAGACGCACCUCACACAGGCGUGCAUGUUCAACAUAACACAAAGGCUGUUAUUAGCAUCAAAGGUGUAGGUAACUGUGGACUCCCGGGGGAUAAAUACAAACAAAUACUCUCUGAAAGGAGGAAAAUUAGCCGUUUAGGUAUUCUCCGAGGCGCUGGGCUGGAAUAUUUCACAGCAGCGAGCGUCUGUGAGCGCGCCCUGUCAAGACAGAUGCAUUACAGAUGCCUUAAGGUUUCAUAAUUGAUCAUGAAAAUGAAUUGCCGGGCGUUGGGGGCUAAAUUGAAUGACAUAAAUAAGAGUUAUGCAUGGAGCUGCACUCCCUGGAUGUGUUUAUGUGACGGCUGGUGAUCAGGAUGUUCAUCUUUUAUACCUCACAAUGGCGUUUCUCUCCUCUCCUCCUGCUCACACAGGUUAGUCUGAAAAAAGAGCCGCGCUCUUAAAAGAUCACCUCCUAAGCUGAUUUCGACAUCUUAUGCAAGGUGCCUCGCCGAGGGGAAAGAAUAGUUUGUCUGGCGCCUCGGGGCGCAGAUUAAAGUCAGCGCUAAGGUGUAGAAGCACCUUUAUGUCGGUAAAGACCCGUUUCCUUUGAUUCAUGCUGUAACCGAGUGAAAUCCAACAAGCUCGCCGCUAAACGCCGCAGAGAACGGCUUUAAAGCGCUCCCGCCCUUUCCCACAGGUUUGGGAGUUUGGUGGCCGGUGAUGGAGCGAUAUCAGAUGUUUUAAUUAACGCGGUUGGACAGGACCCCAGAGUGAGUUUUGGAAGCAGCCAGUGGUUUUAAAUGGAGGGUGACAGGGUGAGGCAGAGUUCAGCAGGAAUCAGGGUGGAAGGAGGGAAACGAAGAUCGGAGCUCCAGCCAAACACCUCAGCUGGUUUGAGUUUUAAUUUAAGACCUGCCGCUAUUUUUACUUCUUCUUCUGAUGUCAUUUCAUCAAAAACCUCCAAAUGUUUUAUAUUUUAGAAAGGAGUCAAACUCUGGAUCUGAGAAAACCAAAAUAAUUCACGUUAAAGUGCAGGAACCAACGCCGCACUGAAGACGUCAGGAGUUCAGGAUCAGCAGUCAUGUUUUUACAGCAGCGAUUAUUCUCACGUACAGAGAGAGGGAGAGGAGAAAGACGAGAUGAAGGUGGGAAAGAGAGGAGGAAGAGGAGGAGGAGGAGGAGGAGGAUGGAGAGAAAUUAUCCUUUCAACAGGUUUCCAGGGUCCAAGAGUCAAUCAGCACUAAAACAAGCAUGUAAACUUUCAAAUCAGCCACAGAGAGAGAGCGCCGAACUCAGCCGCACCACAAUGGUGCCAUUGAGGUGUGUGAUUAUGUGUGUGUGUGUGUGUGUGUGUGUGGUUUCUAUUAAACCCCCACGGGACCUCCCCUCCCUCCACAUUCAGCCUCCCUCUGCCCUCCCAGGAAUAAAGCCAGACACUGCGUUCAGGAAUCACCUUUUUAAACCUUAAUUGAUUCCCUCAAAAAGAGGCCCUCGCUGCCACCCCGCAUUAAAGCCCCGGAGAAGGGCCUCAUGUCAGAUUGGCCUGCCGCUCGGCAUUUGUCCCACCGCCACCGCCACCGGCCCGGGACAUUAGAGCAAGAGCGUCAAGAAUUUAGUCUAGACUGGAGAGCAUGGGGGGGAUUUAGCACGGUGAAGGUUGGAGCAGAUGACUUUCAACCAAUUAGAUUAAAUCCCCGGCUAAUUUAAGGUACCUCUCCGGCCGUCUCAGCUCCCACCGUGUUAAGUAAUUUGUUAUUUUGGUGCACACGCUCAGUGGACGCUCGGCGCUGAAGUUGCAGAAAAGUUUGAAAUGAGUGAAUGAGGGUCGAACUUUAGAGGGAUGAAGACAUGAAUCUGAUCAGCAGGUGUUUGGGUGAAAAAACUCUGAUUUCAAAGGUGGCCUUUAAGGUCCUCUUCGAUCCUCCGUCUCUGCCGUGAAGUGCACAAUGUGCUCCUGAGGAAUGCAGCGAGAUGGCGUGGAGCUAUUUCGGUCGCAGUUGCAGCAACGUGUUGGGACGCCCAUCUGGUCUGAAUCAAUCAGACUCGUCCCCGCGCAGGCCAGAGUCUCCCCGGGUCUCCCAGCUGUACAAAUAUGUCCCAGCUUCAUGAAGAGCCCGACUCGGACAGGGGUCAGUCCUGCGCCGAUGACCCGGCACCUGAAGAGAGGGACGCCGGACUUUGUUCCCUGAUAGUUUCACGCAGAUCCACCUGGUCCCUCGGAGAAAGUGAUCCGGUCUGAGCUGAAUACUGUACCCAUGACUUCACAGUCCGUCAAAAUAGCAAAGCGUGACAGUGAUUUGAGAAUGAAAUGAGAGCGUCCCGUCUCACCCAGUUUACCAACAAGCUAAAAAUAAACGCUGUUUGAUGUUGAAACUAGACCAACGCCUCGGCUGGCCUUACUCGGCCUUAAGGAGCUCCGAUCCGCUCUGCUGGGUUAGUUUUCUCAACCUGGAAACACCAAAAACUUUAUUUAUUUUUCAGUCUUUAAUGUUGAUCUUAUAAAAUCCACGAGCGGUUUUAGGUGUGUGAGAGUUUAGGAGUUUAAUCUGAGAUUCAGUUUUUGUCUCUCAGUCAAACCCACAGAGUCGACCUGUUCUCUGACCGUCACGGACGUCUCCCAGUUUCAGCGCCGGCGACUGGAGGGCGGUGACUUGUUUGCCUUUUUUUGCGAGGCAGAGGCAGAGGGGCAGGUUGUUUUCUCUUCUCCUCUCUGACUGAAGGAGGAGGAGGAGGAGGGUGAGGGAGGAGGGUGAGGAGGGAGGGGGGGACACUCUGCAUGACAAUACCUACAUCUGUCUGCCGUUUUGUUCUUUGUCAUAUCAGGGGCCGUCUUUGUGGCAGAGCGCUGUCGUGGUAACAGGAGGUUAGAGGUACGGGGUGGCGGGCGGCGGCGGCGGUGGGGGGGUGUCGAAGGAGAGACUUGUGACUCAAACGCCCCUGUGACACAGCUUUUGUUGUGCUUCAAUAUUUGAUCCUCUUAGCAGUUUGCCAUGCCUCCGCCCCCUUCCUCCCCUCCACCAGCACCAUUACUACUACCAUUAACACACACACACUCACACACACACACACACACACACACUCUCAUUUACUGUGGUCCACCUCUGUAAUCUCUUUUGUCCAGCUCCUUCUCACUUUCUCUCUCUCUGUCACCUGUUUGACUGUAAGCAAAGGAUUUAAGGACGUUUGUUUUAGGUUUCCUUGACCCCCAGGAGGGUGGAGCUUUUCCAAAUCGAGGCAAAAUGUGAUCGGGAGUUCUCUCCGAUUGCCAAAACAAGUUUAGGAAACGUUCUGUUACCCUGAAAAACGCGGUGUCGGGUGUCGGCGAGCGUGCCAGUGAUUGCACAAACUGUCAGAGCUCAAGCCUGAGAUUAGGGAAAGUGCUGGAGAGGAAGAAACCGAGCUGGAACAUCUCUAAUGACAUGAAAUAGGUUGUAUGUUUUGAGAGAAAACCUCGAGUCUCUUAUCACCUUUGAGGACAAGAUAAGCUCCUUCCUCUGCUCUCGUUUAUCCCGUCUAUCUGAGCCGCUCGCCCUCAAAGGUGUCAGGAAAAGUUUAUAACCUGAGCUCCAUUUUCCUGCUUUUCCUCCCCUCUUCUCACACAUCGAGGAGGACCAAAGUUGAGGCGGCGGGCCUCUGGAGAGACCAUUACAGGCCCUUUAUUGUUUCAAAGCUGAGGUCAUCCUUCUGCUCGCCGCAGUCGAAACAAAGGCCAGGGGUUUAUUGCAGGCUCAACUGUGUGAAAGGAAACGCACUCCAACAUUGUUUGAUUGUGGGAGAUAGUGCGCAGACAUCCCCGCUGUUUCCUUUCUGAUGGUAUGUAAGCAUACUAUCACUAUCUUCUUGUUGCUUUUGUACAUAUUUUGCUGGAAUUUUGUUCAUGCCCGCCGGCGCCCCAGCCGAGGUGUCGAGCGUGACAGUUUGCUCGUGUUGGGAUGUCAGCCCUGCUUUCCCUGACAUGUUGACGGGCGUCAGAGGCAGGGAAAAAAAGGGAGUGUGAAGGGCAGAGUGGAAAGCGUACAGGAGGAGGUGUCAUGUGGUCUGUUUUUGUACUUUUACUCUGGAUCUGAUUCCAGUCUUGAAGUUUGCACAGAGAUGAUAAAAGCCGCCCUCUUCUUCGUCUUUAUCACUCUCAUAUGAAACAUCAUCACAGCCAAUAAAAAGAGCUCAUCAGGGUCCGUUUCUGCGGCCACAAAGUCGUCCCCUUUUGUUUUUGACGCGGUGACCUUGAUAAUUGUGAUGGUAAUUACAAUAAGUGGCCAUUAUAUUUCAAGGUGCAGCGACCUUCAUUAUCCGAAUCAAUUUGAGUCACUAUCAAUUUGAUAAUACCCUAAAUGCGUGGCUGCAUGGAAGAUGCUCACUCGGCACGGCUGUCGUCUGCCGUAUAAUGGAAUGCUGUUAUUGAGAUUGAGCCGCCCCUCUCUCUUCAGCCGCGCUGGCAAUCAAUAUUAACAGCUUGUAAAAAAGUAUGGCGAAGGAUUAGCCGCUGCAACAAAUGGAGAGAGAUACUUAAACAAAGUGCAGCCGAUCCCAGAGUCAGAUAGGAGGUCCAGACUGAGAGGUCUGAGUCCUGCUGCUGAUUUGUGGGUCUAAGAACAGGAUUCCCCCGCUUUAAUGAAACCCUCCCGUAUUUAAAACUGCGUGGACUCUAAUGUGAUCCGGGAAAUCCUCGCAGACUUUAUUUGAGUCUAAAAACUUCACAUCUGCGUGUUUUCUCACAUGAACUGAAGUCUCAAACUCUUGUGAUCGAUCAAAAACUCGGUUUAUUUUAGAUGUUAACUCUUAAAAAAUAUCAUACAGUCAAAAAGAGUUUAAAAAACCGGACCCUUUUGGUCUUUUUCAGGCUUAAUUACGAGUACAUGUAUUUUCUCAGUCAACCUUUUCGUCGAUGACGCCCUUCUGUGAAGCCACACACAAAAACUUGGGGGUCGUUUUAGAGUUUGAAGCGUUUGAAGUUACUCAAUAAAUCAGUAAAAAUAAAGAGUAAGAUUUUCUUAAGGAGCUCGGACUAAGUUUGCAGAGUUCCUACAUAGUUGGAAUUUCCCUAUUUUUCCAUACUCUACUUUUUAGAAAUACUUUUGGAAAUACCUGCUUUUCUAUUUUUAAAAACAGUAUUUUUUUAACUGUGGUAAUAGUCUGUAAACAGAUAUUUUUCAUACUUUUUAAGACCUGGAAAUUGAUCAGACUCCUUCCAUACUUGCGCAGGAACCCUGACUUUGGUUUCACCACCAAACACUCCAACUGGAGCAGAAGACAGACUCUAAACUCUCUCUUUAAAGGAGAAAACCUGCUCUGAAUAUCUGGUUCCUUUGGUUUUUCUCCCUCCAGGACAAACCCCCAUCAGUUUUCUCUUUAAGGCCUCAUUUCCAGACCUCUCUGACCCUCUUCGCUGGAGAUCUUGGCGACACUCCUUCCCUCUUGUCUCUGCAGAUCGGCGCCCCAGCGCCGCCUGAUAGAUUAGGACGUUUUACAAGCCUCUUCGCUACAGGAAAAUCCCCCCCGCCGCGUCCGGGGCCGUUAAAUUCUGCACCUGUAUUGUGUUGCAGAAAAAAGUGCUUGCCCGGCACUUCUCCUGGCCUUGUCCAGCAGCAAUAUUCAGAGCUUAUUAAUAAAAAACAGACAAUUGUUUGGCAGUUCUUUUGAUGUAUGUGCCUAUUCGCUGGGUAAACCCCCCCCUCAUCUGACAAUGCAGGAGAGAGAUUGUUUUCCUGAAACAGACCCCCACCUCCACACCCCCACCAUCCUCCAGCUGAAGCUGCUCGGCCGGCCCAAGGCGUGAUUUGUGAGGUACCUGACAUAAUUUACCGUCCAGGCGAGUCAUAUUUCAAAAAAUGAGGACAAACAGUAUUGAAUGAAGUGCCAAUAUAAUUAAUGGGGAUCAUGAUCAUGCGGAAAUUGUUUGCCCCCUUUACCCCAUUCAUACAUUAAACAGAUGUAGAGUAGAGAUCUGCUUUAGUGAGCGAGGGUUACAAAGGUGUGUUCAAAAUAAGACGUCAAAACUCAAAAAGCAGCUCCUGCAGCUGGACGAUCUUAUUCUUCGUAGAAAUCAGCUGAAUUUGGACUUAAUUUGAAGCUGAAACGACAUGCAAGGGAUCAGGCAUGAUCAAAAUGUACCACCAGGAUGAAGGACUCCUGCUAAUCCUCAAUAACAGCUGAGAAAAACGAGAGUUUUUAGAGUUUGGAGGAUAAAACGGGUCAGAAAUGUGGAUUUCUGCACAUUUAUGAACAGAGGCAGGAGAAUAAGGAGGUGUUAAAGUUAAAUUUAGAGGUUGCAGCAGGUAAAACACGUCGUUGUUUGACAGUGAAUCUUUGUUAAGUUGCAGAUGCCAAAUAAUUCCAGAUAAACCUCCCAAACAGCAGCAGCAGCAGAGCGGCGUCCGUAAUCCCGCCACCGCCACCGCCACUCUCACUUCGACGACAGGAGGAAAAAAAAAAAAAAAACAGCAAUUAUUUCAGUGACCUCAUUGUCAUCCGCUGGAAAAUGUGUAAUUAGCGCGUGUUUACAAGUCUGGCACACCUGCAGCUCAUCUUUCGCUGUAAUGUUUGCCUUCAAGAAGCCAGGCGGCUGCCAGCCACUGUCACUGGCUGUCACCGAGAAAGAGGAGAGAAAAAGAGAGAAAAGAAAGAGAGAGAGAGAGAGAGAGGGAGAGGGGUGAAGUAGAAAAAAGAGCGCCUCUGUCUGUGUGUGCCAUUCUUCCAGAAAAUCUCUGACUGGCUUAAUGCCGUCGUUGCUGUGCAUGUGAAGAAAUGGGCAUUUACAUGGGUAUACAAUAGAGACUACAUUACUUACACAGUAGCCUCAUUAUAUCCCCGACGCCUACCUUCUGCCCCGCACUGGUUUACUCACUCCUAGCUCUUAUUGUUGGGGUAUAAUGGCGCUUGGGCAUUUCUGAAAUUCCCUCAUUAUUCAGCUUAUUAAGGCUGCACCAACUCGAUAAUCGCGCCGCAUUUCGUGUCAAAGGGGGCGACUGUGCUGAUUUGCCACAUUUGAAGGCUAGACAAGGCUGCGAGCUCAAUCCUCCACGCAUGCAGGCGGGAUGAAAUUGCUCUGUAAAUACAGGCGGCGGCGACGUGUAAUGCCUGUUUUUUUUUUUUUUUUUUUUAGCAGCUCACUCUUCCCCGGAGUCGAACCCGAGGCGAAGUGCACCUGACAGAUAACCUCGCCGAUUUGGAUGUCGAACGCACGGUGCGAAAACACGACAGACAGCUGUUAGGGGGAUGCAACAGGAAGGAAGGAGUGAGGGGCGGUUUGUGACGACGGAUGAACGAGAGGUUCAUCUGCAAACAUGGUUACAGAUGUUAGGAAUCAGCCGUUUGACGUCGCUAAUGGCGCCCAGAAUUACGGCCUCAUGUCCAUCUACAGCGUUUUUCAGCUUCAUGUCAAACUAGAAGAAGCGAUUCACAAAUUCACACACCUUAGACAGCUUUAAAAUCCCCUACCUGAGAUUUUUUACUCGAGGUGGUUUUAAUUUGAGCGAUUUUAGGAGACUCUCUUUUGAGGCUAGUCUUCUGCUCGUGGCACGGAGCGAUAUUUCCAGAAGAAAAGAGUCAUCUGGGUGGAGAAAGUGCACAUUUUAGCGGAGGAGGAGAAACCACCCUGACUUGAUGCUAUGUACAUUAAAAGGAAGCGAACACUCUGGGAGCUUUGUGGCCUCUGAAACAGAAAAUGGGUCACAAAGAAACAAUUGCCAGUCGUCACACAAAGCCUGUUUUUCUUCUCCUCUCUUCUUUUCUGUCUUCACAUGCAUUGAGUUUAAUUAUUGUGUGAGGCGCUUAAGCUCUCUUUGGGCUGAAGCAUCCUGUCUCUUUUUGAAGAAUAUUCAGCUCUGGUUGCCAAGAAUCGGCGGCCGCCUAGGGCUGGUCGAGGCUGCCGCAUUUUGCCAUGUGACAUGUUGUCAUAUACAGGGGGGAGAAAAAUCAAUUGGCAAUUAAAUGAUACACCUUGUGAGGAUGACAGGAGGCAUUUGGUUGCACAGGAAGAAGUGGGUAGUGAGGGGCUUUGUAAUGAAGGCCUAAUGACUAUUCAUAAGCGAUUUUCAGUCCGCUGAUCCACUCGACUGGGAAGCUCUGCCCUGGAGAGUCGGCGCUGUCACUUUCCCUCACCUCAAAAAGGCGCCGCGAUCGACGGUGUAGGAUGUGAGCGAGAAAUUACCCAGAAUUCUGCCCCGGGCCUGUCUCAGGUCACAUGCAGGAGGAUGGGGAGGGGAACACACAUCUGGCACACUAUAGGUGCCACCGGGGGACAAAAAACUCCGAAUCAGGAGGCUGCGAGUACGGCGGAUUGACAGCGGCGGAUACCUUUUCACACGACAGUGGGUUCAGGGGCUUUGUUCUCCUCCUCCUGCUCGUGUUAUCGAGCUGACGGAGCUCUGAGGUGGCCAUCUGCGUGGGCGCCGACCUGGAUUUAUGACCUUGUCGUGAACUUUGGUCAAUAGGUGAUAAAUUUGAGAGGCCCUCUUUGGGAUCUCUGUGAGGAGGACCUGAAAAGGACUUCCUGCUCCAUCCGUCACCGCCCUCAUCUUCAGGGUCUACCUCCUCCUGGUUUCAUUAGGGGGUCUGACUGAAGCAGAGGUAGACAACCAACUCCAGUCCCAAAACUACCAGAGGAAGAAUGAAGGUUGUUUCAAAAUAAAAGCAUGUUUUUAGGAGAGAGUAAAUAAAGAAACCUUCUCGUCUUCUGUGGGUGUUUAAAAACAGCAGAACGUCCCUUUAAUCCUCACGUUAAGACUCGACACCCUGACAUUUCCAAAGAAGUCACCCCCGAUUCGUGGAAAGCCACGCCUCUCCAGCAGGCCAGCUGAGGUAAAAGGACUGACUGAUGACCUUUUACCCUCAGUGUCAGAUCAUGAGGUCAUGGAUGCCUCGUAGCGGCCCCGCCCCCCCCUCUCCUCGCUCACUGCGAUGGAAAUAUCAUUUGGCAAUUAGGCCUUUAAAAAACCCACUGACCCUUUUCUCUGAUUACUGACGCUUCGGUUUUCCACCGUUUCUCGCCGUCCUAUCAGACAUUCCUCCUGGAAGCAGCUGGCGUGUUUUCACAGAGCUGACAAAUAGCGGCAGAGCCUCGGCGUGUAUACGUCCUCUGUUCAAACAGACACUUAUCGGCCUCUUAUCGCCUGGUGCCGCUCACCUUAUCUAAGGUAAAUACAAUAAUGUGCUCAUUAGGCUCUGCUUCAUGGCUACUUGGCAGGCGUGUUUGCUCAGUAAUAAGAGCUUGUCAGAAGCAGGCCAGGUCAGGGAGUGUGUGUGUGUGAGUGAGAGUGUGUGUGUGUGUGUAAACGGAGGAGGCUAAAACCCAGAAAUUAUGCCUCCAGAGCAGCUCUGCGCCGCAGUAAUUGAAUAAGUCCCGAGUACCUGAGCGGGUCGGCCGCCCUCGUGGCUUUCCCCCCGUCUCCACGCCAAGAGUCUAUUGCUCCUUUCUUUCUCUAUAUCCUCGGCUGCACAUGGCGCCCGGCCAGAACGACUAUUACAUAAUUAAUCUGCAUUGAUCAUCUGGUUAGCACAUGAAUCAAAUGGCGGAAUAAUUGAGUCAUGAAGUUUUUGAGGUCCCGGCUCGCUCUGGGUGGUUAAAUGUGGAGCCGGAGCUCGGCGGACAAUAGUUUUAACAUUUUGAACUCGAGGUGAGAAGUCAGUCUCGGGCCUUAACGAGGUUAUAAGUCGACUUUUUAAAUUAAGGGAAGCUUGGAAGAAUCAGCUUUUAUUUCAGAUUAAAUUGCUCCCAGGAGCGUCGUAAAAAUCCCGCUUUUCUGCGUCUAUUUUCUCGUCUCAAGACCCCGUGCGAACCGCGGGCCAGGUUUCCUCCCUUUAUUUUGAUUGUUGGGAGCUUUCAGCACACACGUUAUAAAAGUCUGGGUUUAAAAAUGGCAGCAUAUAUUGUCUCAUUACCCUUUAUAACCACUUUUAUUAGAAUAAAUUACUGCCGGGUCAGAAAUUUCCUCAUUGUGUCACCGGGGUUGAAACAGGGACCUGUACAGCGUGUUACUGAGUGAAUCACAGCUCAAAUAGUGCUUGGCAAAGCAACUCCGGCGAGGUGAAUGGACCUCAUCAGCAGAAACACCAGAGCUGCGUUCACUGCUGCAAAAUUUAGCAGGAAAUUCACAGAAAGGUGGAGCGGACAGGAGGCCGGAGAGGAGAAGGUAGACGGGAGUGAUCGAAGAGAGGGAGUGAAAGUGAGACGUGUAAAUCAAUGCCUGCUCUAUCUCAGACAGAAGAGAGGGCCUGUGUGUGUGUGUGUGUGUCUGUGUGUGUGUGUGUGUGAGAGAGUGUGUGGGUGAGGCGGUGAGCGAGAACAGCAAACAAAGUGUUUCUAAUCAAGAGAGUGUGGCUUGUUUUGGGGCGUAACUUCCAGCUGAGUUGAUGUUAGUUUGUAGUUUUGAAGGAGCUGAUGAUCUUAUUUAACCCCGACUCUAACCACUUUUAUUCUUAGAUAAAUAUCAUCUUAAAAAAUAUCAUUUAAAAGUUUAUUUCAAACACUUUUAAGACCUUUCUGAAAGUUACAAACAGUUUAAACUCUUUCGCUUAAGCUUAACCAAACCCCAUUCACAAAAUGAGUGAUUUUACCUCUGUGCAGGCAGGAGAUGCUGGUUUUCUUCUUCCAUGAUUUAUUAGUUUGUUUGCCUCCAUUGUGCGACUUUUACCUUUCCAAACUCCUCAUUAAGAUCCUGAAACACCCACAUACUUCAGGACAGAGGCAGCAGCGCACCAAUAACUUCAGUUUAAAGCAAAGUAAAAUUCAGUUUUUUGUUAAUGGGGUUUGGUGGCUUUUAAAAGUGAGAUGUAUCAGUUCAUUUCAGUUUGCACUAAGGUCUGUCUCUGCUAAAGUACUUUCUCUACUGUUGAGGGAAACUUUGCUCUGCAGUGUUCUUCUGUCGGUGGCAGAAAUAGCCCCAUAAUUGCAGGUGUUGCGUGCCAAAUCAAAGCUCUGCAUGACUUACGUCUGUUUCGGGCUCUGAAAUAUGCACAAAAACCUCUACCUUGGUUUAAAUCCCCAUUGAAACCUUAUCCCAGAUCUACUAAUGCAACUUUUGAACUCGUCUUUCCAACGCUGACUCUAAUUUUAGGGAAUUACCGUCACUCCGACCCCCGGGAUGUAAGAUCCUGAGAGCAGAGCGAGCCUCAUGUUCACCAAAAUCAUGAUAAAUGUCUCCUAAUUAAAGAAAACUCUUGAAACAAUUAGAUUCAUGCAGGCAGGAGGAAGAUGUUCUCACGUUUUUAAGGAGAAAUUACAGGACUCUGUAAUUGACGGAGCAGACCUGAUAAAGGGAGGGGGGGGUUUUAUGGCGAGGAGCAGCUUACCUCUCUGUUCUCACCGGCGGAGUCGGGGUCAGCGCGGCGGCAGCAGCUGUAGCGGCUAAGUACUUUUAAUUGAAGUAGCAGUGCCAUCAUUAACAUUGCUAUCAUUAUUACAAAGCGAGCCGUUCGGAUGAUACUUCUGUCCCCAGUCGCCGCCGCCGCCGCUGCCACCGCCGCCGCCGCUCCUGCCUCCAUCCCCACCCCCAGACACCCGCACAUCAUUAUGCAGUGGCAUCUAUCAGAUACUGGCUUAAUUAGGGCCUGUACAGCACAUUAAGCAAGGGGAGUAGCCAAGCUCAAAUAUUUAUAAGGUUGAGUAUAUUUAUGAUCUGUGUCAUAAUCCCUUAUUGGAGGUUUCAGAGGAGGUUUAACAAAGCAGACCCGCGCUCCUCAGCCUCCUCCUCCUCCUCCUUUUUACUCCUUUUUCUCCUUUUUUCUGCAGCAGCUCAAGCAGAAGAAACGUGUCCCUCCUUUUAAAUACAUAAAUAAUAUUAAAAUCAUAUUUGGAGCAGUCACAGGAGCUUGGACGCCCCGUGUCACCAAGUCCUCUGAGCUGAUAGAUUUGCGACAAAUGUUCCUGCAAACAAGAUUAGGACGUCCUCUAUCUGCGGCACAGAGAUGGAAAGUUUUGGAUUUCUGGAGUCUGACCUUUCACCUGUUGAACCUUGAUUGUUAUUUUGUCUCCUGGCGUCUGUUAUCUGGAGGGACGCUGUGUACUUGACAGCGUGUGCAGAUCCAGCGUUUGAGGCUUUUAUUUUCUUAAUUUCUCAUCCGCCGAGCGUCACGAGGUGAACGUCCUGCUAUUUUUGGCCCACUUAGCGAGUGCAGGUUUAAGUGAAUGGCACUUCUGCUUCAACGAGAGCCCCUCCACCCUCCUCCACCCUCCUCCUGCGAUAACUCCUCUUGUCUCUUUUUGUUCGGGCGAAGGUAUCGUCGCCGUUAAGAGCCCUUCCCUUUCUCCCUCUCUCAGGCAUCUUGUUUUCUCCUUUUGUGUGUGUGUGUGCUUCGCCUUGGGAGAAACCACAAGGGUCAUGUUUAUUUAAAACACAAAAACACACGUCUGUCCUUGUCCUCUCUCCCCCACCCCUCACUUUCUCCUCUCCACCGAGGGGGGAGGCAGGUAAGAGGAGAGAGGGAGCUGCAGUUAGGCUGUCCCUCUUCUCUGCAGAGGAUGCAGAUUCACAAAAAUGAGUAAAUAUUAAACUUUGUAACACAUUGUUGUUUUGACACGAGAAAACAAAGAUAAGGAUGUUUUUCUGUUCCUGCAGAAAGGUGAGAGAUUUGGAAAAGCAGCUUCAUUUUUGGUCGAAAUGUUCCAGUUUAGAGUUGAUGGACAUCGAUCAGUAAGGAAAAGUAAGGUUCUGGUUUUAUUGAGUUUAAACGUGUAAAAAUGUCGGAGCUUCUCCUCGAGUCGAUAUCCAACGACAACAUCCGGUGGUGAGAUUUCUAAACCCGCACCGCUCCGUCGUUGUAUCACAGAGAGGUCUCCAGCGUAACCUCCACCUACAUCUUUACAGCAUGGUCGAGGUCAGCGGCGUUGACCCCUAUACCAGCCAGUCGUGAUGAGGUCUCGACGUGGGCGGGCCUGGAACUGCAGCGGAGGGAUUCUCUCAUCGCCGGCGUAGCUUAUCCCGGGGAAAAUACUGGCGGUCACUAAAACCCCCGUCCUCUAAGACGCUCUAAUACAGAUUGGGAGGCGAGGGGGUUUCUGCUGACCUCAGCGAGCGAGUGGAGAGCAGAAUAACGGCGCUCUUAAAGAUUGGGCUCAAUCACUCAGGUAGUGGAAGUGAGUCGGUGUUCACCUCUGGGUGUAAUUGAGAUUAAGUCGCCCUCGUAUUGUGUGGGAGUGAACGAGCGCUCCCUCUGUACGGGGGGGGGCAGCAGCUUUAAAGGUUUGAUGGAGUUUGGCGUGAAGAGUGUGUCAGAGAGGAAAAAAAACAGGCGAGCGUUGAAUCAUAUUUUGAUUCUCAGCUGAUGUGGACCUCAGAAAUGAUGUCAUCUGGCUGGUGGGAGUGGAUUUCUGACGUGUGAGACAUGCAUGAGUGAAGGAGCCGGAGGUAAAAACGUGCAGAAGCAGAAGCGACGGCACAAAAGAAGCAGGAGACGUGCAAAAACAUCAGAGCGUUAAAGUUUGGAAAGUUCAUUUUUGAUUUGUAAGUUUGAAACUGAUCUGAGGUCAGUCUGUGUUCGUCUAUUCUUAUCCGAGUUUCCUACAGGGGCCCACCAAAGUUUGUUAGCGCAGUGAUCAAAUAAAAGAGCAGAUAAAUCUGUGAGUAAACCCACCCAAACUCUCGUUUUCCUCACCCACCUUUCAUUAGCAGAGUUCACGCUGCACCACCCACACCAUCAGGACGAUGCCAAGUGAUCUCAGGGAAACGUGGAUCUGUGAGCAGGAACGUUUAAAACACUCGUACUCUCACUACCUUUGGAUUGAACCGCUCUGUGGCCUCUGCGCCCUCCUGAUCCGACACCUGCAGCCGGCCCACAGCUCGCCCUGUGGGAGGAGCCCAGCUGCUCCUCAGGCCUCCCGUGUAACCCCCCCCACCCGCCUCCUCCUCGCCGCUCAGCCUCGCGUAGGAAGGAAAAACCUAGGAGCUGCUCUGGAAUCGGCGUGCAUGAAAAAGCGUGAGCCUUUGGCCAGGUGGUUGGUGGUGGGGUCUGGCUUUUAUUGAUUUUCGUUACUUUUUUCUGACAAACAUCCUCCUCUUUGUUUGGCCACCGAGGGCAGCCAGAGGAGCGAGCAGCGUGGGGUGUUUGGAGUUGAAGAGCAAAGACGAGAAACCGACAGCGUUUGCCUGGCCUGGGAAACCUUUUGCCUCUUUCUCCUGCUCUCUCGGUUUGCUGCGUUCCCGGCGGAGAGCUAACACAUUAUUAUGCAUUUUGCUUUAUUUUACUGCAUCGAUUUAAAGUAAUUUGAAGGUUCUGCAGGGACUAGUACCUGGGUUUUUCUCCGAUCGCUCAGCGCGCUCUCGUGUGUUAAAACAGCGGGGCCUCUGCGAGAUACAGGGUCUAUUUAUCCCAGAGGGAAAUUUAAGUGUCAGCAAGAAGCAGCGAGAAGGUGGGACACAAUAAAUACAUGUUGUAUCAGUGAAAUGCACAACAAGCAGGCACUUCAGCUGUGUCUAAAUACCUUAUUCUCCUGCUUUAAAUCAUCGGCAGCUCCGUUAUUUUACUUUUAUUUGCACGCAGGCAGCUCUUCUUCUUCUCUCUGCACAUCUUCUGCCGUAUCGUACGUUCGUAUGCCUGCGAGUCGGCGCUUCAGGAGACUCACCAAGGUGUCCGUUCGCUCACAGUUCCAGCCCUUCAACCUGUCAGACACACUUUUGUGACGCCAAAUCCCUCUAUUCAUUUCUCUCCUCUUCGGCACAAAUAUAUUUUCCUUUUUUUCCUCCCCUCUUUUAUCAAGGGCAAACCUGAACUCCAUGGAAAACGCGCGCACACAUCCAGGGCGGGCAGAUCUCCAGGGCCUGUCAUUUUACAUUUACAUUUUCGCCAUUUAGCUGACACUUUCAUCCAGAGUGACUCUGUGCAGAGAGUGCAGCGGCGGCGGCGGCGGCAGACUGAGCCUAAAUGUUGAGCUGUAGGUGAAAACAUGCGAGGAGGAGAAAAGGUCAGGCUUGUCCUGUAUUUAUUAUGAUGGAGGGCGUUUUAUUUGUGACCUUUUGAUCCCUGAAAUCUUCAUCCACAUUUGACUUUCAUAAGGAUGCAUCAUCUCAGACAACCUACGAUUUGUUUUUGCUGCUCAACAUCUCCCCUGCCAUAUGGCCCCCUAUCUUAACACCUAUUUUAAUCUUUCAUGAAGCCAUUUUGAACGAGCGCUCGGCUCUCUUACUUUCAGAGAAAAAAGACAGCAAGUAUUCUGAGACCCUCCACCUGGCCGUCUGAAUAAUUCAAACGUGCAGGAAGUGAAGCCCACCCCUGCUCUCGCGCAGGUUGUAAAGGCCAAAAUUGCUUCAUCAUGCCCAAGUGAAGGUAUGCAUACAUUAUUCAGGAAACCUGCGAAGACUCAGAGUUUAAAAAAAGCUGCUCCUGAGUUUCUCCUCCUCUCUCCGUUUAUUGACGGAGCGUCUCCCAAAUAAGUUUAAACGUUGAAAAGAUCGAUUCUCCUCAUUUCUCCUUAAAGUCGGAUCAUUUUCUGCUCGUCUCUCUGAUUUCACCUGUAAAUUUGUUUUACGGCCGACACUUUUACGGCUGUUUUCCUUCCUUACACACCUCAAACUGCACCUCGCCACUAAUCUAUACGCCGCUUUUCUCUAAUUGUUUCUCUCUUCUAUCGACCGCCGUAUUCAUCCCCAUAAUGAGAGAUAAGUCGCUUCACACCGUCGAGCACCUUCCUCAUUUGUCUUGCACGCUAACACACAUGCGCUCAUAUAUAUCUGUGUACAAACACACACACACAAACACACACACCCUCCCCCACCUCUCUGACACAUGCAAACACACUCUCUGCAGCGGGCCUCGGGCCGACUCGAUGGCGCUCUUAUCUUCAACGCGCAGACUUAGCAUUAUACCAUCGAGCAGCUACUGUCUCCCAGUCACACUGAUCUCCUCUCAGGUUGGACUUCUUCCUCCUCCUCCUCUUCUUCCUCUUCUUCUUCUUCUGCUCUCGCUAAUUUAGCAUCGCUAAUCUAAUAGGACGCCGCCUUUUCUGAAAACAUCACCGGAUUCGUUCGGUGUCAGAGGUCCUGUUCCGCCCUGGCAGCAGCGCCUCUCUUUGCUUUUAAUUUGCUCUUCAUGUAUGUUAUGAAUAUCCCCGCGCCGUGCAUAAUGUCAUUAAGUAUGGCCAAUGCAGAGUGGGCAGCUGUCCCAGAGACACUCAGUUCACCAACUCAUGAAGCGCCAUCUCGCCGUUUUUUAAGCGUCUGCAGCGGCGCCAGCAAACGUGGGAGCCUUAAAUAUCGAUAUUAUUCUCUUUUAAUAACAUCCAAGAGUUUUAUCUGCGAUUGCUCAAACUUAAACCGUCUUUCAUGAGUUUAAUACUUUUAAUUCGGAUGUGUUUGCUGAUUUUUGCACAUGAGCAGGGAGUGAAAGUUCAGCAGGACCUGGCAGACGGCCCGGUAAAAGACAGAGAUCAACACUUUAGCUGCUGCUGCAUCUCUCCUUGCACAAGAAACAGACAAUGGGUAGAAAUUUCAAAACGGAGCUAAAGUUCACCAGGAAACAGUCUGCAGCUUCUUUCCAGUAAAAACCGAAGCUGAGACGAGUUCAAGCGCAAAAACAGAAAGUGAGUUUUUCUGCUCCCGUGGUUCUUUCAGGAAUAUUUUACACGACACAUCCGCGGAUCUUCCCCGCUAUCAUCAGGGGAGCGUAACGGCCCUCACAGAAGUUGUAAGUGUCCAGCGUUGGCCCUGGCUGGUGGGACAGAGUCCAAGAGAGAGUGUCACAGCGUAGCAACUCAAGGAAUCCCAAAAGGAAACAGCUGCAUGGGCAGGCCGCGCUGUUUUUCUCAGCGAGCUUCAUGCGUGUACCGGCCAGCAUGUGUUUUCCCAGAGUUUCCCAGAGCUCCUGUGUGAUCACAUAUUGGAGUAUUUCUGGACCACAUGUUCUCACAGCGGCGCUCAGAAAUAGAGAUUUUCCACUUUCAGGUUUUCUCUCUCUCCGAGGGUCGGGGUUAAAACCGCUCAGAGGUGCUCAGAGUUACAGCGGAGGGAGGAAGUCAAUCUUUCCCGCGCUCACAGGUGUAGUAAUAGAAACCUCUGUGUGUUUGUGUGUGUGUGUGUGUGUGUGUGUUAGCGCUCAGAGAGACAGUCAUUUCCAAUCCUGUCAGCUGUUGUUCUGUGCUUCCAAACAGGGCUCAGGAGAGAUUUGGGGGGUGGGGGAGAAAAAGCACGGCCCGAUGUAAUUUCUUGCCAUCCUGACAGCGCCGCAGAAUAAAGUGGCGCUCUCUUCCCGGGUGAUUGGAGGGAAUUGCUUCUCGGGGUGACAAAUGAUUAGCUGUUAUCUCGGACAGGAUUUGAUUCCCACAAGCAGACGGCAAGUCAGGCUGCCGACCGACCGACCGACCGAGCGGCCAGUCAGCCACCCGGCCGACUGAGACCGACGGCGCUGAGUCAGGUAACUCCGCGGGAGGAUACGAGGGCCUAUUCGCAGGAAAUUAAGUCGCCAGCCGCGGUUAAGCACCUCCUUCCUCCUGUGUCCCUACGAGGCGCCCACCAGGACAAAGCCUAAUCCGCUCUGUCAGGACCAGAUUACGACUUUGUUUAAUUGGAGAUGGGCUUCGCUGACAAUCAGGGCCUGUUGUCGCGCAGCGGUGCAGGUGUUUUGUUGACGCUUUUCAUCUUUAAGAAAGCGUCCGCCGAUAAAUGGGACGGCUUUUCUGAGUAUGAGGGCCGGCUUAGACGCUCAGAACGCCAAAUUAAAGUCCAGGACCACAUGUACGGACCGUAAAUGGACCUUUAGAGCAAAGAAAACAUCUCGUCCUCAUUUGACACAAAUUGAUCAGAAUAUAUUUUUAGUUUCGUCCAUAAAACCUGAACUUAUAAAGUCUAAAUGAGUGAUUUUUUUACUCCCAGUGAAGCCUUCAGUCUGCGUUAAAAGCCCCCGUAAAUGAUCCUCAUAUUUAUGGGGCGCCAAGUGAAGCUGCUCACACUCUCUAAAAGGAUCAGGUAAAUUCGAAGCCCUGCCGUCAAAAGGUUCAAUUUCUCUUUACAAGAAGAAGAAGAAGAGCAGAGUGCACACUGAGACGGGGAUGAAGAGGGAAGUCUCAUUUCCCAGCGCGCCCUAAUGAAGAGGGUUGAGUCCUGUGUAUCACACGAGGAUUUUGACACAUUAAUCCCUGGGUAGACUUCAAGCCUUUGUCCGUCUAAUGGCUCUUUGGCACCUUGGAUUCCUGUUGGAAGCCAAUUUGUGGCGCUGACAUUGAGGCGGUGAAGAAGCUCAGCGGCGGCAGAGGCCACAUUUGGAGAGACGAGUCAAGGUGUUAAAGCCUGAUUGGUUCCUCUCUGCGACUGGUUGUCACCCCGUGAACACAUGCUCCUCAAACGGAGAAAGGAGUAGACGGCGGUCUCCUCUGCACCUCGCCGUGGACUCUUCAGAUAAGAGGAGGUAGAGUCACAUCAGAGGAGCGCUGGAAUGUUCCUCUGUCACAAAUCAGAGAAACCUCCCGGGAUCAAUUAGCCGCCCAUUACCAAAGAUUCAGAGAGUUUCUUACGCAACUACAUUUAAGUGCAAGGAGGGAAGGAAGGAAGGAAGGACGGAGGGAGGAAAGAGGAGAAGGGGAGACUGUUUAAGGAUCUUGUCAAACUUCACCUCUGGCUUGAACAAGCAUGGCGGGAGGCUCUGGCGUGUCGUUCAGGUCAUGAAAACAACAUGAAAACGUCCCUGUCAGCCGCUCUGUUUUCAUUACCUGAAACAACAAACAGUGAGGAAAAAAGAGGAGAGGAGGAAGGAAAGAGCGAGUGCUCCCCCGGGACGCCGUUUACUUCCUGAGCAGAUGAGACGAUAGGUGAAAGAGGAGCCCACGAGCUCUCCCUCCUCUGUCCUUGUGACUCGCUUUCAUGGCGGCGUUGAGAGGUGUCGUGCAUCGCGGCUAAAGAGCUACCUCUGCCGGGGUGAAGGGUUCAAUUCCCGGUUCUGCCCGGCUCAGAGUCCAAACUCCCAGAGGAGUCCCCCCCCACGGUUAAAAAUGUCUGCAGCGAGACUGCUUUGGAUAAAAAUGUCCACCAACCAGCUCGGGCGGCGUUAACUACACUGGAGGGAAUUGUCCUGCAAUAACAACCACCCAGCAGAGGUUGUGCAUGACUCGGUCUCCUCUCCUACCGCAGGGACGAGCCCAUUGUUUGGCCUGAGGUUGAUGAUAUUUUAACCAAGGUGAUGAUAGCCUGGGUUGUUUUCCUCCGAGGGGAGUCCGCCCCCCUCCUGUCUGCUACCUCUCCCUUCGUGGGAGCUCGACUUUUUCAACUUCUUCUUUGUGAUUUAUGACCCCUCCAUCAGAUCCAUCCCCCGGGUCCUCCCCUGGCGCUCUCACAGCCAGUCCUGACUAAAAUGGAUUAGGUGCAGUUAUCCACAAAUGGAUCCUGGAAUACCUCCGUCCUGUAAAGUUAAGACACGCUCGGUUUGAUUGCAGAGGUGGAGUAGGCCCGAGCGCCCGCUCUGAUCUGUGAGUGUCUCCUGUUUGCCCGCUGUAAUUACCUGUUUUGAAAGAGUUAAUAGCCAUAGGAAACCCGCUUAACGGGGAUAAAAGGGACAGUAUCUGGCGUUCAAAGCGAUGAGAGGGUUUUAACUGCGCUGGGAUGUGUGCAUAUGUGUGUGUGGGAGGGGGAUACUUUCCUUUAUGCACUCUGGAAAGGGGAGAAGAAAAAAAAGUUCCUUAUCAGGUAUGUACUUAAAAGGAUCCCUCUGCUGGAAGCGCACUGUCUUGAGGGAAAGCGCGGAGAAAAGAUGAAAGCCUUUUGUUAAAAGUGACGCUCGGCCCAGGUUUCCUGUGCCUUGCCUCGACUCCCCUGUCCCUCCCCGCCUGAGUGCUCAGCUCUCUUCCUCCCACUUCUGCCUUCUCCGCCUCGCAGAGCUGUCUUUGAGGGGGGGAAAAGUAAACCCUUCUUGCCGCCUGCCGGUGUUAGAUUAAAUACCGAGAUGGCGACAGGAAAAAGGCAGGGAGGAAAAACAAAAAAAAAAAAAAAAAAAAAAAAAGCACGCCGCCCGGCCUGCCUGCCUGCCUGCCUCUCUGGCUGGCUGGCUGACUGGCUGAGCCGGGGUGAGGGAUGUUGGAGGAGAGUUAUCAGGUUGGCGACGGAAACUGCCAGUUAGUCAGCAAGACUCCCAAUCUGGCGUAGUCCAAACAUGCCGCCCCGGGUUUUCGAUGACACGGUAAUCUGUCCCAGGGAGUUCAGGGUUGAUCUAAAGAAGACGGCUCAUCUUUUCUCUCCCUUAUCAUACCGACAUAGCAAACUGGAGGUGCCUAAGGCCACUAACACAAUAACAGGAGAAUAAAAGCCUCUUCUUCUUCAGGGAGGAGGUAUUGAGAGCAUUUUUCAUGGCUGAAGUAUGUCCAGCGUAGUGGGCUUUAAUUCACAGGGAUACGCGGAGUUAACAGCCGCCGCCGACAUCUUGCAGAACACAUUUCCUUUCAUUUACACUGUGCAAAUCACUUGACCCUUACACGGGAAAAUAGCAAUGAUAUGACUUCCGGGAGCUGUGAAAAUUGGAGACCUGUGAAGUCAUUCAGAGAUUUGUUGAGCCGCUGAGACGAGGUUUCUGAGGGAUCUGAAGGAAGUAUCAAGAAACAAUGAGUGUAAGACUUUAUGUCUUGGCUUAGCUCCUCUAUCUCUCUCUUUUUUCCCCUCUCUCUCUCUCUCUCUCUCUCCGCCCCGCCUGACUAAUCAGGACUGCUUAGAAAAAUGGUAAUAGCCUGCGUGCAGUGACAGUGCCCUGGCAGGUUUGUGAGCGCCCCACCAGGGAGGGAAAAAAGCAGCCGGCGCUAUGCAUCCUAGAAAUGAGACUCAAUAAGCACAAUAAUGUGUUUAACUUGUAAACUAGUGCGGGUGACAGAUUACGGGCGGUCCAGCAGUGUGGCGAGGAGCCGCCGUCUCAGCCGUUCACCUUUUGCCUCUACAUCUGUCCUGCUAAUGGGCUCCACUUCCACUUCUCUGCCAGCGCGUUAGAAACCUAAAAUCCUCAGGCGAAGCUCUCAUUCCUCCCCUCAUUCUAUUUCCCAAUUAGACGAGAGGGCAUGAUUAGUUUAUUAGCAGUAGCAAAAGCUCCGGCGAAUGUGUUUGCGGAUUCUUAGCUGUUAAUGAGCAAAUUCAAACCCUAUUGAACGGACGCGGGUGGGAGGGGGAGGUUAUUCGCGUGUGCUCGGCUAAUAAUAGCGUCCCAAAGACAAAAGAUGGAGGAAAUAGCAUUAUAGGAGGGGGGGGCAGAACAAUGGGAGCCUACCGGCGCUCUUAAUGGCAUGCUCUUUCAUUUUUUAAAUUGUUUCCCUUUUGGAAUUAUGUAUGCUCGCCAUCCUCUCCUUCAGGGUUUGGCAAAGCGUAUACACACACUCUUCUUCCUCAGCCAGCCCCGCUAACACCGGGGAAUAGAGGCAGGUCUUGAAGCACAGGAGACAGGAGUUCCACCUGUGGGAAAUGAACUCCAGCGCAACCCGCUCUUUGUUUUCCCGCCGCCUUGGCAGGCUUAACCACCUCCUUUACAAGCCAGGUAAAUUGUUCAUUAGGGCCGAGGUAAAGGGGGGGUGGGAGGUGCUGCUGCUGCGAGGAGGAGGAGGAGGAGGAGGAGGAGGAUUUUUUUUCCUGAGAAGUGCGAAGAACAAACAAGUCAGAGCAUUUGUUCAACGGUGUAAUCUACACAUCAAUUAUCCUGCCGAGCUAAUUAGCACCUCGGCAUACCCCAGGUACCUGAGCACUCACACAUGCUCGACUCUUUCAAGCCACUGAUCAAAAAAAGGAGAGGAUUGACAGAAACACGGGGAGGCAGAACCCAAGGGUAGGAGGGGGGAGAAGCCUUAGAUCAAAAUUUCCUUUUUACUUACAGUAUACCGAGACUACGCUCUGUGUGUGUGUGUGUGUACGAGUGUGUGUGUGUUGCAGCAGGUCUCGUCAUACCAAUGGAGAUACUCAAUUAUGUAAGACAUACAUACAUGCACAUAUACGAUUGAGUAUCAGCCAUUGAAGAUGAUUGUAAGAUAUGGAAAUUUCCACCUAGAAGUCACCUUUCCUGACAUCUGUCUGUACGGGAUCUUAUUAGAAAGGCACUGAUGCAAAAUUUCCCAUUAAUGUGCAAAAUCUGAACAUUUUUUUAGUCCUGAAAAACAACAAGUGUGCAGAACGACUCCAAACUGAGAAGUCAAUCAAAUCUGACCUCUACAUUUUUAAUUGCAGAUCAUCUCUACAGUCUCUUUUACACCUUUGGACCUCUAUUAUCAGGGUCAUGAUAGAUUCUCAGUGAUAUUUCAUGGUUUCAAAGGGAGCGUGAGGUUUGAGGACAGUAUGAAUCAGGUAAAUUAGAGCAUCACCUGUAGAAGUGGACGUGGCCCAUGUCUCGAACUCUCCAGUUAAGGUCUUGGCUCUCUUAUUAAGGUGCAGCUAGCUCAGUAUGUGAAAGAAGAGCCCUAGGUAUCCACAUCCCCCAGCUGCUCCCCCCUCCUCUGCUUCCAUCCUUAACUCCCACCAUGUAAUUAAAAGUGUAGUUUUCGCCCUCCUGCGGCUACAUAAGAAAGACAGGUACAACAUGAAAAAACUGCAACUGGCAAGAGAGAAAAAAAAGGAAACAAAAAGCCUCGGUCUGCUCCUGUUUACUCCCACCCACGUCAUGUAUAAGUCAUGGGCUCUGGGGCCUCCGACUGCAGCGCUGCCUGUUUGUGCCGUUUACCGAGAUCGAGGGAAAGGUUAAGUUGUGUCAUCUCGCCGCUGUCUUACACCUGGCGUACCUUGCCGCUAGCGCUGUCUAACACUCACACAAACACACACGCAGAUGUGCUGCUAAAUAGGAAGGUGUGCAAAAUCUCGCAAGCAGUUGGCGAUCACAAUAAAGGCGAAGAAACCAUCGGCUAAUCGAUCCGGAAAUGGAUUUAUAUAUGUUACCGUCUCUAAAUAGCUCACAGCUCUGUUAUGCAGAAACUCAAACUGCAGCAUUAUUAUUAUUUUUAUUAUUAUUAUUAUCAUCACCUUAACAGACUCAGAAAUCAGUUUACUGACCAGAUAUCACUGCAUAGACACAAAACCUACUGUCUGAAUUUGAUAGAGUAUUAAACUCGAAAUUAAGGUUUGUAGAAAAAAGGGCAUCAUAAUCUCAGCAAGAGCUAAAUUAGGCUACAAAUGUAAAAAAAUAUGAACAAUUAUCAACAGUAAUGUUACAAUAAUGUUGGAUUUUAGCUUUAAAAAAUUCCCAAUUGUGCCAAAAAUGAUUAAAUUAUCUUGAUUGAAUGUUUUUUAAAUGAGGAUAUCCUGAUUAUAUUGUGUGUUGACCAAACUAUCGUGAUAAAUUAUGUCAUUCCCAUUAUAGUAAUGCUGUGAUAUAUCCACAGAACCACAAUAAUACUGUAUGAUAAUAUUGUACCAUGACAUAAGUAUCAUCUUAAUGAUGUAUCAUGACUUAAAUGAUAAUAUUGUAAAAAGUAUCGUGAUAUAUUGCAACAUUGUUCAACAUCGUCUUAAGUACUAGGAUGAUACUUUUCAACAAUAUCACAUAUUUACAACAAUAUCAUGAUGAUCUUCUAUCAUGACUGAAAUAUCAUGAUAGAUUUGUUUUGUGGCUAAAGUAUCACAGUAAUAUCAUAUAUUUAUAUAUCGUGAUAAAAUGGUAUCAUGACUGAAAUAUCGUGAUAUUAUUGGACGAUAAUAGAAAAAGACAAACAGAUCAUGAUUUGAGUUUUAAUUUGAGUUUAGGGUUUUAAACUGACUCCUGUCUUUAACAGUUAGACAGUAUAGGCUGAAGCUUGAAUUGUCGUCAUUGGAAACAUGGGUCAUGUGACUACAGCGCUGUAACAGAUUUGACUGAAUAAUCACGUCAGAUGCUUCCAGGAGAUGGUUUAAGACACUCAGGUCGUUGCUGUGACACUAAGCUAUGCCCCCUGUCUGUCCAGACUCUCACCCACCACCUCCUCCUCCUCCCCACUUUUUCAUGCCCCCCCCCAACACACACACACACACACACAUACUCCCCCCUCCCUCUGGCUGGCUGGUAGCUAAUUGGGAACUUGGUAACAGUGUCAGAGAGAGUCGCCUUUCUCCAGAGGGCUUUCCCAUCUCUGUGAGGGCCCAGGCCACCUCUCCAGCAUGUGUAAGGCUGUGUGUGUGUGUGUGUGUGCGUGUUUAUGUGUGUGCACGUGUGUGUGUGUGUGUGUUUAUGUGUGUGUGUGAUUCACUGAUUGGAGGGCCCGGUUUGCCGGUCGCCUGCUGGGGAUGAGGCACACACACGCACAUGAGCACACACCAUUUCCUGGUGCUUGUUUGAUACCUGGUGGGGAUGCUAUUCAGGUGACAAAGAUCUCUUGUGAGUGUGUGUCUGUGUGUGAGUGUGUGUGUGUGUAUCUGUGUGUGUGAGUUGGUUGGGGUAACAGAUGUGAUUUUACACUCUCAUUACCAUGUGAAUGAGGCCCUGGGCCCCCAGAUUGGCUCGGACCAGAGAGGAAGAAGAGGUCUUCUCCUCGGCCCCCCUCCCUCGAACUCACCCUCCUGUGGCCCCUCACCUGGACCCCCCCUUUCUCCCCCUCCCCUCUGGUUCAUCCUGUCUGAUCUCUUCAGUCCAUCUGAGGUCCCUGCUUGACUCCCCCCUCUUCAUUACCCCCUCACACACACACACACUGAUCGACCUUUAAACAGCUGGUGACUGGCAGAGUUUUACGACGGUGAGAGGUCUCACUCCCUCUUGUUUUUCUUGUCAUUUUUACAAAAUACGAGCGGUCAGACACAAACACACAAACUCCGAUUUCACUCAGGCAGACCUCACUCUCUCUCUCUCUCGUGUUGCUUUUUGGGACCGGUGAGAAAUGGUUGUUUUAGCUCUCAGGUGCUGUUUUUCUGCGAUAACUGCGACCAUGGCCUCUGUUGCAUCGGACAAGAAUGCAAAACAACCUUGGCCAGAUCAAACCGGUUGUUUUCGCGUCUAUCUGGCGGCCUCCUCAACAGUUUUUGUCUGAGUAAAAAGGUGAAAGCGUUUCAGAGAGCUGCAUAUAACCUCUCUGAUGGCUCUGAAACAGACGACUCUAUUUACUCGGUUCACCUCUAAGACCAAACGAAGAUACUUUAAAAUCACGUCCUCGGCUCCACUCAGCAUGAAAGAUGAUCUCCGAGCUCUGAUUAAUUCUUCUUUUUUUCUUCAUCCCAAAAAGAUGCAAAGCAUUUGAGCAGAGAAGCCCUCAUUUGUUUCCUUUUCUUCUCCCUCCCCUCAGUGAAGGAAAUCAGCAUCAAAAGCUUCUGUUAGCCGGUAAUUACAGCUCAGGUUCUGCUUAACUGUUAUUAACAAAAAAGUACAGUAAUCUGGCCUGGCAGUGCAAUAUGUUACCGUAGCUUUCUAAUUAAUCUUACAGGGAGCGUAAUAAAUUUACAAUAUCAGAUUGGCGCAAUACUGUAUAUAGAUUUAUUAAAGCUUUUAAUCAGUUCUGGCAAAAUUAAUUUUGCAAUGAUUGCUUACAUUUGAAUUUGCAUAUACUUAGUGCAAGUAAUUUAUUUUUAUAGAUUCUUUUUUAUUAAAACGAGGCACGUGGGGGCCGUCAGGGAUGAAGAAUUGCUGGAUUUUACUUCUCUUGUGCUGCGAGGAAAGAGUUUUUCUCCGAGGUGUGAGGGAACGUGAUGCACCGUCUCACUGUCACUGAACUUUUUAUCCCCAAAAAUCACAUCUUAUGACUUUUUAACACUUUAUUUCUGUGAGUGAAGUUGUGUGUCUGAGUUGUUAGAGCUUCUAGGAUGCAGAGUAUGAUCUUCAUGGAUCCUCAAAAUGAGCUGGAAGGUUGUGGCAAACUUUUGCAGGUUAUUAUUUGGAGUGUGUGUCAUUUUUUAAUGGAGGUUAUUGAAGAAAAAUGCAGAAAAUGUCCAUUUGAGCUGCAGUUUAGCCCCUCACACCAAACAAAGUCUGAUUUCUGAUCACUUUAAAGCAUACCUGAAUCAAACUGCAGAUGAUAUUGACUCUAUAUAGUAGGUAUUAGAGCUAGCUGUUGCACCUUUAGCAUGUGUUGUUGCUACUUUCUUAAAAACAGCAAAAAUCUAAAUGGAGUUUGGUUUGUGUUGCGAUCGGUCUCCGAGUAGAUCUUCUCUUCUUCCUCCUCCUUGUCUUUCUCUCUUGUAAAUACUCACAAUGACACAAUCCUACAGAGAAAACACACACCGAGGAGCACAGGAACACAGAUGUACACUCCCACACACUCACACUUACACACAUAAACACACACAAACACACACACACACACUCUUAGGAGCGGUGUAGCACUUCCAGGGCAGAUAAGAGUGAUUCAUAAACAGAUGAACCCAAAGCAGAUGUGUUAUCACGGUGGUGCACAAAGUAGUGCGAGGCCACACCGGCUCUCGUGGGUCCAUCAUACACACACACACACACACAUACACACAUACACAAUAUUAAGCAGAGCUGAUAACAAAACGCUGUGACAUAAAUUCAGAGCCACCUCCUCCUCACAAUCUAACCUGAUAUGAGUCCAUGUCAGCAGAUUCCACCACCUGUGUGUGUGUGUGUGUGUGUGUGUGUGAGGUGUGUGUUUGUUUGUGUGUGUUUUCCCCUUGUGUGAAAGCGUGUGUUUCUAUUUAUAAAAAUGUUCCGCAUGCCGCUUCGUCAUGUGUGUUUGCGCGUCUAUUUUUGUGAAUGCAUGUUGCUGCUUUGCCCACAUGUAGGUGUGUAUGAGAGUGUGUUUGAAUGUGAGUGUGUGUGUGUGUGUUUAUGUGUGUGUAGGCUGGGGCGUGGACUGGUGGCAUUGAGCCACGGUGUCCCUUUGAGACUGGGCAGGAGGAGGAGGAGACGGAGGAGGAGUGGAAACGAAGAGAGAGAGAAAGAGAGAGAGACUCAUGGCCGAAGAGAAAGAGGAACGAUUUAGAUAACAGUCUCAGCUUUUGGCACACACACACACACAGACACACACUUACACACACACACUCACUGCUAUCGGAAACACAUUAUUAUUGGAGAGAGCUGACCACAGGAGAACCCUGGCAAGAGCCCUGAGAUGGGCUCUUAUAUUUUUCUCCCUCCCCAGGGAAGAAUUCAUGAAUUAAAUCUUUCUAUUAAAGGUAACCCACCCCUCCUCCCCCAAGAAUACAAAACUGGAGAGUGAGGAAAACUACAAUUUACAGACGAGAGCUGACAUUAUUUCCAAUAUCCAAGCGUGUUUAAGAGCAGCUUCUCAAUAAUGAAUCUGUUUUUUAGUCAGUAGGAGCUCAAAGAAAAGGAGAAAACUGAUUUUUUAACUCCAAUAAUUUAACCUGGCCUUUAAACUCUUUACAUAACAAUAAAAAACAGAAAAACAAUCUGCUUUUCUCAUAUUUUUUACAUAGAAAAAUGUCAAAAUUAUUAAUAUUUUUACAUUUUGGAUCAAUAACCGAUUAAAAAAAACUGUUUAUAUUAUAAUUUGUUUAUUUCAUAUUGCUGAGGUCUAAAAUUACUAAAACAGCACGGUAUAAAUCAUUCAGUCUCACCAUAUUUUUGUUAAACUCUCAUCAUCUCACCAAUCAGACUGAAAAAUAAAAUACAAAACCAAGAAAUUCACGACUUAUAUUAAAUUAAACUUUGUUUUUGUCAUUUUAACUCUUUUUUUACCACCAUCACUAUAUAAAUAGUAGUUUCUUUUAUUUUUUAAUGACAUUUUUCUCUUUAUUCAAUUUAAUAUGAAAAUACAGCAGUAGUGUUCAUGUUUCAGAUGCAUAUAUGUUGAUUUUUUUGUUUCAAAUUUGCUGAAAAAUGACUAAAAAAGCAUAAAUUUGAUUAUAACCGCCUGAUAUGAUAUUGAUUAGUCAGAGAAGUGUUUAUAUUAUUAUAAUUAAUGAUGAUUUUUCUUCUUUAUUUGAAAUUUAGCUUCAUGUUGUUUAAUAGAAUCUCUGCAUGUUUGAUGGAAAUCAGCUGCACAUGUAAACACAUGUCCAGUCUUUUAUUUUGGCGGGGCAUCUGCGUCAUUAGCUGUGUUUUCUUCUCCAUGUUAACAUGCAGGUGCUCGUGUCACAGUCUUAGCUGCAACAUCAGUGCUCACACACACACACACACACACACAUACACACACACACACAAAGCGCAGCAGAUUUCAAAUAGUUGAAACUCCUGGCUGCAUUCAUUCAGCUGGGAGCUUAAAAAGAGCUUUUAUAGUGGAGGGGAAAUUAGCGAUGGUCUCUCUUAUGUGUGUGAGAAGCGACGACUCCAAAACUGGAAGCGGUUCACCCAGUUUUCUUUUUUUUUCUUCUCUCUCUCUCUCUCUUUUCUCGGUGUGUGUGUGUGUGUGUGUGUGUGUGUUUGGUUAGUUACAGUAAUUACGGCCCAAUAACUGACAGCCAAAACCAGGCAGGAGAAAGUAGAAGGGGGCUGUUUUUUUCCUCCUCAGCCGCGCGCUGCCUUGCUGCCGAACAUCUGCUGAGAGAUUUGCAUAUUAAUUAACCCAUAUUAACUCUAAUUAUUCUGGGAAAUUAUCAAAUAAAUUAAAUUUUCUAAUUUUAACCGUUUUUUCCCCCUUUCCCCGCUGCUUGACGUGUGUCAGAGGAACAUCAGGAGGCGGAAAGGAAGCUCACCUGGGCUGGAAUAAAAAAAUAUACUCUCUCUGAGCUCUCCCCCCUCCUCCCUCUGCAUGCACUCUUCCUCCCCCCUCCUCCCUCCUCUGUUCUUCCUCUCUGAAUCCUCCCUCCCACUCCCCUGGCCUGGGAGUCCUGAGGGCAGCCAGGGGAAGCUUUUGUGUGUCUUUUUUAUUCUUCUUCUUUGGCUUGUGUGACGAGGAGGAGGAGGAGGAGGACGGGGGAGGAGGGGGGAGGUUUACUUCGAACAUUUGUUGGAGGCAGGAACAUGUGUGAGGAGGGGGAGGAUGGAGGGGGGGCACAGAUGGUGAAUCCAUGCAGGACCCGGCAAAGGUGGGACCUCUGAGCUGUUGAGCAAACCUUGCAGCUUUCUCCCCCUCUCUCUCUCUCUCUCUCUCUCUCUCUCCCUCCCUCCUCUCUGUCUCCCCCCUCCCCAGCCUGUUGCUCCGGCCUCCUCGGCAAAUAAAUGGGACUUUAAUUGAAUUAGAGUCCGAGCUGCUGCGAGGGUCUCCUCCUGGACAGAACCAGCCCUGGUUUUAGAGAUGUGCAGCGAGACUCAGUAUGAAGUCGAAGGAGUCGCUGAAAUCAGCUGUUUGAUUCAGCCGAGAGUUAACGAGAGUUAUGAAAUGAUUCUGAGAGAUUUAGACUCAAAGUUUGUUUGGAAUUUUUCAUCUUCUGAAUUUCUCCAGUGUUGUUUUGUUUAGCAGUCGUGGCUUCAUUGUCGUUUAUGACCUAAUUUAAGUCGUAAACGUUGAAUUUCCUGCCUUUUGGCUUUGUGUUUAGAGCUCUAAAGGUCAUAAACUUUCAUUUUCCUGGUGAGGUUUGGAGUUUUUGCACCCUCCUGUGCAGAAAUGUUAUUUUUUAGUAAAUAUUUAUCCUGAAAAAGGUCCAGAUUUUAUCCCCCUCUUGUUGGUUUCUUCUAUCGGACUGUAAAUUUUCGUGCACAGAGACGUUUUUCACCGUUUAACUUCCGGAGAGCUUCUUAAAGUCAUCUCUAAAAUCCUCCUCCUAUCAGUCAAACACACUCUCAGCCUCUCACUCGUCAUCCACACCCCUCCCCCUCCACACACACACACACACACACACACUCUUGCAGACAGACACACACUCUCCCAGGUUGCGUUUACACUUCACUGAGUUUUCACCAUUCAUCGUCCCCCCCUCCUCUCCUCUCUCGCCCUCACCCCUCACUCUCUCUCUCUCCUUUCAGAGCUUUUGUUUGCCCUCUGCCACCGUCCUUUCACCGACUUGGCCCUGAUUUGGCCCUUGUGCUCGAUCUCACCAUUAUACUGAGACAAGAUAGCACAAAAUAUCCAAACAUGUCGGCGUUUCUUUUGUCCGCUGUGACUUCGCUUCGCUCCGGAGCGGCUCUGCCGUGUCCCCUCUGACGGAAAAUCAUCAGCAGAUGGAUUAUUUACGAGUUUAAAGACUUUCUGCUUAUAAAAGUUUGUUCAAAUUUAAGAGGAAGGCUUUAAAAUGAAGUUUAGACGAUUAUAACAAAGGAUACCCAACUAUCAGACCACGUCAUUUAGUCUUUUCUGAAUAACUUUGAUUCUUGAUGUUCGUUUUUCAAACUUCCUGCUUUGUCUGAGCUCAGAUCUGACUUUAAACAGGAAGAUCAAAGUUUAAAAAAAGCUUUAAAACAUGUAAAAGAAUACACUUUUACUAUAAAUAAGGAAUUUGUACAAGAAAACUUCAAUAAAAGAGCACUCAAAUCAGGAGAACGAGCUUUAGAGUCAUCAAAUUAGAGCAAAUGGAUUAUUUUUAAAGAGAAAUGUCAGAAUAGAGUUAGAAAAGCUCCUUUUAAUUUUACUAAUUUAGUUAAAAACCACACAGGAAAAGUCUCAGGACUGAUUAUAGUUCAGGAUCAUUCUAGACAAAAGUGGAAAUGUGCAAAUUUAAUAUAGAAAAGAGAUUUAGAAGAAUAAAAAAGAAGCAAACAUGACAACAUGCAGAAAAGAAAGUCUAUGAAUUAGUCACUCAUCUUAAUGUGCAGAAUAAACCAAGAAAAAUAACUUAAAUUUUCACAAAACUGUCCAAGAAGGAGGAUUUAAAUCGGAUUUAUACUAAAACAGAGAAAUAAACGCUGCAGAGAUGUAAAUAAACAGCAAAAGAAAGUCUUUUAAACGUGUAAAAGAAGAAGUUUGUGAUGUGAGAGAGAGAGAGAGAGAGAGCGAGCGAGCCUCCUGUAGGUGUGAGAGAGAGAGAGAGAGACUCAGACCCGGAGAAAACCUUAAACUGCUGCAGACAGGAACAAUGGCAGACAAAAGGUCAGGACGAGAAUCCGCUACCGCUGGCCGUAGCCACAAGGCAGCGACCUCGCUUCCACCUUAAUGCCCUCCCACACACACACACACACACACACACACACCGAGUUAUACACUCCACUCCUGCUUCCCCAUCUCCCUCGCAGCCAUCCAGGUGAUCGGCUUGGCUCACAUUCAUGAGACAGGGAGCGAGCGUGAGCAGUUAUCGUCCAAUAGGGAGAAUGUCCUGGCUCAUUAUCGGCGUAGGAGGCCGAGCGUGUCACCUGGAGCUAAGCCUCGACACUCCACUAAAAAAAAGUCAGCCGGGGUUAGAGUGAGACCGUGAAUGUGGGUGUUAGUCAUUCCCCCCACAGCGAUCACCUCCACCGCUGGCCUGCCGAACACACACACACGUACACUCACACACACACACACAGCUCUCUCUCUUUCUCUCUCUGGCUCCCAGACCCGAGCAGGAAGGGCUUUUAGUGCAGCCUCCUCCUCCGGGGCACUGGACGACUACUCAGGGAGCGUUAAAUAAAUGUGAUUAUACUUGUUAGCAUUGUGAAAUGGUUUCUCCUCGGCAGUGCAGGUGUAACACGGAGGAGCUGUGAUUCAGAGGAGGAGAGGAGAAGUUGGAAAGGUGAAAACGGAGGAGAAAACUUUCCCCGUCUGUCAAUUUUAGUCUUCUGGCUCUGAUCGAUGAAGCUAUCGGAACAAAAACUACCACAGUCCUCUCUACCUUCACCGCCGGCUGCCAAUUAUUAAACAUUAAAUUCACUUUUCUGGAGACUUUUGAAGACUUUCUCUCAAAUUUAGAGACUGUUUCUCCAAAUUUAUCGGACAGGAAACCUCUGAAGUCUUCCUUCCUCUCCCCUCUGACUGAUUAAAACUGAACUUUGAGGAACUGUUACGAGAAAUUAGAACUCAAAUUAGCCGUCUUUACCGAGGGUUAGUUUAGUUUGAGCCCAUUAAAGUUACAGUAGAGGUUUUUCUGUUUUCUGUUGAGAGAGUUCUUUCUAGUUCUUGUCCAUAAAAUCCAAGAUCAUGCAAACAAAAACCUGCAAAAAUCAGAUUUGAAAGGAAAGGAAGUGUAGAUCAUUCGAGGUAUCUUUUGAUGAAUCACUUUGAGUCACCUUGUAACUUCUUCAGCUUCGUCAGGAUACUUGCACGCAACACGACCCCAAACAAUAAAAACAGCAGAAAGAAACGACCACGACCUUAAAAACAGCUCCAGUAAAUCAAAGAGUUUCUGCAAACACGAGCCGGAGCCGGCUUUAUUUGGUGGCCCGCACUUCCAGCUUGAAAGGAAUUCCAUGCAUACAUAAAGUUUUUGACCAACACUCGCGCCCGCCGCCAUCAUCAAAGGGACGAGUUGAUGGCGGCGUUUUCCUCUGAGUGACUUUAGAUUGUCUUUGAAUGCGGCGUGCGGUCAGACGACCGUUGUCAGAGUGACUUCUCCUUGUUUUUUCGCAGGAGUCGAUGAUGACUCCGAGUUUAAAGGCGUUGUUUUUUUUGAUCACUGCAGCCAUUUGUUCACUGUCAAACCUGACGCCUUGUAAAUAUAAUCAUUUUAGAUUUGGAGUUUGCUUCCCGGCACUAAAUUAAUCCGCCGUAUCUGCAGAAUACAACUGUCACAGCUGAAGUAUUGUUUUUUUUUUCUUAUCUUCAUCAAAGAAAUGAUUAGAUUUUAAUAAGACUUGCUCUCUCGGGCUGUCACCGCUGAUGCUCCUCGCCAUCCUAAUCAAUAUACAAUAUUCCCCUCGGCUCUGUACUUUUUGGCUGAGUGACAGAAUAAUGCCAGGCCUGUGAAAGGGUUAUGUCAGAUAGUUUAAAACCUGGUAUUAAACAAGAAUUGCGCUCUUACAUGUUGUCAUUUUAAUUAUCUGAGCGAGUCAAGUCAAAGAGGCUCCUUUUAUUUACCUUAAAUGGAGAGACAGCAAACAGGUAAAGCGGGAGUUUGUGAAACGUCAGGCGUAAUUGCUUUUGUCGUGGAUGACACUUAAGGUAAGAAAAGGAGCGGGAUUUGAGGAGUAAACAUUCUCUUCUCUUUGUCUUUCUCUCUCCUCAGCUGCACAAAAGGCUGAUUAAGAGUGAGGUUGGGAGAAGGGGGGCGAAAUAACUGCCUGCAAAAUAUUAGUAGGUUAGAAUUACUUUGUUGCGUGACACAAUACCAAUAGAUGCUUCAUGCUCGGAGAGGGAGAGGCACUUGUCAGCGGUGGCACCUAAACAAUGGCAGCUUUCUUGACGCUAAUGCUAAGCGUUUGUUCUUGACGAGCACCCCACUGUCAUUUUGCCUUCUUGGAGGUAUACGUUGAAUGUGGAGGAGACAGCUGAUUGCGUCUACUGUAGCUUUCAGAGACAACUUCAACGCCCCCGUGCUCGAAUCUGUUCAGAAACUUGGGAACAAGACGUCAGGAAACGGUGACAAAAAUAAAAAAUGUAAGCUCUCACUUCUCUUCCUCGAGGAUUUUCUCUCAAUCACGGCCCUCAAACUUUGCUGCAGUCCGACACAAUGCCGCAUUCCCUACGUGGGAGUCAGACCGGUGUGCGUUGCCGUGCAUUGGAUGUGUUGCCAAACAAAAAGAAGCUCCCUCGCUCCUUUUAUUGGGGAAGAAUGGGCCCUUUAAAACCUGUCCAGCCUUAGAUAAUUUCAUUCAGCCGGCCCCUGCUCCGCCGUCAUUGAAUCUGCAUCCAGAGAUCAGGUUCACAGCGACGGGUUGAUAGCUUCCCAAGCCUCUUGGCCUUUUGUUCUUGGCUGCCUCCCCCUCCUCUGGAAGUUGGGGGACACAGAGCUGAUGGGACACGGCUGAGAAAAGUUCAGAACCUCGGGGGCGACGGGGCACGGAGAGGUGAAUACCAAAACCGCGGUUUUGUUCUUUUGAAGGCUCGUCUGGUCCGGUCUGACGUUUGACAAACGUUUCAAUAAAUGUGGGGAGAAGGUAACGGAUCGGCCCCUUCAAAAUAAGAUUCAAAGGAGGUGGAUGAUUUAGUGAUAGGACUCUUAUUUUGAAUUGUCUUUGUUGAAGUUUUUAUUCAGUGAAAAGAUUGGGAGCAGCUUUAGGACUAACUGUGCCAAGUUGACUCUUAUUUUGAAGGGUUGAUGGAUUUCUUUAUUUUGAAAACCUAUGAGUGUUUUUUUUUUUUUUUUUUUUUUUUUCAGUCCAAAAAAUACAAUACAGAGGGUUACAAGGUUUACUGGAGCUAAAUUCUCACGUUUGACAAACUUUCCCCUUCAAAAUAAAACAGAACCUCAGAAUAACACAAAGAGAGGGUCGCCUUAAUGAAAGAUUUGUACCAUUUAGGAAUUUAUGUUUGACUUAUUUUGAAGGGUUGAAACCUUUGAGUAAUCUCAGAAUUUUUUUUCCAGUCCAAAAAAAUAAAUUAAGCAACCUUUACUUCAUUAUGUAGGAUGUUAGCGAUGUUUACUUGAGAUAAAUUCUCACUUUUGACAAACUUUCCCCUUCAAAGUAAGAUUCAAACAGAACCUCAAAUCAACACAAAGAAACGGUCGCCUUGUUGAAAGAUUUCUAUGAUCAAAAGGACUCUUAUUUUGAAGAGUCUUUUUAUUUAUAUUGAAAAGCUUUGCCUUGAACAGAAUUUAUUUACCAAAGUGUCAGAAUAAAUUGUGUUUUUUAAGAUUCUGGUCGACUCUUAUUUUGAAGGGCCACUUGGUUUGGCAAACUUUAAAGUUGGGUUUAGCAGGUUCGAGUGUUUUUUUUCCUCCUUUGAAGUAACCAUACAGACUUUGUCGCCCCUGUAGAUUAAUCCGAGGCGUUUGGAUGUUUUUCAGGUGGAAGCUCUCUCCCUUCAAAAUAAGAGCAGAAACCUUCAAAUAAAGACACAAAAUUAAUCCCACCAAGGUAUAUAUAUGUGCGGACCACCCAGCCUGCGCCCCUAACGUCUCUCUCAGGCCUCGGUUGCCUUUUUUGUCAUCUCCAAGGAGCAUUACUGAGUCUGAACUUGCCUAAACCCUUGUGAUCACACCUCUUGAAAAGGUUUUGUUUCCUCCGUCGAUUUGUAUUCGAGGCAGGUCACCGCACUCCCACCCUCCUCCUCCUCCUCCUCCUCCUGCCUGCCUGCCUGCCUCCCCCUCCUCCCCCUUUGAAAGCCCUGUUUUCAUUUUAAUUUGCACCUGUUGUGCAGUUGUUCGCUGAAGGCAAGUGCAGACCAGUCAAUCGUAGGGAGACGUGUUAGGAGGAGAUGUGGGGAGCUUAUCUUUUGAUAUGUAUAAUGUCCUCAGAAAUGUCAUGCAUGGACUUCAUCUGUUGAUUCUGGGAAAGUUCAGCCGCUAUAGAGACUCGGCCGGGGCAUAAAUCGCCAUAAUGGAGGUUGUUGUUUCUUACAGGGGGUCACAUUGUAAGGCGUUUAUGCAGGAAACAUUAAAAACGCCAUCUCCAAACCAUUAGGUUGGUUUUCACUAAAGACUUAUGAGCUCGCUGACGUUGUUUUUAUGACUCAGAAACAUAAAUCCAGUUAAAGCGCAUAAAAAAGCCUCCACCUCUUCCCUAUGGUGGCUCAAACUCCGGGGCCCUCCCAUGAUUGGCUCCCACCGCAGAACAUUCUUGAACGAGCUGCCAAUGAGGUGUGUCCCCGUGUGAUGCCAUGCGUCUGGCUUCGCCUGGCGCUCCAUCUGCGCCCCACCAAAGCGUCUUCUGAUGCCCCUUUCUGCCGCGAUUGACGUGGCGGUGGCGGCGGCGCGAACCUGAGGAUGGCGGUGACUAAUUUGCAGACGAGUCACCUUUGAUUGAGUUCACAGCCCGUAUUUACAGGGCGGCUAUUUUAAGAGAGGAGGCAUAUGUCUGGGACCUGAGUGUUGUGGAGACGGGCGGGCCCUGCUGAUGUUUCUGUGUGUGUGUGUGAGAGACAGUGUGUGUGUGUGUGUGUGUGCGCGCGCUCCAGGCCCUGUCAUGUCUCUAUAUGUUUGCGAACAUUUACAUUUACGUUCAUGGUUCAGCAGCGAUGUAAAUGGGAAGACAUCGGAGGGGUGAUGAAUAAUCUAAAUGACUAUAGGUUAAGCCUUUUGUAUGCACAGCAGCCACAUUUGUAAUAUCCUCCUCGCUGCUAUGCCGAGCAUCUCAAACGUGACGGCUAUGCUCCGAGCAGAGCCGUCCUGAAAGGUGCAGCUCGUUGGCAUCCCAGGCAUGUGUGCAGGACUGAAAAUUAGUGGCUAUUUUGGCUCGCAUCUCCUCGACAGCUGUCUGCCCACCGCUGCGGUGCAGUCACAGAUUCCAGGCUCGGAUGCUGUAAUUGGGGUGUAACCCACAAAAAAAAAAAGAAACGCCUACGCCUUGGAGCGAGCGCUGAUGUGGGGUGACCUUUUUAAUCUGGGAACAAACCUCCAUUUCCAAAAAAUCCCUUUUCAGCUUCAUUUCUCAUUCAUGUUUCGUCAGCGCGCUGACACUCUCACAGAGGUGGACGCCCACAUUCCUUCAUCACCAACCUUAGCGGCUGCCAGCGGCGUUGGCACCGAGCGAGCGCUGAAACAUGGAAAAGAUGAGGGAGAAUCGGGGAGAAUGUUUCACUCAAUACCUGAGUUUAAGGGUCGUUUCUGAUGAACUGACUCCGCCCCUUCCUGCCGUCUUAGGGCGUCUCGUACUGACCAGAUUUUUUCUCUUUGUGUCGCAGCUCUGAACUACGAGAAUGUGGUGGAGACGGGAUCAGAGACGGAGGAGGAGGACAAGCUGCCGGUGUCUGAGGAAGACCCCCUGAUCAACGGCACGGGAAGCCCCGCCAGCCUCACCAACCCGGAGGCCUCGCCGCGCGCCGAGAGCCACGGCCUGCUGACGAAGGAGGAGGAGGACGACGAGAUGCGGGACAGCGGCGUGGAGCACAUCUGGCCCGACAACGACAUGCUGAGUGCCUCGGUCGACGGUACUGGUGAGUGUCACGAAAUGGGGCGGGGCUUAAUCUCAGUGGUGGGCGGGGUUAAAAGAUCUGUGUUUGAUAUGAACCGUGAAAAAAAUGAGAGAAAGUUGGAGAGACGCUCUCAAAGAAAACGCCGCUUUAAUCUCCGUCAGCAGAUGUUCAGGGUUCAGGUGAGCUGUCAAUCAAAGUCUACAACCCCUAAGCUCACUUUGGUUACUCUAUAGCGAAUGUGUGCACAUCCUGCCACUCGCGGCGUCGUCUUACGCCCUAAACCCCACCCAUCUGGUGCCCGAGCAGACUUAAACAAACGCCGCCGAGCGUUUUGCAAACAGUGCUUGAGCCAGGUCUGACGCUGGAGCCCCGGCGCUGCUCCCUCGGCAGACAGACGCGAUAAACAGUUUCUUUGUGAGCGACAGAGACCAUUUGGUUCACGCUUAGAGAAAAGACCCGCUCUGAGCCAAACAACGAAAAAUAUUUACAGUAAUGUAUAACCUCGCAAAACACGGCGGCGAGCUGCAGGAAAUGAAAAGCAAAGGGAGGCGAGGCGUUCUCCAGAGUCUGCAGGAUGUGACUCUUUUACUCGGAGCGUAUCGACGCGCUCGUGAAAACCUCCAGCGGCGCCUGAUGCCGUGUACGACCUCCUCCCUAACAAGCUGCUUAAUCCGGAGCAGGUGACGCCCCAAACUUGACUGACUGAUGGCCUUUUUUGUGCGGGAGCGAGCGGGAUCGCAGGGGCCCACAGUCACGGAUGCUUGAAAGAUAAAUACUUUUAAUUAGGGGGCAGGGGUAUAAUCAUUAAAGGAAGCCAGACUGCUGCAAAAAAGUCAUUAACAAUCUUAAAUGAAAUUUUUAUUUUUAUGAUAGCCAUUUACAUGUAUAAUAAGAGUCAAUGAUUCUUGGAAGCAUGUGACAGGAACAGAGUAUGGCGAGAAGUCAUGUAAGACAGCCAAUUUAAAUGAGCCGGGCUUCGCUAUUCAUUUCUGCUAAUGAACUAGCUGUGCACGGCGCCGAAAAACGGGGAACAUUCAGCAGUCUUAAAUUUUAAUACAGGGGAAAAUUGCACAUUUAUUAGAGGAGGGGAAAAAAAGUUUGAGGGGAUCAACAUUUGCCUAAAUAACGGCUCCUGAAGAGGGGGGGGGGGAGAAAGAGGCUUUGGUAAAUAAAUCAAGAUAAAGGAUAAACAAGCUGUCGUUGCAUACGGUAAUUGUUUAUUUGAUAAAGACCUGCGGUGCCAUAAUGUCUGUAAUUCAACUAUGUUGCAAUCCCCAGAUAAUAUGCUUCUGGUGUGAUAAAGCGGCUGACAUAUUUCGGAGAGCAAGUCAAGUUCAUUAGAGCGUUUGGGAGUCUCUUUCCCAAUCUUGCGGGUGCUGUGUUUCCCAGCCUGUUUUUUUUUUUCUUCCUCUCGGUGCCUAAGUGUCUGCAGUGAUACCUCAGCACAUAACUGAGGCCUGAGAUAAGUUCGCACCCCUCCUGCCCCUCCCCUCCUUCCUCCUCCUCGGACUGAUCCGAGUCGUCACUCCCCUAUCAGGAGUUUUUACACACAUUGAAGAAGUGUUGGAGGGUUUUUAAUCGUCUCAAACUCGAGUUGAAGUUUAUCAGCGAGCGUCUUCUGAUUUCAGGGCACAAUCAGAGUCUUGUGUCUGGCGUUGUCCUUGACAUUCCCUCGUCCCACGUCGAGGCUGGACGCGAUGUGCUGGAAAGCAUGACAUCAUUAUCACUGACAGACAUUUUCAAAUAAAUCACCUGCGCUCUCCCUUCGCCCUCCUCCUCCAAAAAAAAGAGAAAAUCCCCGUUUUAUUUCCGUGUUUCUGAGACACAUGAUUCUCCAAUAAACCGUCCUCUUUUAGGACACUUCCUGCCAAAUCUGGCUGCUUCUCAUCAAACAGUGGUUCUUGUUUUCUUCACACAUUUAUCAAGUUUUGGAGUUGCUCGUUUAAACACCUACUGCAUCCAGGAGUUUCCCAUGUUUUUCACUCGGUGCAGAUGUUUCCAGCCCUGCCAAGAAUCAAAUCCAGAGGAAAACAGUGUAGUCUUUGGCUGCGAGGGGCUCGAAUUUGAGGGAACAUUGACACUAAAUAUCAGCUAUUUACCACAACAGAGGAAAAUAUCAGAUUUGACAUCAAAACGGCUUUUAAUCAAACGUCUUACAGCUGAGAUUGAGGAUAAAGGAGCAGAAACGGACACAAAGGCAGGACUUUAAAGCGAGUGCGGUGAGCGGCCGUAAAAAUAGGAAUGUUUUCAAAAUAAACAGCAUCAGAGCCGCUAUGAAAAUACGAGGAAUUCUGGUCCAGACCGAGGUAUUCUGGACUCAGGAGGAGUCCAGACCGGGCUCUGAAAACCUCAACGCACCGUCUCUCUCUCUCUUUUUUUGUCGGAGGAGGUGUGUACCUUACCGCCUCAGGUCCUCUGAGAUUUACUGCAGACAAAACACAUUUAUGGACACGUUCAGCCUGAAAUAGGUGAGACAGAGGGAGUAUUUCUUUUUGUUAAAUUUGAGCUCCUCAAACCCUCAAAGUGUUAAAAUCUGAACACAAACCAACUCAGCGUCCGUUUCACCUCCUCAGGUUUGGUUCAUUUAACUCAAAAUUAACCCCAAUAUUGAUCUAAAAUUCAGUUUUUAUGUUUCAGACAUGUAGAUUAUUACGUCUGUGUGCUUUCGUCGCAGUAAAUAUGUUGAUAUUUGUGGCGCAGUGACAGCAGAGGAAAUAAAAACCUCAGUUUGUCUUUUUCGUCUGUGGUUAAGAUCUUUCCAAGGACUCGUGCACGUGAAGGAAGGCCUCAGCUGUUUUGCAGAGAAAACACACUUUUGCAGAAAUCUGUGCACAAAUAAAUCACUUUUUUUUUUUUUGCAUUUUCCAUUUUCUUUAAAUAUCAAAUCUGUGCAGAGAGGACGCUCUGCAGGAACACUCGGGAUGGUUUUCAGCCACAGGACCUCAGCACAGAGGUGUUCGUGGUAUUAGCCUACCUCCUACUGGAGGCCGGCGUCCCUCCCUCCCUCCCCUCCUCCCUCCCUCCCUCCCUCACUCCCUCCCCUCAGACCACAGAUAACAAAAGUUCUCCAAGGUAAAUAGGGGAGAGUGGAGGGCCAGUAAAUCCCACCGGUCAUCCCCCUUUGCGUCAGACCAAAAGUAUGCAGCCAAAUUUGAUUACCCAAAGCAAACACGGUGCCUACGAGGACACGGAAAUGUGAGUCAGUUCUGCUGAUAUCUGAUACUUGUGGGUAUAUUUUAAUCUGCGGCUCGACUUUUCUGAAUCUGUUUUGUUUUGUCGUAAUUUAUGUCGUUUCAAACCCGAUUCUCAUGCUGCGACUGCGGUUCUGAUGCUGUUUGGCAGACGUGCAAUCAAAUGUACAGUUAGGGUAAGAAAAAAAUCCAAGCCAGGGGAAAGUUAAACUAGGACAGAGGAGUCUGUCAUUAUUCUCUGAACCAUCGACAGCGGUAUUUAUCAUUUCACCACAGAAGAGGAAUCUUUAAUUUCGUGAAAACCCUGAAUUACGAGCCCUGGAAAAGCAUUCCUCGCCUAUUAAAGCCAUUGUGUUGGAGUAAAAAUAAAGAAGUGUUUGUCUUCUGGCUUUUGUGCAGCCGAAUGUAAGCAGGAUAGCUUUAUUAUCAACAGUACACCCACCACCUUUCCUGUAGUAUCACAGCCAGGUCUCUAAUGCAUCCUGGUCGCACAGUCAUCGCAGAAACAGAUACGUCAGAAAAAAAAGGAAAAUCUUCACAAUGAAACACUUGUAGUGGAGGCGCAGUGAUGCAAACAACGCGGCUCUUUCGAGUAAAAACGCCUCGUCUUCUCGGAAACACCUUGAUUUAAUUUUUACCGUCGACGCAGGAAGGAGGGCCGGGCCGCGGCGCUCCUUAAGCAGAUUGUCCGGUCGGUGUCCUCCUGUCGACCGUGGAGGGAUUAAUUUGUCAGGAGAGGGUUUGUUUAUGAGCCUGUCACUCCAGCAGCUUGUUUACAGCCUCCUCACCUGUGCCAGGACUAUAUCUGCCCGUCUGCACAGACCCGGGGCCAUUAUCCUGAUGGGCAGCUCCAGGCCGCUCUGUUUGAACCACAGAGUUAAAUAUUUCCACAGACAGACUUUCUCUCAACAAACAGGACAAGAUUUUUUCAACUUAAUCCUGAAAUUUUGAUUUCUUGACGUUCAAAUUGGUGAUUCCAACAACAAUCGUGUCUGAAUAAGCUCUGUAUUCAAAGACUCGAUUAUUAGAUGUGACUAAAAAUGAUCAGAUCCUGUCUGAGAUCGUCAACAUGAUGUUUCUGCAGAGCUGGAAGCUGCAGAAUCAGGACUGCAAACCUAGGACUGCACCUGUCAGGCUCCUUGGUGAUCCUUCAAACACAAAGAUGUAAAAACCUCAGAGGAUUCCUGCUUUUACCUUCAACUUUCUUUGACGUAUUCUGCAGGAAAACAAAAACUCUGCGUCUCCACCUUCCCGGGGUCAAACCGAAUCAGCGCCUCUUCGUUCGUGAUGGAGGAUCGGUGUUUUUAAAGCGAGCGGCGAGGCGCCGACUCUCUGCGGUGAAUAAAAAAAGUGUGCACACAAUACUCCUCGGAUAAAAAGCAUCCACCAAAUGACAUAUGAUAAAAACAAGCGUGAUGCUGCAUGCAGAGGAUUGCAGCGGCGUCACAGCCGGGGAGUAAUAAGCUCAGGCGGCGUGUUGGCUGGAGCUCUAUGAUUGCUCAGGUGGAUGUGCUCCGUGUUGUAUUUAAUCACUCUGUUUGGCGAUUGAAGCUUUCUCCGCCUCCCCCGCCGCUUGUUGUCAUGUUAAAGGUAAAUAAGUCACUGUCUGGCCCGGAUGAUAGCAUUCAUUACGCGUGCCGAACAAAGCGGCGGCGCGCUGCGAUGCACAGCGGUGCCUUUAUUGCUUUCUCCGUACCUGCUUCUUAAAGGCCUCAUUGUCAGCGUUUGUUGGUUUGGAUUGUACGCUGAGGUACUCACCCCUCCUUUUUCUCCCCCGUCCCCUCUCUUUUCUCUCCCUCUCCCCCUCUGCAGAUGAAAUAAAAGAUGAUUUCGACACCCUGGGGCCUGAUGCCACGAUGCAGGCAGUUGGAAACGGUACAGGUGAGUCGACUGAGUGUGUUUUUGUUCUUCCUCGCCGUUUAUUCGACGUUCAUCCGUUCAAACCUCACGCUGUUAAGAAAUCUUCACCGUUUAUUUGAGUUUGUUGACCCUAAAUGAGAAGGUUUACCCUCAUGAUUUAACCUCCUGAAGUCGUUUUUUUUAAAGGUGAUGAAAUUUUUUAGUGUUUUUAAAUUUAAGAAUGAUUUUACGUAGACUGAUUUUAUUUUACUGCGAGUCUUUAAAGUGAUUUAUUUAUUGUAGAUGCACUUGAAUCCAGGAUGAAUCUAUCGUAUCAUAUCGGGCUCAAAAUUGGCGCUCAGCUCCUGAAGACUCCCAUCAUGAAAAUAACCUCUGAUCAGGCGUUAACGGGAACAUUAUGGCGCUGACUCAGUGACCAGCAAAGACAGAUCUCUCUAAGUUCACACUGAAGCUGAAGCUGAAGUGACUCUCCGGACUCUCCGUCUGUGUUUGGGUCCAGUUCUCCACUCCUGGUGGAGUUCAACCCUACCUGCCAUUUUCCAUUAGGCCACCAGAGCUUUACGCAGCCACACACACACUCACACACACACUCACACACCCCUCCCCGCCAUGACAUCAUCCUGGCCACCCUGACAACUGGCCCUGGUAAACCAAACGCACCCCACAGAACGCCACGCACUCCGAAACCCUCCUUCAGAUUUCAUUUCACUCCGUUUGUCGCCCUGUUUUCUUCUUCUUCUUCUUCUUCUUCUUCUUCUUCUUCUUCUUCUUCUGUUGUACUUCCAGCUUCUUCUUUCUCCAUUUUCGGAGUGCGGAGCGCUCAAAGGAGUUUUGGAAACAAUACCGUGGCACCGCUGUCGAAGCUCCCCGCCACCAGAUCACAUGUGAUUUCGUUUAGAGACAUGAGCAGUUUGAUCACGUCCCCGGUGCCAAAGCACACUUUGAUCCAGGUGAUUUCCUCCUGCACUGGAACCAAAGUCUCUGUCGUUUUUCUCUUAAAGAAACAUUUUGAUUCUCAUGCAGAACGACUCCAACAUUUUCUGCAGCUAAGAGACGAAGAAGACGAGGAGGACUGUAACGGAGAAUAAGACUCUUAAAGCAUGAAGAGUCAGACUGAUAAAAUAACAGUGUUUAUGCAGGUUAAAACAUGAACUCCUGCGUCUUCGUCAAUCAUCAGUCAGACUUUAAUAGCUGCUUAAAAACGCCAUCAUUCAGCGGCUAACAAUUAGCUUAGCAUGUUUUCAAAACGCCACAAAGACUCACCUAAUGAGAGCGCCGGAUAUUAUCAAAAGACAUCCAUUGGCACCCAUGACAUUUGGGUGCCAUUUUUGACAACCGAAUAUCUACUACCUUGACCUUUCGCAAAUUGGACCGCAAAGUCAUCACGGGCGAACAAAUCGCUCUUUAAACCUCACCUUGGCUCGCCGUCUAAAAGCCUAAUUAACAGGGGAAGGAGUCAGAGGAGACGUCACCGUGUUUUUGGUUUUUUUUUUGCAGAGUUUCUGCAGGUUGCAAACAGUGUGAGUGUGUUUUUGUGUUAAUAUGUGUGUGUUGUGUAAGUCGGCCAUCCCCUUGACUAAUGAAGCCUGCUGAUUUCUUUUAGCUCCGGUUUGUUUUUGGAGGCAGCUAUCUCCACGCUGCAGCUUAAAGAGUUUCCCCCGAAGAGAAGGGACUGGGAAAUAAUUUGAGAAAACGCAUUGUGUGGCCUCAGCACUUUGGCUGGCUUAAGAUCCAUUCUGCUCCCCGUUUUCUCUCUUUUUCUGCGCCCGUUUGUGGUUUGGCCUCGGUAAUCUGUUCAACACAGAAUCAACAAAAGCCACAGUCUCUUGAUUGACCUUAUAUGUGAAAGUCGAUCCGCAGAAACGUGGCUCUGCUGCUGAUUAACCCCGGCUCGCGUAUGUACGCUCCUAAAUGUUUCCUUUUUUAUUUCACAGCCUUAAAGCCAAAAUCUGAUUUUAUGUCAUGACUCAAUUGGGUCAGCGAAGUUUCUCUGCAGCUCGUGGUAGCGCCUUUAUCUCUGACUUUUGGCCGGAUUAAGUUACGAUUCUUAUUUUAGGCGGCAUGGCGUGACAAGCAAACCCGGUAAUUUAGAUGUAUCCUCCCUAAAGCACGGCUGUAAUGUUUUAGGGUGGCUGUCCUCAUCGCAUUUCCACCAAUAUCCUCCUGUAAGACAUUUCUCAGGGGGAAACAAGAAUCCAAUUUCUCCCUCCUCCUCCUCCUCUUCCUCCUUCUUCACCGCCGUCCUCUCUCUGCCUCUCUUCCUCAGUCAAGAGCGUCGAUUGCACUUCAGAGUUCGAGGAUUUCUUCGCCAAACGGAAGCUGGAUGACGCCGACAGUCACGUGGUGAGCAUCGCCGAGUACCUGCAGAGGGGAGACACCGCCAUCAUUUACCCAGAAGCCCCGGAGGAGCUGUCCCGCCUGGGCACGCCGGAGGCAACCGGCCCGGAGGAGAACGGUGAGGACUCGGUCUGGGGUUCGUGUCUGGGGUCAAAGGUGACAGGUUUUAUGUGAGAGUAAAAAAAGAGGAAUUACAGACGAACUUUAAAAGCUUUUAGCUCAAUUCAACUAAAAUUAUUCCAACUGUAAACUUAAUUAGAUUAAUUUAUCCUCCCAAAUUUCCUCUCAUACGUCUGCUUGUCUCAAAGGAGAGUCGAGUUAAAUUAAAACUGUGUCGAAUUAAAAGCUUUUAAAAUAAGCAGAUUAAGUUUAUUUUAAUAAAACAAAAAAGAGUAAAAAGUUAGACUUCUGUACUUUUUAAAUACAGACCUUAAAUAACUUAAGAAAACAGCCCCAGGGUUUUUCCAAAGAGUUAGCUUAUUUUAGCUAGCAUGAAUGAGAAGUCAUGAGUUAGCGUGUUUUAGGUCUUAAAGCAGUAGAAGCUUUUAAAAUAAACCAAUGAAGUUAUUAUUAAUAACACAAAGAAGGCCAAAGAUUAGACUUCAGUACUUUUUAAACACAGACCUAAAAUAACUCCAGAACACAGCCCCUGGGUUUUUCCUAAAGAGUUUACUUAUUUUAGCUAGCAUGAAUCAGAGGGUACGAGUCAGCUGUUUUUAGGUCCUAAAGCAGUAAAAGCUUUUAAAUAAAGUUAUUUUCAAUAACCCAAAUAGGUGUAAAAAGUCAACUUGAGUACUUUUUAAAUACUGACCUGAAUGAGCGAACAAACCUUCAAGAAAACAACCCCAGCGUUUUUUGAAACAGUUAGCUUAUUUAAGCUAGCAUGAAUCAGAAGUUACGAGUCAGCAUGUUUUAGGUCUUAACGCAGUAAAAUCUUUUUCAGUCCACAUUUGUUCCUUUUGGCUGAAUCUUUUAUUCCAGACUCACUAAAGUGUAAAGACAGUCUGUGAUUUGAUGCUAGAAUGCUUUAAAACACUUAUACUCCUAAAAUUACGUACUAUUGCUUUAAUUUUGAGGUUUAAACCGGACGUUUUCUCGGCCUCAUGUCGGAGCCUCGUCGCUCAGCUCAGCUUAGACAAAAAAAAAAAGGAGUCUGGACAGAGCAGCAGCUCUUCCCGCUGACACGGCCAGGCAGCUGUUGGUCCCACAGAUUCACCGGAUGCCUUGGUGUUUACCUACAGUCUUAAGCAACAGCUGGGCAGGGGCUUGAAAUCAGAUAGUGCACCUCUAGAGCUCCCAGGAGGGGGAGAAACGGGGCUGAGGGGGCUGAAAAAAGGGACGGGGUUUACGAGACCAGGACUGUGUGGUGGUAGAGAGUCCGUUUAGGUGGUUCUGAUCCGGUUUUUAAAUCGUGUGUGACUCUGUCAAGAAAAGAGAGCAGCCCAGUGUGUGUGUGUGUGUGAGUGUGUGUGUGAGUGUGUGUGAGUGAGAGGGGGGAGAACAUGUGUGUGUCAGAGGAGUCGGGAGGAGGUCGGAGAGCAGUGGAUGCCAGGCUGACACUGCUGCUCUCAUGUGGAGCAGAUUGCAGAGAUAACUCCCAUACCACUCCUGGGCAGCCCGCCCGUUAGCUGCCAUUGAUUCGCUGACCUUUUGGCCCGCUUUCCCUUCCCCUUCCCCUUCCCCUCUUCCUCCUCCUUCCUCCCCCCUCCUCCUCCUCCUCCUCCCGCUGUCUCCCGUGCAGACCUGCCACCUGGAACGCCAGAUGCCUUCGCCCAACUGUUGACCUGCCCCUACUGCGACCGGGGCUACAAGCGUUUGACAUCGCUGAAGGAGCACAUCAAGUACCGCCAUGAGAAGAACGAGGAGAACUUCGCCUGCCCCCUGUGCAACUACACGUUUGCUUACCGCACUCAGCUUGAGCGGCAUAUGGCCACACACAAGCCUGCGAGGGAUCAGGUUAGAGGGAUUUUUCAUUUCUCCUCCUCUUCCUCCUCCUCUCUCUGUCUGUCCCCUAUUUCUCUUCUAAUGUCCCUCCGAGAAGGGAGAUCAUUUUUUCUGAUUGGCAAUCAUUAUUAAUUUUUCAUGGCAUUUUGAAGAUGCAGAUCCUUUAAUGGUAAUAACUUUAAUUGAGGGACUAAAUGGUUUUUUGAUGGCCCUCCCUGAUAUGAUUUUCCAGUCGCGUGUUCACGAUCGAAUGAUUGUGUGAAUUUCCAAUUUGGAAAUUUUUAUCAGCUCCUUAACUUCACUUCACUUCCUGGCCUUUAAUGUUCUUCGGGUGCAGCCUGCAGUCGUAGCACUCCAUCAAACCGCCCCUCCCUCCCUCCGCCCGGCCUCCCCCACUUCUAAUUUCAUGCACUGCAUAAACAUCUGUGUAUACUUGAAUUUUCUCAAGCGAUUUAUACGCCUAUACGUCUGAAAUAUAAUGUGAAUCCGCUGGCAGUUAGCAUGAAUCACCUUAAAGUCCUGUGAGGUGAAAACACAUCCAGCAGUCACGGGCGUUUAACUCGCCUGUCAGCUUUAAGCUGAAGAUGUGCGGCGAGAUAGAUAGUGGCAAAAAAAAAAAAAAAUAAACUGCACGCUUUUGAGUUUGGGCACAUCGGGGGAUAAUUAUAACUUCUCAGUGAAGUCAAAUGAGAGCAGUAAAUAUUAAAGGAGACUGUUUCUGAGCUGGAAGGAGGAGGGUUAUUAGUGAAGAGUUUGUUUUUAUUAAACACUUUUAAGCCUCGAAUGCGUCUCUAAAUGCAGCUUUUCUGGGUUACAUUCACUCUGACGGGUAAAUUAGGAAACUUUUUCAGCUUUUUUAUCACUUAGAGUUUCUCUUUUAAGUAACUUUCAGACAAAAUGAGCUCAGAAACAUCUUUACCCUUAAAUAUGUGACAGUACAGAGCAGGUAUAUCCUUAAAAAUCCUUCAUUUUCACUGCUCUUAUUUUAAUUUUUAUUAUUUCCGAUGAUUUAAAAGGAGAAAAAAUUGUUUAUUUUUAAUCAUUUUUAAAUUUUCACUCUUAAUAAUAAUUUUUUCUCACUAGUUUUAUUUUUGCUGCUUGAAUUUUAACGUUAAUUCAACAGUUUGUCCUCAUGUUUGAAGGGAGGGGCUCUCUGUGUUUUGAAGGCGGGUUAUUAGUGAAGAGUUUGUUUUUACUGCGUCUCUAAAUGCAGCUUUUCUGGGUUACAUUCACUCUGACGGGCAAAUUAAGCAACUUUUUCUGCGUUUUUAUCUCUUAGAGUUUCUUUUUUAAAUACCUUUCAGACAAAAUGAGCUCUAAAACAUCUUUACCCUUAAAUAAAUGACGGUACAGAGCAGAUAUAUCAGACAGAUAUUGAACAAAUUAUCAUUAUUUUUAUUUCUAAUGAUUAAAAAGGGGAAAGAAUUUGUUUAUUUUUAAUUGUUUUUGUAUUUUAACCUUUUAAUAAUAAUUUCGUUCACUAGUUUUGUCUUUGCGGCUUGAAUUUUGACGUUAAUUCAACAUUUUGUCCUCAUGUUAGUCCUCAUGUUUAAAGGGACGGGCUCUUAAUCAGAAUCAUAAAUUUAAAAUUCAGCGCGUUUUAAUUUUAAGUUUAAAAUCGUCUCUUUUUAUUGUGUUUCCUCUUUAAACAGAGAGAAAGUGAAUUGUCCUCAUGUCAUAAAGCCCCCGUGAUAACAUACAGUAAGAAACCGUCCAAUCACAGCUGCUCUCUCGCUCCCCUGCUGCUCGCCGGCGCUCACUCUCAGGUCGUGGCGGUGGCGUGGGGCCCUCUGAAGCGAACACGGCGGGCUCAGACUGUGGCUGAUUUGAUCAGAUGUCAGCAGCCAGCACUUUCACCUGAUCUACCAGCUGGGUGUAAACGUGAGCAGAUGGGCCGACCGUCCCAAUCCUCAUAUUACAAUGCUGCCGCCGCCGCCGCUCCCCUCCAGAGCCACAGUCAAUGGCCAAAGACUCCUAUUCAGGCUGCACGCCGCCCUCCACAAAGCCGGUUAUCUUGAUUUGUAAAUUAGCUGGAUUGCUUAAGUGGUAAUCCUCCAGAUGAGAUGGAGUUGAUGUCUCAUUUAGUUACCUUUUCUAUAGUUGUGCGGCUUCUCUUCUUCUUCUUUAUUAUUCCAGUAAACGCACAAACACGGUCCUCCGCCUCACUAAGAGGGAAGGAGGUGAGGAGGUUUACUAAGAAAGUGAAAAUAAAAACAGGAAAAGUGAUCUCUCUCCCUUUUCUUCCUAAAAUCUAUUCCCCCUCACUUUCUUCAUGCUUCAUACUGCUUAAAUCAUCCUCUGCAUGUGUUAUUCUGCCACCUUUUUAAAUCACAGGCUGUUUUAAUCAUGAGAAAUAACAAAAAAAUCAAUAUUUCCCUGAAAAUGCAUUAAAUAAGAAGCUGGUUCUGAAUAUUUGAGAGGUAGAAAUCGCUGAUAUUUGUGUCCAAAUGUUUGAAAAAGCUCCAGUCGAGUAAAAAAAAACCCUGAAGGUGAAUUCAGACCCUCUUUUUUUUUCCCACCUCUGCAGAUAUGUCACUUCCUGGUUGUAUGUUUAGCAAUUAGCAGCUAACUCUGGAGUAAUCAGAUUAACAUAAAGAAUAAUGUCCUGGAUAGGUAAACAUGUGCUCUGCUGCUCUGUCUCCUAUGUUUACAAGCUUUAAUACUCCUCCUCCUCUUAAGCAAUUAGCUGAAAUAUGACUAAUUAGAGGUUAUACAUAUGCAAACAUGCAGUCAGGUCCCCGCCCACAACCAGCAGCAGCGGUGGCGUUCACACCGACAGCGAGCUAUGGAGGAGAGCGUUCUGCCGGUGCCAUUCACAAUUGCCUUAUUAGCGGCAGUGGCGAGACUUAACUUUACCGGGCAGGGGUCCUCGGGGGGAAGUUAUGGGAUGGAGGUGGAGGUACGGGGGGGUGGGGGCGGGGGCCGAAGCAGCUGUUGCUGUUUGUUUAUGCAACUCAGCAACAUACGAGCGGUGGGGUCCCUCUCCGGCGCUUGGCUGGGCCCCCUGAAUCUCCCCGCUUGAUCUUUGAAGGUUGGGGCUGUUUGAACAAUUCCUCCCAGUCCUCCCAGUGUCCUGCGCGCCACCAUCUGUCUCCCCAGGAAUGUGGGUAGAGUCAGCACACACCCCAGCAUUUGUCAAGGCUGAACUGGGAGGAGGGGGUGUGUUUUUUUUCUUCUUCUUCUUCUUCCCCCCCGGCGAGCCACAGAAAACGUGUCUUUUUUUUAUUUACUAACCGUUUAACGUCCUCAACUCCCACUUGGACUUAAUUGUGUCACGAGUGAUGCUCCAGGUUCGCGGCGGCGUUGUUGUUGUUGUUGUUGUUUUUGUUGUGGGUAUUAUUUUUAGACGUUUUUUUCUUCCUUUUUUGCGGCACAGGCCUCGUUUGAAUUGCAAAUUCGAUGGAUUGCAACUGAUGUUUACCUUUGAACAGAGAAUCAAGGCCGGGACGGCGUGCUCUGUUCUGUAUCCUGAGAUUAUUAAAGAGACAUUUGAGGCGCUAAAAAAAGAGCCAAUUACUCCAAGACAUUUGAAAGUGUUGUUGAAAGACGCCGUACAAAGUGCGGUUCAGAUGGAGCGAGCGCAGGUAUGCGGCGCUCACUCUGAAUACCUUUCAGACUGAUUAGGCCCAAAUUAAUGAAAAGCAGAUCCAAUCGGAGCUUCUAAUGAAGGGGAAACGCUCUCAAAAAAGCCUUCUUCAUUUAUUCUAUUUUCUGGGCUGCCAAAUUCUAAAGGCAGCCCUCCUUUGGCUGAGCAGCCAGGAAAUUAAAAGGUAUGUGAUUCUCUGUGUUAUCGCCGCCGCCGCCGCCGCCGCUGCUGCUGCCCGGAGUCCUUCCACGGAGGUGGGAGUAGAAAGCCAAGAUGCUUCGUUUGGCGACUGGAGCCGUUUUGUUGCUUGUUGUCAUGCCGACUGAUUGUGAUUAUUUACUGAACUCUUCCCCCCUCCAUGUUUGUGCAGUUCUCCUUUUUUUCAACCUCUCCUCUUUCUUUCUUUCUUUCUCUCCCGCAGCACCAACUGCUCAACCAAGCAGCCGGCAACCGCAAGUUCAAAUGCAACGAGUGUGGCAAGGCCUUCAAAUACAAGCACCAUCUGAAGGAACACCUCCGGAUUCAUAGCGGUGAGUCGCGGGAGGAGCGCCGCGCCGCUCUGUGAAUAUUCAUAACUGAGAUUGAAGAAGUCUGUGAAUGUGCAGAAAUUCCUGCUGGUUUAUUUUGGACCCUCCCUGCUGUCGAUGGACGCUCGACUCUGCCGCAUUUAAAACCGCUGCAGCUGCCAACUCCAAUAUUUACUCAGGAACGAGUGUGUGUGUGUGAAAAAUAAUUUCACUUAUUAGCUGAUUUGUGAGGAAUGACGUCCGUUCAUCAACAAUAAAGCAAAAAAAACACCAAGGCAAAGGGCGAAUUUCACAAAAAAAAAUUAAGAAAGAAAACCUGAGAAAGAAAACUAAAUAAAAACAGGAAGUUACGGAUAAAACUGUAAAAUAAAAGGGUUGUUUACGGAAGUGAAGUGUGGCGCCGUAUGAUGGCGUCCUCGUUUUGGGAUCUGUAAAUAUCUAACGCCGUACAUUUUCUCUUCCAGGUGAGAAACCCUACGAGUGCCCCAACUGCAAGAAGCGCUUCUCCCACUCGGGCUCCUACAGCUCCCACAUCAGCAGCAAAAAGUGCAUCGGCCUCAUCGCCGUCAACGGGCGGAUGCGCGGCAACAUGAAGACCGGCUCCUCGCCCACCUCCGCCUCCUCCUCGCCCACCAACACCGCCAUCACCCAGCUGCGGCAGAAGCUGGAGAACGGCAAACCGCUGGGCCUCCCCGACCACAACAACCACCUGAACAUCAAGACGGAGCCACUGGACUUCAACGACUACAAGCUGAUGAUGGCGUCCCACGCGUUCGGCGCUCCCGGGCCGUUCAUGAACGGAGGCAUGGGCGGGAACAGCCCGCUGGGGGUCCACCACAACUCCACCGGUCAGAGCCCCCUGCAGCACCUGGGGAUCGCGGGGCUGGAGUCCCAGCUCCUGUGCUACCCGGGUCCUCUGGGGAACAACCUGAGCGAGGUGCAGAAGGUCCUCCAGAUCGUGGACAACACUGUGUGCCGGCAGAAAAUGGACUGCAAGCCCGAGGAGCUGUCGAAGCUCAAAGCUUACAUGAAGGAGCUGGGGAAUCAGGUGGAGGAGCACAAACAGGGGCUGACACAAGCGGGACAGAUCGGCCUUCCUCUCGUCAAUCACAACGGCGCCACCAAAAGCAUCAUCGACUACACGUUAGAGAAGGUGAACGAAGCCAAAGCCUGCCUCCAGAGCUUGACCACGGACUCAAAGAGACAGAUUAGCAAUAUCAAACGAGAGAAGCCCAACCACAUGCUCGACGGAGGUGUGGAGGAGAAGGUGCCGGAUAAUAACAUGUUUACACCGUACGCUUGCCAAUAUUGCAAAGAGACGUUCCCGGGGCCGAUCCCUUUGCAUCAGCACGAACGCUACCUGUGCAAAAUGAACGAGGAGAUCAAAGCCGUGCUGCAGCCCAGUGAGAAUCUGAUGCCCAACAAAGCGGCGAUGUUCAUAGAGAAGAACUCCCACUUAGCCUCCUCCAUGUUGUCAGAGAAGGGACUCACAGGGCCCAUGAACCCCUACAGGGACCACAUGUCCGUUUUAAAGGCCUACUUCGCCAUGAACAUGGAGCCCAACUCAGAGGAGCUGCUCAAGAUUUCCAUAGCGGUCGGACUUCCUCAGGAAUUCGUCAAGGAGUGGUUCGAGCAGCGGAAGAUGUACCAGUUCGGCUCCAACAGAACCCCUCCGCUGGAGCACAGGAACAGCAUGGAUAUGGUUGUCGGAACAAAUAACCACCACACUCCACCAAAAGACUCUAUGGCAGCUAGGUCACCUGUGUCUCUACUCAAACCCUCCGACCGCAUCACCUCCCCCUCCAUCGCAGAGCUCCACAACAACGUCAACAACUGUGACAACGCGCUCAGACAACAUUUGAAAAACCACCAGUACGGCGGCGGCGGCGCCAAAGCCCAAGGCGAAAAGUUGGACCACUCCCGCAGCAACACGCCCUCCCCGCUCAACCUGUCGUCCACCUCCUCCAAAAACUCCCACAGCAGCUCCUACACUCCAAACAGCCUGACUUCAGAGGACCUGCAGGCCGAGCCGCUCGACCUGUCUCUGCCCAGACUCAUGAAGGAACCCAAGCACGCACUGACUGUGAAGAGCCGGCCCAAAGUCAACAGCAUCAGCAUCGGGGACCACAACAACGUCCCGUCCCCAAGAGAGCACUUCGAAGAGCCGCUGAACCUGGCCUAUCUCAAGAAGGACUUCUCAGGCUCGACCAACAACGGGAACCUUGAAAAAAGCACUAGCCCCAUCUUCGGCAUUAACCCGUUUGCCGCCAAACCCCUGUACACCUCACUUCCACCUCAGAGCGCUUUCCCGCCUGCCACAUUCAUGCCUCCGAUGCAGGCCAGCAUACCGGGUCUCAGGCCCUACCCGGGCAUGGAUCAAAUGGGCUUCCUACCACACAUGGCCUACACUUACGCGGCAGGGGCGGCGACCUUUGCCGAGAUGCAGCAGAGGAGAAAGUACCAGCGGAAACCAGGUUUCCAGGUAAAUAAGACACCUGUGGUUCUGCCGUGAGGCCCGCGGGCUCGACCCAGACUCUCUGAGACGAUCUGAACUCAAUUUGGUCCUAAUUAAAAAAGUCAGGAGAGAGAGAGAGAGAGAGAGAGAGAGAGCGAGAGAGAGGCUCACCUGAGGUCGACCCGGAGAGAAACACGGAGGCCAAGAAAGAAAAAAAGAGGAUUUUUAAUGUUUACAGAGAAAAAAAGAAACACGUUCGACUUUUAUCUCAAUAUUUGAGUAAAUUAAACAUCAGCAGAGGAUCGCUCUGUGACUUUAAGAUGCAGUAUUGACAUUUUUCUGACAUUUAUUGAUUUUUAACAUCAAAUAUUCUGGAAAUUAGCAACAGAUUAAUGAAGAAUGUGACUAAUCAGAAGUUUUUUUUUCUAAUCAACAAUAUUUUGAUGAGUUUUAAACAGAUUAAUACAGGAAACACAUCACAAACACGCCCUUACCUCAGAACUCCUUUUACUGCUGGAUAUUCCUGUUACUGUGUUUAAGUAACAAACUCUGGAGCUAAAACAAAAAUAAAAGAACAUUUAAAAAAAGGGAGUGCUGGAAUUCAGGUUUUGUAGAUCUUGAAAUGUUGAGAAAAAAAAGGAAAAAGAAAAUAAGUGAAAUGAACUUCUUUAGGUUAAGAGAAAAACAGAUGUAGACGAGUCGCUGAGAACUGAGAAAGUCCAUAAAAGAGAGAAGAAUUAAAACUGUAUGAUUAUAAAACAUCACAGAUAUUUCAUAAAAAAAACAACUAGAAUCCAACCCGCUUUAUUUAUACAAAGCACAUUUAAAAACAUUUAAGUUAACCAAAGUGCUGAACAAUAAUCUUAAAAAAGAAAAACAGACAAUGCAGAAAAUGUCGAGAUGAAAUAAAUAAAAGCAGGUAAAAAACAUUUAAAAAUGAAAUAAAAUCAAUGAAUGUGGUUUAGAAAAGGUCCCCAAACCUGCGACCGAGUAUCAAAUCUUCUCAAGGUCUUAAGAGACGUAAGGUCUUUCAGCCAAUGACUGAGAGUGGGCGGGGCAACAUCAGGGUUCGACUAAUCAGAAGUUUUUAAUUAUUUUUUGGAUUUUAAAAUCUUUUAAAGAUCUCCGGUUAAAGGUGCGACUUUAAAAACCAGGAUCCUGUAACGCGGUCUGCUGCGUGCUGAACUCUGAUAUUUAGUAAUUAAACGCGGGUGAAAGGCGGCCUUUGUAAAAAUGACAAAGGUGAGCCCCGGAGCCGGAGAAUCUCCCAUGCAACUUUGCUGCAUUUUAAAGCGAGCGAGCGAGCGAGCGAGCGCCACGGCACAAAAUGAGCUCCUACAUGUGGAUUAAUAAUGCACGGUCUCCAUGUUCAUUACCAGCCGAUGCUGAAGGCUGUUUAACAUAGAGGGAACCAUUCUGAUGAAAAAAAGUAUUAAUAAUGUUUCCUAUUCUAAGUUAUUAAAUUAGAUUUUAAAAAUACAGCUACAGGCGUUUAGUUCAAAUUGAUUGCAGAGUGAUAGUGGUCCCUUCUUAAAAACGGCGAGCGCGCCCAGCUGUCCUCACAUUAUCACCCUCAUAUUCAUUACAGAGAGCUUUGGUGGCUCAAUAUUGGCCAUUAAGGUGCUCCUUCUGAUUUUAAUCAUUAUAUGAGUUUGCAAUUACAAGAAUGGUUCUCCUCCAACCUCCUAAUAUUGUCCUCCAUCAAUUCACGUUUAAGACUCAUCUUCAUCAUAAAAGAGGGGUUUCAAGAAAUGUGCAGAAUUAACACGCCGCACAAAAUUAGACCACACCGAGGACGCCAUUACGGCGGCUUUUAUAAUGAGGAGCAUGUCAGAUACAGAUGAGGGGUAUUACUCCAGAGCGGGGAGUUUUAGGAGAAAUCAGCGUUAAAGAUGCAUGAGGGGGGCGUGGAGGUUAGCGGGAGGGUUCGUUUAGAGGAGGGGUCUGUUUAUUCGUUUAUUUGUUUGUUUGUUUGUUUGGAACAUCAUUGGCUUCCACAAACUUAAAAUCACAAUUACAUUUUAACAAUUGAUUAAUCAUAAUAAAUACAAUUAAAGAUUUAAAUCAGGAUUCUUCACAACAUUUAAAUUGCUCCAAAAUCGGUGCUUUUCUACUUCAUUCAUACAUCCAGGUUUGUUUGUGGGCGAUUGAUUCCACAUUUCCAAAGAUCGAAAUAACACUUUUCUCCUCCUACAUUUGGACUUGGAGCCACUGUACAUAAGAAUAUUUAUAUUUAACUUGUUCAAAACUAAAGAGAUAGAUCUGUACGCGGUCAGAGAGGAAGGUCAGCUGUUAGUCUGUAAUCUUUGUGUUUGGGUAUUGAUCAGUGUCCCUCCUCCUGUCUCUGCGUUUGUGUUUUUGAAGGGGGACCUGCUCGACGGUACUCCAGAUUACAUGUCAGGGCUGGACGACAUGACAGACCCCGACUCCUGUCUGUCGCGGAAGAAGAUUAAGAAGACCGAAAGUGGUAUGUACGCGUGUGACUUGUGCGACAAAACAUUCCAGAAGAGCAGUUCCCUUCUAAGACACAAAUAUGAACACACAGGUAUAUACUGUUCUAGACCCUUAUUUUAAACCCCAUGCUUUUUUAUGUUCUAAAUGUUUGUGUUUCCAAACCACUAUGAAUAUUUGAUAUAUUUUAUGUUCCCCCCCUUCUUCUCUUUCUUUCCUCCUCUGUUUAAUUUGUAUGUAAACCCACACCUAACUUGCUUUUUCAUUGACAGCGCCUCCUCCACAGGAUGAGUAGAUUUUCACUCAGAGAGUUUUUGUGUGUUCAGGUUUUUCAGAGCUGUAGUGAACGCAGGUAGACACAGAGAAGGAUCUUUUUCACGUGAUUGUGCUCUUUAUUUUCCAAUCAUACCCUGCUGUAUAAACCAUCCUGCUAUCUUUAAAGACACACAUCAAUUCACCUAGAUAUAGAAAGCCCUGAAAAGGCCCCUAAUGCUUUUAUCGGCGCCAUUAUUGGCGAUAGAUCCCAUCAGCCGAGCAGUGCUCAGAAGCUUCACAGCGCUGAUAACAAGUCUUUCAUUACAGUUAUUAUACAGAGAUCCUCUUUCACUAGGUUGCAUCAUUUAUUUUAUCCGCUAUCUGUAGCCGCGCGCUCGCCCGCCGCCGCCACCACCGCUCCGCGCAGCCUUCAUGUUAUCAGCUCGGACAUAAAAGAGAGGGAGGGGAAGAGUGCGCUGAACUCUUCAUAAAAAAAGAGGGGUGUGUGUUAUCUCCAGAGCGGCUCAGGAUGUGGCGCUUUAAUGUCCUUGUUUUUAAAAAAUUGUCAAACUCUGAAGCGCCUCUGAAGCGUCCAGAUGUCGGACAGAGGGGGUUUGAUUUGUGGGAGGAGGGCGGCCAUAUUUGCACACGUGCGGCGCAGCCGAAACGAAGGAACAGAGACGGCGGAGGAGCCAAGAGUUUAAGUUUAGAUUUGAGGAGAAAUCCUGAGCGCAGGAGUCUGUUCUCUGGACUCGAAUGUGAGCGCAGCCACAUUACACGCCGGAGGACAUUUAUUUAGCCCGACAGUUUAUGGCCCCGUGUCAUAAAACUAUCUCACCCUGCCCUUGUGGCCAGCUUGGGUUUCUCGUUUCUGCCCUGGCAUCCGAAGCGUCCCGAGCUCCAGCCCAGAACUUAACCGAGGCCCAGGCGUCACCGUGAACUCCAAUCCUGUGGAGAGAUAAGCGCAGUAACCCCUCGGAGCCUCCUCCUUCCUCCUCCUCCGCCCAUUUUGGACGUGUUUACUCCUUUGUCGCGCCUCCUCUGUUUGUUUUCCGUCUUUAUUUCGGUUGCAUUCAUGAGCUUUAAAUAAGUAGUUGUGGUCGAGUUUCUCCAUGCCUUAAACCACAGGAGGGAAUUUCCAUCAAGUCGGGCCGUGAAAGCGAGCGCACUUUCUCAUCCUGCUUGAAUCAGAAUAAACAAAUAACCUCAAAGUCCAUGUCAGCGUUGGAUUGGACGCUCAAACGUGAUGUCAUUUUUACUCCAUGCCAUCAAGUCCAUCAGAGUUUUUCUCCUCAACGUUUUUUGCUCUCUUUUCUUCUGACUUGUGUGAUUUGCUGGAUUUUUCGGAGGCGAGGCAUCCCUCUCACGUCUCCCUCUCUGUGUUUCUUGUGUUUCCUGCAGGCAAGAGGCCACACCAGUGCCAGAUCUGCAAGAAGGCCUUCAAACACAAACACCAUCUCAUCGAGCACUCCCGGCUGCACUCCGGAGAGAAACCGUACCAGUGCGACAAGUGCGGGAAGCGGUUCUCCCACUCGGGCUCCUACUCACAGCACAUGAACCACCGCUACUCCUACUGCAAGCGGGAGGCCGAGGAGCGGGAGGCGGCCGAGCGGGAGGCCCGCGAGAAGGGCCACCUGGAGCCCACGGAGCUGCUCAUGUCGAGGGCGUACUUGCAGGGCAUGACACCUCAGGGUUACCCGGAACUGGCCGAGCGCGAGGCCAUCCUGAGGCACGACGCCGUGAACGGAGGGAUCAGAGAGGGACGGAAGGAAGUGGACGGAGGGUACGCGAAGAUCGGACGUAGGGACGACGAGUUCGAGUUGGAGGAGGAGGAGGAGAGCAAGAGCAUGGACACGGACCCGGACACGUUGAGGGACGAGGAGGAGAACGGAGAGCACUCGAUGGACGAAAGUUCGCUGGACGGCAAAACGGAAACCAAAUCGGAUCACGAGGACACGAUGGAGGACGGCAUGUAAUCGGAGAUUUUUCAAAGCUUCCCAUCUUCAAAAGAGUUUUCAUUUCUCUCUCUCUCUCUCUCUCUCUGUUUCUCUCUCUCUCUCUCUCUCUCUUUUUGGUUCAGUAUUCUUACCCGCUCGGUUUAAAACAGCCGUGUUUUAAGCUGUACGUGCACGUGCCUGAAGCUUCCGGGAAGCUUUCCUUGAAAAAGGGGGAAAUAAAAAUGUCUGCCGAACAAGACAUGGACUCAAAAUCAAUCUGGAGGAGGCAUGGGUUUGUGAAAUAAGCUGCAUUAUGCAAACCGAACAAUGAAUAAAUGAAUACAUUUCAAAAAAUGUACAGUACUAAGGCCUAAAAAUAUGUGUGGUGCUAACCUCCUCAAAUAAACCCCCUGUGUUCCAUAGUAUUUAUAGCACAACUAGUGACUUGUACAAAUUGCACUCCGCUUCUAUAAUCAAGAACAAAAAUAAUAAAAAGUAUUGCCUAUGUAUAUAUUUAUACAGUGUUGGAAAAAGAGCAGUAGUGACUCCACUACAGUCCUUCGGUAUUCCCUUUUGUUAUCACCUCCCUCCCUCCCUAACCCCACCUGCGGUGUCGUCUUUAGUUUCUCCUCCAGCCACACUAUUUUAGGCCUCUCGAAUCAACUCCAAAUGAAGGAAUCUAAACAAACGGACUGACCGAAGGACAAAGUUUUACAGAGACCUUGGUUUUAAGGGAAAAAUACAGUUUAUGGACGGAGGAGGAGGAGGAGAGCGGGGGGUAAAAAAUGAAGGAUGAAGCCUUUGUAAGGUGUUUUUGAUAAGAAAAAAGACGACGAAGAAGAAGAAGAAGAAGAAGAAGCCUUAUAUGCAAACCUUUUAACCUGUGUGUUUUCUGCAAGUGCCACCCUCGUAUUGUGUAACAGGAAGGUUACUUUUUUUCACCAGCUUCAGUAUUAUGAAAUGGUUCACGUUGUUCUUUGAAGCAUCCGUGUCAGUAUUAUAGGCAGCAGCAGCAGCAGCAGCAGUUCCUUAGUUUACAUUAUUAUGUUGUGCAAUGUUCUUUUCUUUUGUCAGUAUUACACCAAACCAACUUUUCUUUUGUUUCUUUUUUUUUUUUUUGGAAAACAACAAAUUGCAUUCAUUUUAUUUGUAGGUUUGAAGAAAAAAAAAAAAACGUUAUUUAUGUGGCCCAUUUUAUAUUUCCUAAUUUUAUUUAUUUCAUACUGUUGUGUACAGUACUAUAGUUCUUCAAUAUAUAGAUAUAUUUUAGUAAAAAGGAACAUGGUGUCGAUCAUAGGGGCAAAUUUUACGUAAAGAGAGCAUUUAUUGUGUUUUGAAACAUUGUGAAAUGCGAAGUUUAAUCUUAUUUUAUUUUAUUUCCUUUUUAUUUUCCAGUUACUGGAAAAUUCCAAAUUUGGGAACUUUUAUACAAUUGUGAAAACACUGUAUUUUCGACUGAAAAAUUCCACUUUCUUCAUCUUUGUUUCUUUUUUUAAGCUAAAAAAUGAAGAGGGACUGUUAAAUACUAUGUAUGAUACCAUGACUGAAGAAGAAUCUUUCCUGAAAUGUCUUUGUAAAAGUAUUAUUGAAUUCUUAAUUUGUAAUUUCUCUUGAAAAUGAACCCUGCUCGAAUAAAAGUAGCCAAAUUACAGAGUACCAAACCGUCAGCGCUUCAUGUUUAUUCACAGAGGACAAACCCGGAGCGCUCGGCUCCCUGGCAGCACCGCCGCCGUCCGCUCACUCGCUCACUCCUCGCUGGCUCGCUUUAAAUUCUUUCCAAAGGAGGAAAAACUGGAAAUAUUUCUCCUCUCAUAUUCACAACUCUGUUUCUCAUUAUUAUGUAAAUCACAUUCACUUUGGAUUCACAUUUUCAAACAGAUCAGAGAGGGGCCACCUCGGCCCUGCUGCUUAUUACCGCUCAUUUAGAGCGGUUAGAGUCAAAACACACACACACUUUUAUUCACCUUUACACCUGGACUCAUCAUCAUUAUGAUAUUAAAACAUUUAUACUCUCCUUAUUGUCAAAGGACCAGCACUGUAUGGAUCAAUAUGUUUUCCACGGACACAAAUGUGUGUUAAUCCACCUCAGAAAAUAGUCCCUUCGACUUUUUCUUGAUUUUAAGCUGCAGUUUUUUUUCAACGCAGGUUCUUUUUUUAAUGAUAUGAAAUUACAAAACAUUUUAAAGACCACAAUAAAAACACACAAUGACAUUUUUUUAUCAAGUUCAAACAGAAAACUACAGAUUUAGACGGUUUCUGCACCACAUCCGUCACGUUUGUCUGCACACACAGUACCAUAGUCGUGAAAAGUCUUUCUGGAAAUACACGACUUAAAUCAUUUCUCCACUUUUGCUUGAAAAGAAUAAAUAAAUGCACGACCCAGGACUCCUUUUAGACUUAAGGAUUUAAGUUUCUUUAGUUUUAUGACACGAAACAAAACAUUCAAACACAUCUUCACAGAUCCAAGAUGAUCUGUUUCACGAUCCGACACAGUCACCAGUAAUCGUAGAAACCGUUUACUGCUCUUCGGAGAGAACCUGAACUUUGGCACACCUCAGGAUCUGUCGACCCCUCCUCUUGUCUGAGACUCUGACAGGUGGACUCCAGCAGCGGCCUCCUCUCUGCCGAAGCAGCCGCUCCACUCCAUCACCCACUCACUCCGCCUUAUGCAGAUUCAAAGCAACAUCAAACGGCCGAGAUGAAAGCAGCAAAGGUUGAGCGAUGCCAAACAUCAGAACACGCUUUGCAUAUCCCGAUCUCUGCUAUCGAUCGGCGUGCCAUCAGAUCAUCGGCGGAGCAUCCUGCAGAUAAAAGCGAAGGUCUUAAAUGAUUAGCUGAUGAAUUUGAUAAUGUGCUGCGAACUGAUACACAUGCAAAAAAAUCCGGCAGGCGAGGGGGGGAAUCCUCUGGAGACCGAGACAGAAAUUUCCACCUUCCUCUACUUUUACAUUUUACAUCUGUUAGACUGGCGAAAAAGCCUCACAUGCAACUCAAAGAGGGGGUCAAAGGUCGAGGUGGAUGUGAUGAAAUAUUCCUGCAACCACUGAAGCAGCUGCUGGAUUAGGAAACAGAAGGAAGAGUGCAUCUUUAAAAUGAUAUGCAAAAAUAAAGAGGAAGAAGAGGCCGCAGAGGUCGUUUCUUCGUCUGGUUUUCUCGCACAAAGAGAUAUUCAGACUCUGCAUGGAGGUGGUGACCCUCAUCUUUGAACCUCCUUUAACUCUGAGGAUGGAUGGAGGAGUGAUACAGACAGUUUAAGAGUCACAGUCCAGGUCAGACUCUCAGAUUAACUUCCUGUUGUCACAUUUUUAAUCACAUAAAGCAGUGAUUUCAGGUGAGUUAGAGGUUAUAACAGCUGGUUUUAUCAGGAGAUACAGGUGCAUGAGAGAGGGGGGCGCAGGUGGAGAAGGAGAACAUGAUUCAUGAUAACUUUGACCAUUUAAAGAUUAGACAGAAAUUAUGGUUAUGUCUUAAAGGGAUAUUCCGGUGUAAAAUUAAGUAACACCGAGUUAGACCCCCCCUCCAGAGAUGAAUGUUGUCGACCGCUUGCUUCUCUAGUUAUACCAACUUUAGUAACGACCGCAGGAUAGCAAUACAAAGAGACACACGCUCAACCAAAACGCCACUCUAUAGCCACAAAUAAUGCUCAGAACAGCACCUAACUUCAUCAACAGGACAUAUAGGGUCACAGACAUAGUACUAGACACCAAACAUCUUUUUAACUUUGACUCAUUUCUUUAGCAAAGACACUAAACACAACUCACCUACUCUCUUCCAGCAGCCUCAUCGACUACAGUGGGGUGUCACAGCUCAAGGAAGAACAUUUAUGAUCAUUUCUUUAUCAUUUCCUUGAAGUAAUAAUCACCAUAUUGAUCAUUUUGCACUGCAGACGCGGUAGAUCUUCUGUCUUAGCGUCUCGGUCUGAUUGUAUUUCCAUGAAGAAAUGAUCAUAAAUGUUCUUCCUUGAGCUGUGUCACCCCGCUGUAGUCCGUAAUGGACUGGCCUGAGGUCUCGCUACAAACAAGCAGCUGCUGGAAGAGAGUAGGUGAGUUGUGUUUAGUCUCUUUGCUAAAGAAAUCAUGAAUCAACUCGGUGCUACCAUGUGUUUGACCCUAAAUUAAUUUUGGGUGUAAUCUGUCCUGGGUGCAAUUUCAAAAUAAAAGCCUCGUAAAAACAGCAGAAGUCUCUUCACAGUAAAGAAACAAAGCAGACUUUUGCUUUCAAAAUCAUCCUGCAGGCUCAGCUCAUUAUUUUUGAAGACCCCCAUCCCAGCCUCCAUAUCUUUAAAGCUCCGCCCCCUCAGCACACCUGAACCC